UUUCACUCCGGCGGGUUAGAUACAAAGUAACAAUCGGGGGUUCGGAGCCUCAGGCAGAUCACAUGGGCAGCGGGCAUCGCUUGGCACACAUCCCUGGCACCCUGCGCUAUACCCAGUGCUGCCAAACCCACCUGUGUGCAAGGAGUGUGUCCAAUCAAUCAGGAGAGCAGCCCUCACUAGCCGCCUGGAUACCGGGCACUGCCUUAUGGUGCCAGCCAAGGGCUACCUACCAUAACCACCUUAAAUCCCUGUGAGGCUGCUGGAGGAGGGCGCACGGCUGUGCCCGCAGACUCGGAAUACUUACUAGUCUGGACUGCAGGAUUGCCCUGAGAUUUAUUAAACUGGCACCGGACUCCAGCCACUCCUAGGAGGGCACAGCACUGCUGGCAAGGCUUGAGAGAGGAAAAAAAAAAGACCAACUGUUUGUUUUGUCCAUGUGGAUCCUCUCUGCUGUGUGAUCGUGGUGUAAGCUUCUGUCUGUGCCAAGGGUUGUGAGGGCUGGUGUGGGCAUGAGGACAGCCUGAUCCUGCCUUCCACCUCCUGCCCUCCCCCUGCCUGGCCACCCUGACUGCCCACCGAAAAGAGAUGUCCAGGAGAAAACAAAGCAAUCCCAGACAAAUCAAACGUAAGUGUCAAUUGUGCCAUUCUGGUCAAUCCCCAGACUAGCUCUCCUGCCAAGGGCUUGCCAACUGUGCCAUCAUGCAGGCUACCUUUCAGAGCUCCAGAACCUGCAUGUGGUAAAGAUAAAAGGCAGAACUCGCCAAUUUCAGUAAUACCGAGUUGUAAAUGAUGGGUCCUGUGGCUGAAUGAUUUGUAUAAUCCUGUGUGAAUGUGGCAUCUGCUGGCAAAUGGAGUAUUGAAACGCUGUCCAGCUGUCCCUUGGCAAUUCCCCUUACUCUAUCCAUGGAUCUGAAUGAUGUAUUAUUGUUUGGUAAUCUUUCAAAACCUGAACGGGAUUGCUCAUGUUCCAGACAGGUAUUGGAAUAAUAAUGGCAGGUGACUGAGCACCUCACACACCAUCAGAGUGAGUGAUCAAUAGUAGCUCCAGUGCCAGUGUGUUGGGCUGACUCCAGCUUUGCAGAGGGUCAUCUGUGACAUAUCAUUGUGCUGCUGGCGCUAGACAUUUCUUUGGGCUGAUAUGGAUACAAUGCUUGCAAGCUGUUUAAACUUAGCACAGUGGCUUUCAACCCUCAGAUACACCAACUGGGCUCUCUGUUUCAUUGAGUUCACAGUGCAGGUGUUUAACAACAAGCACAAGGUGUCAUUACUAGCUACACAGAACUAGUCUAGAAAGCAUGCAGCUCACCUGGGUUAACCCUUAGUUGUGCCAUGCUUGUUAUGUUAAUAAUUAGAAUAUUUACACAGGGGCUCACUGACUGUAGUAGUUAUGAAUUUCUUGGCUCCAGCAGCAAUAAAGCAAAUUUCUGAACAGUAUGAACAUUCUCUAUUCAGAUCUACCCAUAUUGUUUGUACUUUACAACUUUUGAAAUAAGAAAGCGGAUGGUUUGUGCUAAUCUGGCACUUGAUUUCUACAAAAAAAACAUAAUGUUUAAAGAACCCCUUGUUUCACAGCCUUUCAGCCAGCCUUGUCACCCAGAACAUACUUGAAAACAAGACAAAUCUCAAUGUAUCCAUCCUGGUAAAAUAUUUUAUAAAUAAUAACAGUGCUGUCUGUGGGCUACAGUCCCUUCUAACUCUGCAGGGCAUCAAUGAGGAGCAUGGUAGAGUGGGAGUUGCUCCCCUGAACUCACAGCAAAUGUAAUGUUUAGUUAACCCCUUAAGGACCAAACUUCUGGAAUAAAAGGGAAUCAUGACAUUUCAUGUGUCCUUAAGGGGUUAAUAUUAUUUUAAAUGGACGAUCAUAGCAUAUUUACAAUUAAAUGGUAUUUGUGUACUCGACCAUUAUUGAAAAGUAUCUUUGGAUCAGCAUUCUGUUCCUCCCCCUCUCCAUCCCUCUUUAUUGGAAAACCGUACUGAAGUGCAUACAUUAUAAAUUGCUCAGUUUACACAGAAUCUAGGGAUAUUUUAAUUAAAAGUCGUCUUUUUAACUCAGACCUCAUCUUGCCAAUUCCUUUAAAAUAUGUGUCUAGUUAACUACUUAGUCACUGGAGGCAUUAUUACCAGGAUUACGAGGUGUUUGCUGAUAGUCUGGGAAACGGUGCAUCUAGUGCCAUCAGAACUUCAUUCCCAAUAAUGGCAUUUCAUUUUAUUUCCCUGGUCUAUUAGUCACUGUCUCCUAGGCGCCAGAAUGCUCCGUAGAACAAAUGCAAUUUUCACACUACACUGUGCUUCAGCUGAAAUCACAAUAAUAAGACCUAUUAUUGAUACUCCGUAUCUUUUAGUACAGGGAAAACAACCCCCUCCCCCUUACUGAUAUGUCUGUAUUAGUGCUUUUUUUUUUUGGGUGGCACCUUACUACCAUUGUCCAUUGUAGAGCGCUAUGGAAUCUGAUGGUGCUAUGUAAAUAAUAAAAUAAUAAUUGUCUGGAAGAGUGAGCGGCACUGUAAGGGUUACUAUAACCCAUUGUACAGCGCUACGGAAUUUGUUGGCGCCAUAUAAAUAAUAAUAAUAAUAUAAGCCUUUGCCUAAGAAACUGUCACCCUUUCACUUUCUCUGCACCCAUAGGGCUGCCUGUGAACCUUUGAUAGUCUCCUGUGUUAAAUUGUGUAGGCUGUCAGCAGUUUGUAGUCAUGUGCUGUUGGCUCUUGUCUGUGUCCUAUCAUCACCCUGUGAGUUCAGUCAGCAGAGAGUGGAUCCAUAUGACCUCCAUUUUAUUCCUGUGUGCACACUGCAUACGCCAAGAGGGAAGAUAGUAGCACAGAAGUGCUCCUUUAGGAGAGAAACUCUCUUCAGCCAGCUCAGACCUGUAUAAUUUACCCAAAUUUCAUCUCCUAUAGAUGCUACCCAAUGAUACUACUGGAAGUGGGGGGUAAAUAAGUUACUGUACUGUACAUAAUAUGGUACAGGUAUGGAGGCUGACAAACUGUGUGUAGUUAAUGGAAUAAAGAAUGUCUGCUCCCUUCCCAUUGGUUAUUUUAUGUUCCAAUUUGGAUCCCAACAUUGUAGUAUAGGGGGAACCAAUCAUAACCUGCAUUGUACAGAACGAUUUACAAAUGAAGCAGAAAUACAUGGACCCUUAUUAUUCAUAAGACUAACACAUUUUGAAAAAGAAUAGUAUUUCAUACAUUUGUAUUUGUUUAUUGCUUUACUGAAUGGGGUAUAAAUAUGCAAUUCAUUGUAUGUAUUUAUGUUGAGCCUGUCAGGGUUUUAGCAUUAAAAAUAUUGGGGGGAAUGCAACUUUUUAGAACAAAAUAUCUGGAUAAAAAAAAAAUUUACGACUUUGGUCAAUUCUCAGUUUAUUGAAUAACCCUUGUGGUUUUUAUUUUUAUUUUUUUUAACAAAACAUUUUAGUUGUGAAUUUAAAACCAAUUGGCAAAUUUAAGGAAAAAAGUAACCGAGCUGUGACCAUAGAUUAGUUGUCGAAAGUUUUCAAACUAAAGUUUGCAAUUUUUUUUCCAGUUCGAUACAAUUUAGUGUUUAGUAAAUAAUCCUGUUGGUAUUCUAUGACUGCAUCAUAUUAUUAUAUAUUUUAUACAAUUCUUUUAAUGCUGAUACAGGGCAGCCUUGGUGAUCUGACCCUAAGCAUUGUAUAUCAAGGUACUGUUGGCUAAAAUAAACAGUUAUGGUGUAUAAUUUAUAGGGGUGGAUUGUUCUACAAAAAUAUUUUGUGAAUUACAUGUUUUACCAAUAUGUGUAGCUUUAUAUCCCUCUUUCUGUAAUUGGAUUCAUAGCACUUUAGCUGUAGUCUGCUUGGAAAUUUAGAAGGCUGACAACCAGCAGUAAUCAUUUCACUACUUGAUUGACAAAUGUAUGCUGAUUUCAGUUUACUAAUGGUGUCACAACUGUGCAGCAUGACCUCACACAUGCACAAAAUCUGACCAUUAAGCCUGGUAUGUAUGCAAUAUUGUGGCAGUUGUGUAGAAUAAUUGUUGAAUAUAUGAAUCUAGAAAAUAAAUUUGUAAAUUUUAUGAACUUUUAUGUUUAACACAUGUAUGUAUGUACGUAUAGAUACAUGUGUUUGGGUGUUGUGUUUUAUUUUGGGGGGGUUUAUAGCUACAUUUUUUUUUUUGUGGAUCUGCAUUGAUCUUUAAACAUGAGUCAUGUUCCAUGUUUUAUCUAUACACUGGCCUAGCCCAAUAUCUAUGUAUUAUCAUUAUUAUGUAUUAUUGAAUUAUUUGUGAUGAUCUAUUUAAAAAAAAAAAACAAAAAACACUUCCUAACUCCACCACAAAUUCCCUAUCAAUAUGGCUGCUCUGGCUGGAUGCUCCAAUGCCGAAUGCAUCCAAUGUGGCGGCCAUCUUGGAGGAGGCAUGUGAGAGUUUUUUUUUUUUUCUCUUAAGUAUAUAUUUUUUAAACUAUACAUUGGUUUAUAGUUUUGCCAGGAAAAGCUAUAGAUUAAAUUAGUACACCUACCAGAGCAGGAUAUGUUUUAGAGAUGUCAGGAUUCUUUUUAAAUAGAGAAUUAAUUUUAAGUUUUGUAGUGAAAAGUUUAAAAUUUGUUUAAAAAAUAAAAUAAAAAUACAAAUGCGACACCGUCCAUGCUGAAGCCUUAACUGGUCAUAUAUUGUGUUUUCCCUCCAUAUUGUUAAGACAUUCUUGUUGCUUUAAAUCUUUGGGUGAGUUUUUAUGUUUGGAGAACACCAUAGCAACUGCAGGUAAUGCAUUUCUCAGUUCUUCAGCACUGGAAUGGUUAAGGACAAGAGGUGCAAUUUGGCAUCUAAUGUGCUGUGCAUAUAUCAUCCAGGAGUUUGACACUACUAAAAGCGUGGCACCCAUGAAGAAAGGGGAAGGGGGGUGUAUUCCCGACUUUCAGCAAUUUAAAAAAAAAAAUUUUUUUAGACGCUGGAAAAUUGAGCCAGUUGCUCACAACCCCCUGGAAUAUUGCAUACACAUACGGUCACAUGUAAUCUUAUCUCCACAGCCCAGAUACGUGCUAGUGAUGGAGGCUGCCUGAUGCCCAGGAGCUCAUUACGCAGCUUGCUAUUAUGCAGAUGAUUUUUUUUUUUUUUUUAUAUAUAUAUAUUUUUUUUUAUUGAGUGGGGGUGGCUGAUGUUAAAGGUGGCUGGAAGCUGGAUGAGCAUCUUCUGAGGCCCCGUUCCCACCCAGAUUCUGCACAGGAUAACAGCAAGCUCUGAUCAGCAGCCAGAUAAGCUUAAAAUAUUCCAUUAUGCAGUCACAUCCUGAUAGAAUCAGUGAGUCGGGACAGGCCUGAAUGCAAGCAGAUCUUAUCUGCUAUGACUCUCACAUUCAUUGUAUUGAAUGGAUCACGUGCUUUUGCAAAGUAUUUCUUCUGAGAUCUCCCAGCUGCUCUGAUCUUAUCUGUCCCUCACUAGAUAUUACUUUGCAGCAGGGUAUAGACACAUAUGUAAAUGCAUGGCUAGAUCUAUAAUAGAUAUGUGCCUAUAUUUUGUCCUGAUAGUGAUCCUGAAAUAUAUAUAUAUAUAAACAGAGAAAUCUCCGGUGAAAUAAGACACUUUAAAAAAAAAAAAAACCCAGAUGGCGACACGGAAUUAGAUUGUGAGAAAUCUGGUUUUAUUUUAUUUUUUUUAUUUUAUUAUGUUAAUUUGUCUUUGGGGUAAUGUAACGGAAAGGCUUAUCAGAGCUGACGAGAGCGAAUCUGAGAUGUGCGAAUUUCGGACGGGUUGUGGGGGAGGUCUAACCUGUUCUCCCCCAUCCCCAGAACUUUCUGCCAUUAUUGGAUGUGCACCUCUUGCCUCGUGUUCCUUGCUUAGAUCUAGGUUGCAGAUAACAAACCGAUUUAGGGAUGUCAGAAAUAACUGCCUGAUAAAGCGGGUUUAUCUGACGGGGGAAGUAAUUGCAGUGCUGAAGUUCUAUCUACCUGUCUUGGUUUUUCCAGGAGCGAUUAUUAAACUGAUAAAUCUGAAUCUGGCUCUUUCCUCGCCCCCACCUCCCCCUUUCUCACUACCCUCUCAUCUUCUGUCCAUACUGCACUCUCCACAUAUUUUCUGACCUAUUUAUUCUCCUUUAUCUCUCUCUCACUUUAACUCCCUGGGUGCCUUUUUAGUUUUCUGAUGAAUAACCGGGGUGAUGUGGAAGCAGGAGUCCUCCGACAAGCCACACCGUUGUAAUUGACCAAUCAAUUAACAAAUUCAUUGCUCAGAUAGUCUAAGCAGGUGACCAGAUUCCCCCCUGUGCUUGUGGACCUGUAGAAAAUGUAUCUCUGCUUAGACUCAUUAGUUGCUGGCCAGCUCAAAACAUCUUCUGUAAAACUUGGCAGCUCCAGAACACUCACUAUAUAGUGUGUACGUUGAGGUGUAGUUACCAGAGAGCCAGUGUGUCUGCUGUUGCUGUGUUUGGAAGACUCAGCUCCUGAAACACAAUACUGAUCUGUAGACCGAUAAGACGAGUAUCCUACAAAGUGCAGGAAGCAAAGCACCCGUGUAGUAACCCAGACAGGUUUUAAUGGUACCAAUUGCAGGCAAAGGCUUUAGCGGAUAGUAUUUCUCUGGCCUGUUAGACUGCAACUCCCAUCAGGCACUGUUUUGCAGUGCGUCUUAGCAUUGAUAUCAAUCAUGUUGAUAAAGACCCUGUACGUCUGUCAUGGUAGACAAUUUUCUUUUAUAUUAAUGUCAAUGUUGUUCAUUAGUCUGUUUUGUAAAAAUACAGAGAAACAUAACAAUUUUGUAGGCUUUUAAAGAUGGAGGCACAUGUGUAAAUGUAUGUUUUAUGGCAUGAUUCUAUUUUGGUUUAUAGUGACAAGUUGGUCCCCAAGUGAAGAGGGUACCUUUUAAUACCAAUACAGUUUUUCCCUAGAAGUUGUUAAUUUUCUGUUAGAUUUCUGCUGUUUCAGAGGAUUAUUAAAGUCUUUCUAAUUAUUUCCUAUGUUUUUUUUUUCUCCGCUCCUCUGUUCUUCGUUGACAUAUAAUGUGCAUUCAGGCUUGGAGGGCAGAUCCUCUGUAUAAUGUGAUUGCCAAGGAUAAGAGCCAUAGAACCAGCCCUGGGCACUAUUCAGAUUUACUCCUAAAUCUCUUUCUCGUUUAUAGUGUACAUUUACUGCAUUUGACUGAUUAUAGCAGUAUUUUAUAUGGAUCUCAGUGCGUGAGUCUAGACACAUGAUGCAGCUAAUAUUAUUUUUUGCAAGGGAAGCUUCGUGAACAUUAAUUUUGGUUAAUGUAUUUGGCAGUUGGGUUGCAUCAUCUUGAUGGUAGAGUUGGCAUGUCCGUCGUCCUGCAUUACCCAGCUCAGUUUUGAAUUUAAAAUGAGACACAGUUUUAUGUUUGAUGUUCUAAUUGAAUACAUUUCAAUGAAUAUAUUAUAAUUUUAAUCAAAGUGUAACUGCAGCAAGCAUUUCAGCUGUAAGUUUAACCAACUUCCAUAAAGGGUAUCGUACAUUCACGCAAUCGUGUUAUCCAGUGUCGGACAGUUGUAUGAGAUAAUCUCCCGGUUCACUAUGUUGGCUACUUAGGGUAUCACCAAACAUUAACCUUCAUUCACAAACCAUCUCCCAAACCUGAUGUCACUCCUGCUUCUCUCUUAAAGGGACACUAUAGUCACCUGAACAACUACAGCUUAAUGUAGUUGUUCAGGUGAGAUCUAUAGCUCCCUGCAGGCAAUCUAAUUGAUUGAUAGGAAUACCUCCAGUGGCCGUCACUCAGACGGCCACCAGAGGGACUUCCUAUCAUGUAUGGCCCUAAAAAGGCCUUGUACACGUCAGACAUAUUUUAAUACGUCUGACGUGUGCAGGAGAGAGAAGGCACUGUGUGCUCGCCUUCUCUCUCCUGCCCUAUGAAGUAAGGCAUGCGCACAAGGGAGCAAUGACGCUUCCAAAUGAAAGCGUCUGAUUGCUCCCUGACGAAAUAGGGUGCGUGGCUUCACAAGGCUCCCGGCGCUGGAACCAGGUGAGUAAAAUCCUCUGCCUGGAGAGUCCCUUUAAAGGAUCACUAUAGGGCCAGGAACACAAACCUGUAUUCCUGACCCUAUUGUGUUUAACUCCCCAUUUGGCUGGCUUGGCCCCCCCUUAGCCCCACUAUAAAAGGUUUAAACUCUCCUUAUUUACAAAGCCGCGAGGGUCAUCCUGCGCUGGCUCUGUCCCCUUUGUAACAUUAUUAAAAUUGGCAAUUUUUUUUUUUUUUUAGACAAUCCAAUGCUUUUUUGCCAAAUGCCGUUUUGACCUAUCAGGACCUCCUCAUAGAGAUGCAUUAAAUCAAUGCAUCUCUUUGAGGAAAAUUCAGCAUGGAGACGCUGAACGUCAGGGCUGCUUUUUCGGCAGCACUGACCCAGAAAGCCCCUCCAAUGGCCAUCUAAGGAAUGGCCACUUGGAGGUGUCCCUAGAGUCCAUGUAAACACUGCCUUUUCUCUGAAAAGGCAAUGUUUGCGUGAAAAAACCUGAAGGGAACUAUUAUACUCACCAGAACAACUACAUUAAGCUGUAGUUGUUCUGGUGACGAUAGUGUCCCUUUAUUAUCAUAUUUCCAUCCAUGCAACUUUACUCCUCCAUUCUCUCCCCACUAGUUUUUACCCCAUCAAACCGUAUUAUACUGACUGAUUGCAAGCGAUAAGUGCACAGUGCGACCAAACAUCCCGACCUGAACACACACACACACAUCUCAACACUGGAAAGUCUUGUUUUUAAAGAAACAUUACACCUUUAUUGCAUAACUUGUCAUUUGUAAACCGGUGGAGAGCAUGCUGAAGGAGUGGGAAUUUAGACUUCCAUUUCUCAGGUUCCAUAAAAUAACUAAUCUGCAUAUAUAACACAUCCUUAUUUGGAGACUCUAAGCUGUUACAAUGUCAAUUAUUGGACUCCUGGACACAUCUUCCCUGUGCCAGUCCAUGUGCUCUAACCUCUCCAUUCAGGUUCAUGUUGAAUUUUGCCUUUAAGCCCCAUCCUCUUGAGUGGUUAAUUAUCCUGUUACGUAGAUCAUUUUUAAGCAGAUCCAUUGCGUCUUCUGCUACAUAUUUUUUUUAAAACUCACACUACUGAUAUACCAAGAAAUCUGUACAGAAACUUGAAAAUGAAUUGCAAUGUAGAUUGUGGUUUUAACACUAUAGGGUCAGGAAUACAUGUUUGUGUUCCUGACCCUAUAGUGAUCCUUUAAAUUUGACAGUCGUGCGGCGUUUGAAAUCUGUAUAAUGUUGUAAUACCUCUUUAAGGAUUAGCAAGGGUUUAAAGCAGAGAAUUUAUUGGUUAUCUCUAUCUUAUAUCUGGGAUUGUGUUUAUUAUAGUUCAGUGUCUUAGCCCAAUAGCAGUACGCAAGAAAUACUGUUCAAGAGACACUAAACUUUUUAUGCUGUUUAUUUAUUACUGGCAUUUAUAAAGCACCAACAUAUUCCGCAGCGCUGUACAAUUGGGAAAAAGACAAAACACAAUAAGAAAAGCCCAUGAUCUUACAAUCUAAAGGUUUAAAAUGGGGAAAUGAGAGGUAGCAGAGGGAUUUGUAUGUGAUGACAGAGAGAGUUAAUGGGAUAACUGCAGCAGCUGAUAAAAGGGAAUGAGCAGGUGAUUGGCGAGAGACACUAAACUUUUUAUGCCAUAAAAGAAAUAGAAUAUUAUGGGUUCUGACAUAAAAUACCAUAUACUCAGCUGCAGUCCUCACCACCCGCUAAAUGCUUUAUUAGUGUUUGCUGGGGUGAAGGAUCUACCUAGAGGGCGGGUGGGUAAUUAAUUUCAGCAUGAAAUCAGUCUUGCUUGCGAUCCGUCAUUUGAGAUUGUCCAGCAGGCGAAAUUGUGCUUUAUCAAUCUGUAUAGAUGAUUUAAUGACCUUUAGCUAUUGAUUUUAUGCCAAAAUGGGAGAAUAUGCAUUUCUGCUAGCUGGACUGCCAACCAGCGGUUAAUGCAGAAAAAAGAAAAGUAGGUUGUCAGAUAAUAGUUUAUAUGACGUCCUUAGAACAGAAGUCUGCAGUUGAAAGUCUACUCCUCCUUAGGGAAUAAUGUAAUCUCAGUUUUGUAUUACUGCUUCCAUGAUGGCUAACUUUGGGUUCCCAAAUGCCUGGCAUCAUGGGAAAUGUAGUUUGCGUACAUUUGGGGUGCCAAUAUUGGCAUAGUACAGCCUAGCUCUAACAUUCUGUACCUUUUUCUGGACCUCAAAUUGUGAGAUAUUGCUAAAUUUAAAGUAAAGGAUGCAUGCCUCAGCGGUUCUGCAAUGCAAUUACAGUAGCCAACUAUACGCUAUUGGGCAGGUGGCACCUUACUCUUUAAGCUUUACAUCACGUUCCCUAACAUAUCCCAAAAGCGCUGGAGAUCUAGGACAAUGUGGGUACCACAGCUCACAUUUGGUGAUUUUGCCCUCAAAUCCCAUCAUACUGGACCUGUAUUUCUUGGCCACUAAACCCCAUAACUGGCAGUUCGAUGCCCUUACCCUACAAUCCUUCAUAUUCCAUCAUACAUCCACUUCUAUGAAACGAUACAUUCAAUCUCAUUUAUUAAACUCAAUCCCACUACACUAGAUGUCCACUAAAUCUCCAUCCAUCAAAGACUGAAUAGACAGAGUGGAUCCAUAAGAAUAAUGUGGAAGAUCCAACAUAAUAUAGGUAACUUCACCCAACCUGGUGCUUUAAUCUGGACUCUAUGGCUUAUAUCUUAUGACUAUUCCCUACAGCGGUGCUUGGCACAUUGAAUGGGUGAUGUACACAAUCUAAAACCAUACUACCAUCCCACUUCCUACGGGGACCUGAACCAAACUGCAGAACUAUUUGACACAUUUUACUAGUUGUGAAUUUAUUGAUGUACACAAUCCUCUAGUAAUUGGCUGCACUGUUCUUGUUAAUUUUGUGGUUUGAUUUGUUUUUAUUCUUAGUUCUUUUUUAAAUUAAUUUUUUUAAUCAAAUUGACUAUUUUUAUUGUUUUUAAUAACAAGUUUACAUUGUCUGUCUUUAUAGCGGAUAUUUCACACCGGUAUUAUAUGUUCGUGUUGGCAACAAGCGAUAGAGGGCCAUGUAGUAAGUUUGGCACAGUCAAAACAGUGACAAGCAACAACCACAUAGCUAUUACAGUAACAGUCUACACGGGCUAUCAGCCAGUGACCUAUUCCGUGGGUAAUUUAGGGCUCCCGAUGUACGGCCAGUAUUGCGAGGUUCAGGGCUUGGGCACAUCAUCUAUGACUGCUAUAGGCUAUUAAUACUCGCUCACAGUAAGUCCACCCUGUGCAGGUGGUGAUGUCAUAUCAGUAAGGAAGGGUGAUCCCCUCUGAGGGUAACAUUGUUUCUAUGCCAAGGGAUGUAGUACCAAUCUUUAUGAGGCCAGAAUCUGGUAUGACGGGUAUAGUUGAUGUUACCCGAGUACCUACAAGGUUUCCAGGUGUGCCUGAGUGAGUAGUUUAUCACCUUUGAUGGGAUUGUGUCGCUGCUUCCCUGUCUAGCGUAUGAGCAGUCUAUCGUGGCGUGAAUGGCCAUAUCCCAUAGAUCAUUGUCUACCUGUGGUCUGACGACUGCUGGUGUCCUACCUUGUUAGCUUGUUCCCUAGGCAGUGCUGUCAUUGUUUGCCCUGAUCUGGGUCGACUGUAUAAUUUGUGAUCUCAGAUGUACUCAGGUUUGUUGACCCUGCGUUCCAGGUGCCUACGUCUGCGGUACAUGUGUAGUCUAUGGACCAUAAAAAUCAUGCUUUGGGUAUGGUAGCUUAUGUAUCAGAUCGAUAAUGCAGGAGAACAACAAAUGUCAGAAGUACUUGAUCUUGUGUCUAGAUACGCGUUCGUAUUAUCUUCCAAAGGUUGGUGGAUGGUUACAUCUUUAUUAAGCUUAGAAAGGUCAGCAUAAUACCUGUCGAACUCCUUACUGAUUUCUCGAGGUAUCAUGCGUUUUCCCCAUUUUGUUUAAGGAGGUAUGCUAUUUUUUCAUUGUUCUGUUGUUCCCUUAAUCUAGUGGCUAAGAAUCUGCUUGUCUUAUUGCCUUGCGUGUAGUUUGUGGCCUUCAGUUUUUUAAGAUAGAAGUUCGUGGGCUCUAGAGCAUACUGGUGGAUUUACCUGGUGAGGAACAUAAUUUUAUCUCUCAACUUACUAGUGGUAGUUAAUUGGUUUUGUGUGUUUAGGUGAUACAGUUCUUGCUGCCAUUGUAGUAAUUGGGUUUGUGGGUUUUUUUUUUAUUAUUUUGGUUUUUUUUAGUAGGACGUCCACCUAAUGAGCAAACCUGUAAUUACCAGUUUGUGUGUGACCCAAAGGGUACUAUGGGGAGUGUCUGAUGUAAUGUUGUCUUCGAAAUAGUGUUGGAGGGCUGUGCUCAAUGCAUUCCUGAAUUGUGUGUUCUGGAGUAAAGAGGCGUUUAGUCGCCAUGGGCUCCGGUGCUUAAAGUCGUAUAAGUCCUUUAGAUCAGGGCUUGACAAAUUUGUUUGGAAUAUAGGAGCCAGCUAAAAAAAGUUAGGAGCCAGUAAUUUUCAACGAGAAAGUGCAAUGUUUAAAGGGACACUAUAAUCACCAGAGCCACUACAGCUUGAUAUAGUUGUUCUGGUGUCUAUAGCCUGUCCCUGCUGGUGUUUCAGUGUAAAUACUGCCUUUUUCACAAAAAGGCAGAGUUUACAUUGCUGCUUAGUAACACCUCUAGUGACAGUCACUCAGAUGGCCACUAGAGACUCCUGGGUCACUGCUGCAUCACGUGCAGCACCCUGGUUCAGUGUCUCCAAGCUCUGCAUGGAGGCGCUGAAUGUUCAUCAUAAAGAUUGAUUAAUGUAAUGCAUCUCUAUGAGGAGAUGCAGAUUGGUACAUUUCCUGUGCGUGCACAAAAUCCUCCUAAAGGAAAGCAUUGCCUUAGCUGAGAUCAUAAAGAUUGAUCAUCUCAGCCAUGGCGAAAAUGGCACGGCGUGGGAAAUGGGAAGAAAGGUGAGUAAAAACACAUGCGAUCAGAGGGGGCAGGUACCUAAACUUGCACACACCACAGGCUCUCUCUCACACACACACACACACACAGACACACUCUGACAGGCUCACAUACACACUCACGCUGACAACAGGCUCACACACUCUGACAGGCGCUCACACACACUCUGACAGGCGCUCACACACACUCUGACAGGCGCUCACACACACUCCGACAGGCGCUCACACACACUCUGACAGGCGCUCACACACACUCUGACAGGCGCUCACACACACUCUGACAGGCGCUCACACACACUCUGACAGGCGCUCACACACACUCUGACAGGCGCUCACACACACUCUGACAGGCGCUCACACACACUCUGACAGGCGCUCACACACACUCCGACAGGCGCUCACACACACUCUGACAGGCGCUCACACACACUCUGACAGGCGCUCACACACACUCUGACAGGCGCUCACACACACUCUGACAGGCGCUCACACACACUCUGACAGGCGCUCACACACACUCUGACAGGCGCUCACACACACUCUGACAGGCGCUCACACACUCUCUGACAGGCGCUCACACACUCUCUGACAGGCGCUCACACACUCUCUGACAGGCGCUCACACACUCUCUGACGAACUCACACACUCUCUGACAGGCCACACAGGCUCACAACACUCUCUGACAGGCUCACACACACUCUCUGACAGGCUCACACACACACUCUCUGACAGGCUCCACACACACACAGGCUCUCUGACAGGCUCACACACACUCUCUGACAGGCUCACACACACUCUCGACACUCACACACACACUCUCUGACAGGCUCACACACACUCUCUGACAGUCACACACACACACACAGGCACACACACACACACUGACAGGCUCAGACACACACUCACACACACACACUCUGACAGGCUCCCACACACAUACACACACACACAGGCUCUGACAGGCUCACACAUACACACACACACUCUGACAGGCUCACACACACACACACACACACACACACACAUGACAGGCACACACACAUACACACACACACUGACAGGCUCACACACAUACACACACACUGACAGGCUCACACACACUGACAGGCUCACACACACUGACAGGCUCACACACUGACACUCACACACACACACACUCUGGCAAGCUCGCGCACAUACACAUACACACACUGACAGGCUCACACACACAUACACACACACUCUGACAGGCUCACACACAUACACACACUGACAGGCUCACACACACACUGACAGGCUCACACACACACACACUCUGGCAAGCUCGCACACAUACACACUUUGACAGGCUCGCACACACACACUCUGACAGGCUCACACACACUCUGACAGGCUCUCACACACACACACACACACACACACACACACUCUGGCAGGCUCACACACAUACACACUCUGACAGGCUCGCACACAUACAUACACACACACACACACUCUGACAGGCUCACACACAUACAUACACACACACACUCUGACAGGUUCACAUGCACACACUCUGACAGACUCACACAGGCUUACACACACACACAUUUUUGUUUGAAUUGAAACACACUCAGCCUCCCUACCUUUGGGAGAGCUAAGUGAGUCUUUCCUGGGGUCCAGUGGGGCAGCACUCUUCCUGUGUGCGAGGGAGCAGUACUCUGCCUGUAGCUCCUCUCUGCUCCCUCGCGCUCUGUAAUGAUGCCGGGGCCGGAAUGACAUCAUAUGUAUAUAGGGAGCAGAGAGCAGCUGAAGGCAGAGUACUGCUCCCUCGCGCACCGCCCAUAAUGCUCCCGCGGGCGGCCGCCACCUCCAUGCUCUUCAGGGCGGCCGCCACCUCCAUGCUCUUCAGGGCGGCCGCCCACCUCCAUGCUCUUCAGGGAGGUCGGUCGCCCACCUCCCUGCUCAUGCGGGCGGCCGUCUGCAAUAUUCCCCAUGGCAGCCGCUGUCAAAGCUAGAGAGCUGGCAAAUCCCAGACGCCAGGGCGAAAUUUCUGGCGCCUGGGAUUUGUCAAGCCCUGCUUUAGAUCUAAGGUGACUGGCGCGUGAUCAGACCAAGUGAUGUCGCCUAUGUCGCACUUAACAAUCUGAUUUAGAGAAUUCCCUUGCAGGAGGAACCCAUCUAUUCCCUGUUCGAACCCUGUUCGUUUUGGGUCACAAUCCUAUGUUUUGGUGCCUAUUUUCAGCGGAGCUGAAGCUACACGUGGCUGAUCUCUGAGUGUCAGGGCACAGCCCCCCCAUUCUUAGUUCUUUUAACUUGUAUGAAACUUAUUGUUGUGCAUAGCUUGUACUAUCGCAAGACUGUCUUGGAAUAAAUAAAGAAUUAAAAUAAAUAUAUUUAUAUAAUAUAUAUAUACAUACACAUACUGUGCCUGUGAAGCUUUUAUAGACCUUGUGCACAAAAAAUAAAUAUAAAAUAGGAAAAAUGUUUAAUUUUAUUACUGUGCUUUUUACAAAUUUUAUCACAGUUGCCCAUUAGGAUUUUAGCUUUUUUUUCUGUGACUUUUUCCACUUCUUUUCAGCAUUGCUAAUUUUGCUGUGUAACAUACUCUUAUUUUAGGUUUUGUAACUUGGGACCAAAUAAAACUAUAUAUCUGUGAUCGUUUAAAAUGCUUGUCUUUUAGCAGGCAUUGUGCAUGAUGGCCACGGGUAUUGUAUUCGUGGAUAUUUUAAUCCUGUGAUAUGAAUAAGGUUAUUUGUGGAGGGCCUUUCUCUGUUUGCUGAUUGGCUGUGUGAGAGCAUGGGCGGGGUCUGAUUGCAUGGUUUUCUUCUGGUUUCAGUUAGAUGUUUGUUAGAUUACAACAUACAAAAUCCAGCGCACUCGCUCAUUCACUAAACAGUGAUUUCAAAUAUCACAGAUUGUAAUAGUUUUAUUUAAAAACACCUCACCUAGGCAAAACCUAAUGGCGAUUUAGUUACAUUAUAUGAUCAUAUAUUGCAUAAGACUGUUGCAACGUCAAUGUACCCCAUUCUUGGCAGGUCCUACUGUAGAAGCCCAAUGCCUGCUCUUAUGAGAUCAAUCCACUUACUUGGAAAAUACUUCUUCUUAGAACUCUCUGCAAGUCAAGGCUAAAUAGGGUCCUGGAAUGAGGCACCUGUGACAUGGAGGGGUGCAAAACCAAGGAGUUGGCCUGGACAAAUCUAUAAAUGAAACCAAGAGGGCUUCACUCACCUGAACAUGCCAACAGUAUAGGGUGCUGCUGGGGCCAAAAUAUACAACAUACAAAAUCCAGCGCACUCGCUCAUUCACUAAACACCCUGAUUACAACAGGGAACUGAUGAGAGGGGAGAUAAGGGUGGGAGUGGGGGCAGCACAUAACCAUUUAUAUAUACAUUUAUGAAACCUGUAAUCGUAUUAACCCAUAACAAAGUAAUGGGACCUAUGACUCAGUGAUGGGAAGAUGUUUUGUGGCUAAAAAUGUUAUGUAACGUAUACUCUGUGAUAUUUAUUAUGUCUGAAUUCUGUGUUUGUAUUUACUUACUGCAGACAGACAGGUUGGGGUACUUGCUAGGCAUGUCUUGCAUUAUUAGAAUACUGUAAGACAUGUUUAGGUAACUGUUGGCCGUGGCUCGUAGAAUUAGAAUACCGUCAGACAGGUUACGUUACUUGCUAGGCAUUCCUUGCAAUAUUGGAGUACUGCAGACAGGUUAUGGGAAUUGCUAGGCAUUCCUUGCAAUAUUGGAGAACUGCAGACAGGCUACGGUACUUGCUAGACAUUCCUUGUAGACUACUGUAGACAGGUUGCGGUACUUGCUAGAUGCUUCAUCAAUAACAUGCCAGCCCGCCAUAAUCCUAAACCUUAUUUAUAAAAUGUCUGUGUAUAUAAUGUGAUGGGCUUUAUAGGGUGACCAUUGACCGGACAUAUAAGGGCAGUAUGUGGAUAGAACAACUCACCAUCCACACAGCAGGGGUUUGGCAAUUGUUCAGGUCAGCAACUUGCGGUCAGACAAACAUAAUAAAUACACAAGUCAAGUGUUCUCAGGAAACUUGAUUGCAAUGCAGAGUCAUACGAGAAGAGCCUUGUCUUAUAUUAGUGUAUAUCUGUAUAUAACUUUAAAUCCUUAACAGCCGUGCAAGCAUAGAACAGUGUGUGUGUGUGUGUGUGUGUGUGUGUGUAUAUAUAUAUAAUACGCAUGUAGAUCUAAUCACUUUCUUAAUUUCUUUAAAUCUACUGUGAGUUUAUAUCUCUACAUCUACAAUGUAUACAUCUUCCUGCUUCCUCUGCUGUUCUUUUGUGCAAGUUUGUUUCAAGAUGUCAGUUACUGAUAAGAGACGCGCGGAGAUCGCCACCUGAUAAUCAGUGUGAUUUACCUGCAUCGAACUCUGCUACCCACAUGCCUCGGCGUGUGAUAAAGCGUGUGGGGUAUGUGAGCUACUAGGAAAUCUCUGAGCGCCCUCACACCUCGCUUUUGGGAUUGAGCCUCUGAGGACAGGCAGAGGUUUUUGUGCCGUGCUAAAGAAAUCAUUGUUUCUUCUGAAACAGCUCUAGAACAGAGUGCAAAUUCUAUUUAUUGUGUUCUAAGCUGGGGUGAUUAUUUAAAGCCCCCAAUCUCUGGCUUCCAUUCAGCUGCAACUCCUGUAAAUGUGUGGUAGAGAAUUGUCAGAGUGCACAGUUUGUCACAUGGCACAGGGUUAGACUGGCAGAACAGCGUGGGAGUUUUAUACCCCUCAUUUAGGUAAAACACAUGUUUUUCUUCAUUGCUGAUCUAAACAAAUGAAGAAAAGGGAAACAUCGGUUCUGUGUGUGUAGCACUUGGCUGGCCUGUUUUUCCUCUCUGUUUGGCUCUUGACUUGAUGUAAAUUUCAGAUAAGUUGUAUGGCCGAUCUGUGCUCUGAUAAAGAUCUCAAAGUCAGAUAAAGAGCCCUUAUCUCCAGCAAGCAGACUGGAGAAGGAUUGAACUACAAUAACAAACAGUAAAAUAAGGCAAAAAAACGUAAGAACUCCAAGUGAUCUGCAGGUCACUACCUGACCAUGAUUAAUGAUGAAUAAUCGGAAAGGGGGGCGGGGGGGGGGCUGUAUGCGUUUAUUUGCAUAGAUAUAGAGGUACUGUGCAAAAGGCCUCAUGUUUGAAGGUUGUUAUUUUUAAUUGGUUUUGUGUUUAUUAGACAAGAAAAGAAAAAACAAAACACUGAGCAGUGUAAUAAUUAAAUAACUGCGCUACCAAAGAUUGGGGCUAACGAUAGUCAGUGCAGUGGAAGACCCAAAAAGCUGUAUGGAUACUGUAAACUACACACACAACAUGUAGUGAGUGUUCAGCUUCACCCAAAGCACUGUCUUCAAAGGUGUGGAAUGGUUUCGUAGUUAAGUGACCAUUCUCGUGGCAAGGUGAAGAAAAUCUACGAAAGAAAGACAUAAAUAAUGAAGAAAAAAAAACAUGGAGUGUCAACUAGUAGUCUUCAUGAGUGAUUUGAAAAUGAAACCACAGAGUCAAAACCUGAUGAAGACAAAAUAGAUCAGUACUCAGAAGGUGGGACGCUUGCAGUCUUACAGUAAUUUGCCCUGUGCAAUGGAGCACUAAUAAAUUAUGAUUUUUUGUCAUAAAGAGCAGAAACCUGGGAGUAUUUUACCCGGACUACUUGGAAAAUAAAAAUACAUGACCUUGUACCAAACCAAACUGAUUCAGCAUUGCUUUUUGAGGCCACUCAAAAUACUGAUUUGUCGUAAAAACACAAGACAUUUUUGUUUUUGUUGGACUACGUAUCUUGUGUUUACAGUUAUUACUGUUUACUCUAACAAACAGUUACUCUUCUCUUGAUUGAACUGAAUUGUAUUUUUAUUUUUUAGUUUAGAGUGGUAAAAGAAAUUUUUGUACUGGUUCUCAAUGAUUUAAAGUGAAACGCAAAACACUAAAACAACCACAUCUUAACAUAUUUUUUGUGCAUAGGUAUUGUCCCAUUUCUCGGGCAAUGUAAAACAUUGCCUUUUUAAUUUUUUUUAUUUUUUUUAAGGCAGUGUUUACAUUUUGCCGAAAACCUGCCUCUAGUGGCUGUCAGGCUGCCAUCCACUGGAGGCACUUCCUCCUUCAACACCUUCGAUUUCCAAAGUCUUCACAUCCACUGUCGUCAUGCACAGCACUCUGAAUUUAAUGCUUCACAUAGAAGAGCACUGGAUGGGCGGAUUGUGGCAAGUGCCACACAUGCAGCAUAGGUCUUCAGUGCAUACAGCUCUGGGGUUUCACUGCUUGGAAAAUAAAUAAUGAAAUUUCUUGCACAAUGUAAGCCAAGUUUCUCUUAACUUGUUGAAAUUGUUCUGUUCAAAAUCUUUCAUGUUUUCAAUGGUAUACAACACAUGCUUACUCUAUCCACCUCCUCUCUCUCCUUCCUCUGCCCCUUCUACCCAUAAAUACCUUCAUAUAACUGUUUCAUCUCCAUCCUUGUUCCCUAGGUCUCACUUCACACACCCAGAACUAAGCAAUGCUGAAUCUCUUCAUUUUCUCUUAGCACUUCCCACCCACCUGCCCGUCCAGACAUACACAUUCACUGACAGACACAAAUACACACGCACUAACAGACACUCUUAAUGACAGACCCACAUACACUCUCACUGACAAAUACACACACACUGACAGACACUCUCACUGACAAAUACACACACUGACACACAUACACUCUCACUGGCAGACAUUCUCAGUGACAGACACACAAACACACUCACUGACAGAAACAGGUCCCUAUGGUCCAGUAGGGCUGCUGGGAUGGCUCCUGUGGUGUUGGGGACCAAUGCAGGCAGCGAGGGAGCUCUGCUCUUCCUACUCAACUCCCUCGCACACCACUCAGCGAUGCCUGUGCCGGAGCGAUGGCAUAUUCUGGCUCUGGCAUCACUGCGGGCACGCGUGGGAGCAAAACAGAGCUCAGGUGAAAGCGUUCCUUUGCCGCCCACCUACAAUAUGAGCAGAUGCCAGCCUCAGGGGGGUCCCAAGGUCAGCAGCCGGAGACAAGGCAUCUGCGUUUUCGCCGUCCCCUCAAAGUGCCGCCCAUGCCUUGUUAGCCUCGUGCUGUUUGCACAGCGUUCUCUUUCAAAUCUUGUAAAACUCUGCACAGUGUUCUUCCUCAGAUCUCGUAAAACUGCACAGUGUUCUCCCUCGGAUGUCGCAAAACUCUGCACAACGUUCUUUGUCGGAUCUCGUAAAACUCUGUACAGGGUUCUUUGUCGGAACUCAUAAAACUCUGCACAGCGUUCUUUGUCGGAUCUCGUAAAACUCUGUACAGGGUUCUUUGUCGGAGCUCAUAAAACUCUGCACAGCGUUCUUUGUCGGAUCUCGUAAAACUCUGUACAGGGUUCUUUGUCGGAGCUCAUAAAACUCUGCACAGCGUUCUUCCUCGGAUCUCUUAAAACUCUGCACAGCGUUCUUUCUCGGAUCUCUUAAAACUCUGCACAGCGUUCUUUCUCGGUUCUCAUAAAACUGCACAUUGUUCUCCCUCGGAUCUCGCAAAACUCUGCACAACGUUCUUUGUCGGAGCUCAUAAAACUCUGCACAGCGUUCUUUGUCGGAUCUAGUAAACCUCUGAUCAAAAUUUAGCAUCCAUGUCCCAUAAAGUUUCAUAGUUUGUCACUAAAGCACAACAACUCUGCUGUGAUAUAGCCAAAUGAUAGAAGUGACCUUUGUUCUAAUCUAGUGCUUUGUUACAUUAGUAACAAGAUAACUAAAUAUUAUCAGGCAUGGCCACCAAUGCCAACUGCCUUUUUCACAUCGAUAAAAGUGUGAAGGUUUUUUUUUUUGGUUUUUUUUUUUAAAACAAUAUCUGUAAGUGUGGAGAGCAAAUUGUGUGUCUCACCUUCCAAUGGCAUAAAUAAACAAAAAUAAUUAAAAGGUAGAGUUUACCAACAAAAACAAUCACCUCCCCGUCAAAAAAAACCUUUUUCUAGGCAUCACAACCACUAUAAAGCCAUGUAGUGGUUAUGUUGCCAAGAGUCCCAUGGCAUAUUCCCACAAUUAAAAGUCAAAAUGUUUGACACCCUUAGCUAACGUCACUCGCUUUCGUCGGGUGGAGGGCAUGCUACCAUUGCCUGUCUGUAACCAAAAGUGCAUCCAUCUCACCCAUUACUAAUGUGCAUAUCAUACAGUGGUUAGGAUAUCUAGCCAGCUCCUUUAAGGGUAACAUGUUAAGGGGUUAAUUGGUGGGUUGGCUGUCAAAAAGCUAUUUUGCACAGAACACUAGCGGAGGUGGACUUACUGAGGGAUUAAUCUCUAAAUGUCCAGCGUUACAAAGCAAAACACUGCACAUAUAGACUCCAGGCACCAUGACCACUUCAGGUCAAUGAAGUGGUCAUGGUGUUUGUAGUAACCCUUUAAAAGCAGCACAGUGGGCACAUAAGCUUUCUUACACAUAGACUGUUAUACGCUUGUAACCGAACUGGCAGCGAGCAGGGUUAAAGAGUGAGGUGGAAGCAUAUGGAAUAAAAUAUUGCUUUCUAAAUACGCUGCAAACCCAGAUGCUUAUUCUCCCUCCCCCUCUUGCUUUACAGCCCCUGUCCCUCUGGCUGAAUCAGACUCUCUGAUAAAGCAGAAAGUUGAACUGGCCCCAUUACUGAGCUGUGAUGGUUGCAUUGAUAAGGCAUUGAUAAUAGGGAAGAUAGGCAUCCUCUUGUAGCCAAUCUCUUUGCUAUUUCGCCCAUUAACAUUCCCCACCAGUGAUGGCCUGGGAGCUGCCUAUCUAUUCUCCAUUUCCACUCCUCCACCAGAUAACAAUGGAACGGGUGACUUCAUAGCUCACUGAUUAAAGUGUCUGGCUUUCUUGAUAAUACACAGAUAAAUUAUGUUUUUCAAAGAGAGGUAGGGAAACGGGAGUUAAAUAAAAUAAAGGGAUUUUUUUCCCCUCCUUUUUCGUUUUGCAUCAUUUCCACAUAGAUCCUUCUUAGAAACCAGCUUGAGUAAUUGACGCUGAAACAAUCGCAUCAUAUCAAAUCAGCAUUUGGCUGUGGAAUUAUUUCCGUGCGGAACAUAAGACAACACAGGCCGUUCUAUAAUAAAACCAAAAUCCUUUUUUCCGUUUUUUUUAUUUUUUUUUUUUAAAUUAUUUUUGCGAUUAUUAUUUUUGUAAUUGUUUUGGGGGUGGGGGUAGGAUGAAAGGUUGAUGGUUUAUUGUGAGAAGUAACAUGUCUGAUGUUAAUUAACGUUUAUGGUAGAAGUUACUUGGUAAGUUACUUAUAGUGAAGUGGCAUAUGCCAAACGGGCUUGUUAUACAAGGGAGAGGGGAGUUUUUAACACAGUGAAUGUGUCUUCUAUUGUGAAACAACAUUGUGGUGUAAAAAAAAGGGAGGCACGCAGAGACGGCUCCUUGAGCUCGGAAGAAAUGUGUUUUUUGUUUUUUUUUGGGGUUGGUGAAAAAAUGUUUUCGGAGAAUUAAGGGCUAGUUUAGUCUUGAGUCAAGACUGCAGAGAACCAUUACUGAGUGAUGUCAUUACCAGCAUCAUGAUGUCAGCACAACAGCGCCACUAGUGCCUGGAGGUAAUAAUUGGUAAUGUCACCGAUAACAAAGCACUGUGACUUAGAUAUUAAUAUAUAGACUAUAUAGUAUAACUUUCCAUUACUGAAAAAUAGAUAUUUAAUGGUACAUGAUGCUUGUAUAUGUAACAAUGUUUAUGUAAUGAAACUAUAUGUGUUACAAUAUAUCUAUACCUGUAAUGUAUAUGCCUCUGGUUUUAUUUGUAGUAUUAUAAGCUCUCCAGAAUUUACUUAAUAAUGAGAAAUCUCAACAUACAGUAAUAAUAAUUUAAAAGAAUGCAAUAUUCUGACAUAAGUGUAUGUGUGAGCAGUUCUUUCAAGUUUUGUUUUGGGAUCUGGCCGUUUAACAGGAAUUAUAUGCACUGAUUUAAUUUGUUGAUCCAGCAUCUGAGGAAGUGAGUGUAAGGUCAUUUUGGGAACUCUGCCCUUAGUCCACCCGUGUCUAAAUUACUAAACAUUUUAUCCUAUGGUGCCAUGGGUGUGAAAGGGCCACUCCAGGCCUACACAGUGCAUCUAAUGUGUGUGGGAGCCUGGAGUGUCCCUUUAAUAAUAAAAACCCACCCAGUGUAACAAGCUGUAACCUAACCUACACAGUGCACCUAGCAUGAGUGGUAGCCUGGAGUGUCCCUUUAAGGAGCACUUUUGUUUGUGAUCAGUGAGGGUCAUGGUAACCCCUGUGCUGUAUCACAAUACAUCUCCUGAUAAAGGUCUGUAUCUCGCAUUACUGGGACGCCUGUGGUCAUACUUUCACACUGAAUCACUGGAGGUUGCAACAUCUCCAAGCAGUGAUUUCAAACCCUUCCCAGAGCAUGCAGAGUAACCAGCUGACAACUACCCUUUCUUACUGUAUCAUCACUAAAUCUGUCUCCUUCAUCUUUGCCCAUUCUUCCUCAGGACCAGACAAACUUUGAGCCUCAUUUUUGUGGACGACACUGUCCUGACAUUUCAUUUGUGUCAUGUUUUAUGGCCAUAACUUGUUCCUUUGUUCACACUAUAGCAGGGAUAGGCGACCUUCGACACUCCAGAUGUUGUGGACUAUGUGCUGGCAAAUCCAUCAGGGAGAUGUAGUCCAUAACAUCUGGAGUGCCAAAGGUUGCCUACCCCAGCACGAUAGCCUGUUAAAGGACCACUCUAGGCACCCAGACCACUUCAACUUAAUGAGGUGGUCUGGGUGCCAGGUCCAGCUAGGGUUAACCCAUUUUUUUUAUAAACAUAGCAGUUUCAGAAUGGGUUAAGCCUUCCCCCAAAGCCUCUAGCGGCUGUCUCAUUGACAACCGCUAGAGGCGCUUGCGUGCUUCUCACUGUGAUUUUCACAGUGAGAGCACGCCAGCGUCCAUAGGAAAGCAUUGUAAAUGCUUUCCUAUGCGACCGGCUGAAUGCGCGCGCAGCUCUUGCCGCGCGUGCUCAUUCAGCCGACGGGGCGGAACGGAGGAGGAUCGGAGGAGGAGAGCUCUCCGCCCAGCGCUGGAAAAAGGUAAUUUUUAACCCCUUUCCCCCUUCCAGAGCCGGGCGGGAGGGGGACCCUGAGGGUGGGGGCACCCUCAGGGCACUAUAGUGCCAGGAAAACGAGUAUGUUUUCCUGGCACUAUAGUGGUCCUUUAAGGGGUGUUAAAGUGGCAGUGUACGCAGAGUGUUGUGUGUGAGAUAUUUCAAUUAGCUCUGUUUUUGUGGUUCUUGGGUUGUUGUUUUUUUUUUUUUUUCCUUUAUCUCUCGUUCUCCUUUUUUACUUAUUUGGUGUUAGAAGAACACUCCAUGCACCAUAACUAUUACUGCAUCUGCCACCCCCUCCUCCAUUGUAAGUGGUCACGUUAUCACCUUAUCACGUUACAUUAAUAAUAAAUGACUGUGUAAUUUCUACCCACUUCUACACUACUUAGAUGCACACACCUGCAAGGGGUAGACUGACCAUUCGGGCACUCCGACAAUGCCAUUCGGGCCAGCCACAGCAAUUUAUUUUGACUAAUGGCCACCAUGCAUUCUUGGCGGCCAUCUUCAAAACUGGCAUGAGUAUUUAGCACUCAGACGUGAGCCAGCAUUGCUCCAGCAACACGACAAACAUCGGAGCUCAUCAGAGCAGAUACACUGGACCAACAGGGAUCACCGAACCACCAAGGGCUCGCCCCUCCCUUCCCAAAGUAUACCACAGAGAGAGUGGAAUAACUUUAUUAAAAAUUAAAUUUUCGUUCAGCACCUAUUCCUUCACUACAGCCUAUUUUCUCCUUCUUCAGCUUCUACCUCACCACUACAGCCCAUAUUCACCUGUCCCUGUUCCCCCACUAUAUCACCUGUAUCCCCACUAUAUCACCUGUAUCCCCACUACAGCCUCUAUCUUGCCCGCUACAGCCCCUAUCCCCGCACUUUAUCCCCUAUCCCCGCACUAUAUCCCCUAUUUUCCAUUACAGCUCCUAUCCCACCCACUACAGCCCCUGUUCCCCACUAUACCCCCUAAUCCCCACACUAUAUCCCCUAUCCCGCCCACUACAGCUCCUAUCCCGCCCACUACACCCCCUAUCCCCACACUAUAUCUCCUAUUUCCCCACUACAGCCCCUAUCUCAUCCAGUACACCCCCUGUUCCCACACUAUAUCCCCUAUUCCCCCAAUACAGCUCCUAUUUUCCAUUACAGCCCCUAUCCCGCCCACUACAGCCCCUGUUCCCCACUAUACCCCCUUAUCCCCACACUAUAUCCUCUAUCCCGCCCACUACAGCCCCUAUCCCCGCACUAUAUCUCCUAUUUCCCCACUACAGCCCCUAACCCUCCCACUACAACCCUUAUCCCGCCCACUACAGCCCCUAACCCUCCCACUACAACCCUUAUCCUGCCCACUACAGCCUGUAUUGCACCCCCUACAGUCCCUGACCUACAUUAGAGCCCCUGUCUCCCCACUACAGCCCCUAUCCCGCCCGAUACAGCUCAUGACCCAACUACAGCCUCUUCCACCAUUACAGCCUCUAUACCCCACAUUACAGCCCAUACCCCCACUUACUGCCCGUAACUCCCCCACUACUGCCCCAUUACUUUUCUUUUCUUUUUGUUUUUUGUUUUAUUUUUUAAGCAUGAUUUUUGUAUCUAAAUAUUUUUUUUUCUCUGAAAGGUGAUAGUUGCCUAUCCAUUUAUAGGAAUUGGGAGAUCCUGCUCCAUAAUUGGGCUCUGUUUAUAUAAAUGGCAAGUUUGCCUGCCACGGGAGCUUUUUGGCAUAUUUAUGACUAUGCUAUAUAACAACAUUGCUGGUCACUGAUAAGGUUCCUUCUGAGAUUUAUACAUUUGUUUAAUACAUUUCUGAUAUGACCCUGGUUAAGAGAUUGACUUCCCAGAGUUCCUUGAGCCAGGAAUGUUGACAUCAUAUGUAGUGCCUGGUUUCUCAGUGUGUGAUUGUUGACCUGUCUCCCUAUCACUGUAGGUGUAAAUCUGACUUUGUGCUGGUACACAUUACACAAUAUCAUAAACCGUGUGUUAUGGAUACCGGCGUACAUUAGUUUGUGUUAACCCAUUUUGGCAUUGAAAGUUUUUAAAAAUGAAUAACCCGAUGGGUCUGUGUUCCCAACCCACUGCUCACUAAAUUGUUUAGCCCUAGCGACCGUACCACUUAAACCCCUUAAGCGAACAAUACACUUACUUACCCCUCCCUGAGCCUUCUAUCAUGUCAAAUGGUGGUUAAAUUCAGAUAGCAAACCCAUGCUCCCACUCUCAAUGAGUCUACCCCCACGGGCCCCCAAUAAUACAGCACUAUCACAAGCGUGACGAACAACAACCAUCGUCACACCCCAGCCUGGUUCUUGGGCACCUGACACCAGCCACCGACCAAUACAAUGUACACAGGAAUGUUUCAUUUAUGUGGUUGCAUAAUGAUAUUGUCUUGCAUUGCAAUGUAACCUAUUUUACCUAACACCUCUGUUUCUGCGUUCUUUAACUUUCUUUCAUGUUGAUAAACAAAAAACUGAAAAACUGUCACAAAUAAAGAAUUUAUAAAAAAUAAAUAAAUAAUGAAUAGAAUAUACAUGAAACCAGGGGGCUGCACUCACCUGAACAUGUAUAAAUGGGGUGCUGCUGGGGGCCAAUUUAUACAAUACACAAGAUCCAGUGCAAUCACAUAUCCACUAAACAGCAGUUUUAAUGUUUUAUAGAUCUGUCAACAUUGAAGUUGCUGUUUAGUGGUUAAGUGAGUGCGCUGGAUCUUGUGUAUUGUAAAAAUUAAUAGAAGGCCCAUUAAAGUGGCAACUCUAAUGUGGAGUAAAAAAAAAUCAGCUUUAUUUCAUUCAAUGCAUAGGUAAAAAAUCUGUUCAUAGUGAAUGGUACGGUGAGGGGUUGACUGCAGGAAAGACGCGGAAGAUAAACCACUUUCUUUAGAGAUUAUCCAGUGUUUUAAUCAGUUGACAUUAACCAGCUCAGAACCCUGAAAUCGCCCCCAUAUACAUUGAAUUCUACAUAUAUCCCAAAGAUACUUGGUAUAUUCAAUGUAAAAUAUAAAGGUUUACUCACUUUACAUCCUUUACAGUGCCGCCUCCUGGGUAUUACUCUUCGUGGCUUUCCUAAGCUCCUCCUAAAGUCUUCUUUGAUUUGCCCUGCUUGGGGCGCAUCUUGUCAGUGACGACAGCAUGCACACUCCGUUCCUAUACUCCCUACCCGGCACUAAAAGCACCGGCUAGGAAGGUUCUAUAGCAACCACAGCGCAGGCCGUGGGAGAUCUUUACUGCUCUCCAAGGCAUUGACAGACAGCUGGGAUAAAAAAAACUAGUUUUAAAUCGUUUUUUCUCCUAAUCAAUACAUUUGAUAGCAAAACUGCCAUCACAAUGUGUAGAUAAAAUCUUAUGAUCAAUCUGAGCAUACAUAGUUUGGUGCCUGAGAGGUGUCCUUUAAACUCAAUGUGCGCAGUGUUUCAGAGACGCCAGGCACCAUGACCACUACAGUGAAGUAUUCAUGUUGCUGGGAGACAAUGUCCUUGCCAAGUUAACGCAAUGGACCCUAGAAGCAAUUGCUGUCUAUUUUACCAUUUGUAUUGCAUCCUUUUUACAUUUGUUACAGUCUUGUAUUUCAGUUAAUUUAAUUAGGGUUAGCUGGUGGUCAGAUCAGAUUUGUGGGGGAAAACGUUUUUUAAAUCUGAGAAUAUAAAAUCUCCAUAGAGUAAACGCUUAUUUAAUAGUUCUCAAGUAUUUGUUUUUAAAGAUCCAACUUAAAGAGCUGUCCAAUGCUCUCUGCCUGCUUUGGAUCACCCUGACAUGCACAGGGCAUCAUUAUAUCUAGACAAAUGCUUACACGGACCCUCCCUAAGAGACAUAGAGGUAUAUUCAUCAUCUGCAUGAUCUCUGCUGUGUGAUAAGAAUAUUAUUUCAUGCUGUUAUUCCAUGGGGCUUAUCCAUCAUUGCCUGAAUUAUCUCGCUGUUUGAUGAAUCGACUGUAUGAAAAAAAGCUGCCUGAUGGCGAGUUCUCCUGCGUGAGCUAAUAUCGAUUUAUUUCACAAAUGAUUUUUGUUUUUUUUGCAUAUUAUGAGAAAGAUUCCAUUGGACAUGGAUCGCCUGACAUUUAGUGCCUGUACAUGUUUUCUCUUGGUUGAGGGAAAUACAGGAAGAUACAGCUAUCGUACACCUCUGUAUAUUGUAAAGUGCUGCAGAAUAAGUUUGCCCCAAUGAUAAUGGAUUGCAAGCUCCAUAGAGCAAGAUUUAAUUUGUAACUCCUUUUUUUCCUUUUGAAAUAAAUCUUAUUUCCUUUUUUGAGCUUGUCAGUAUUUGUCCAACCUUGGCUCUUGUGGUACUACAGUUCCCAGAAUGCAUUGCCUUGACUUUCCAGUCGUUGGACUAUGAUUCCCAGAAUUCUCAGCCAUUUCAAGGACUGCAAAGAAGAGAAACUCACAGGCACGCCAGGUUAAAGCCACAGGCAGUUUUAUUGUGACAAAAUGCAACGCAACGUUUCGACCAAAAAGGUCUUUGUCAUUUUUAAGACUGCAGUCCUGCAGCAGCAGACGGCUUAUCUGUUAUGUAGCUUGCUGUAACUGUUUCAGUUCAUUGACACAAAUGGCGCAUGUAUUUUAAUUCAGGAUUCCAUUGGGUUAACGGUUUCAAUAAUAUUCGUUUUGUUUUACUCCAUAGUCAGCUAAUAUUGUGACAUUACUUCCAGGAAGUGAAGCCCAGGAAUAUAAACCGUCAUGAUACCAACACAACAAUAAAUUAAAUAAUAAAUAACAAUAGGGUCAAAACAACUUUGUCCAAUUUUGACUUAGAAUUUCACUAUACUCAAAACUUACUUGUUUGUCCAUCUUUUUUAUAAUCUUUGGGGAAUCGGUUAGUGCGUUGUAUUAAUAAUGUGUGUGUGUGUAUGCAUGUAUGUGUGUGAGUAUGUACACACACACACACACACACACACCACACCACACCACACCACACCACACCACACCACACCACACCACACCACCCCCACCUCACCCUCAAAACUACCUCUCGCCACUAGCUUUUGGUGAGUGAAAAUUUAGCCGUUUAUGGGCAAGUAUACAUUCACCCCGGCGAGUGUGCCAUCAAUGGACCCUGCAGGCUUGCAGUGGUGAGUAACUUGGAAGGCCAGGCUAAUAUCAUAGGACUUGAGAUUGUAAGCGGUGUGUGUGUAUUACAUUCUGUGAGUUUUGAAAUUGCCAUUUAGUGAAUGGGUGAGUGCACUGGAUCGUGUGUGUGUGAGAUUAUUGACCCUUUACAGUGUCUGAUUCAGUGGGCGGUAGUUUAUAUAUUCUAUUAUAGUAACGAGUAGAAAGUGAGCAGUAUGUUUGCAGUUAUCUAACCCUAUUCCAAUUAAUCUCCAGCUUAUCACAUGGCAAUCAUUACUUGUUAUUUGCACCUCUUUCUCCACACAGAGUAAAGUUCAGUUUUGAAGCACUGGUCCAUUCCUGACGGGGCUGCUGGGGGGGAAUGAGAGGAGGGAAACGAAUGGAGUGAUAAAAAGCCAUGAUAAGGGUUAGGCCUGUUUUGGAAUACGACUUGUAUCAAUGUUAUCUAUCUCCUGCUCAGCUCUCCCAGCACAGGCUGUUGUUUUUAGCUCUUAUCUUGCUCCACCAAAAUGCCAGGAACACAGAAUAACACACUUUGAUAAUUCAUGGACCUAGUGAUAAAAUGUUAACAAUAAAUUAAGAAAACUGCUGCUUUUUUUCACAAACAAAUUCAGAUUUGGAAUAUGGUGGGGGUUUUUUUUUUUUUUUUUAUCCCUUUGUCUCUUUUAAAGUUAUUCAGGUUAAUAUUAAUUGUGAAAUAUAAACAGACUAAAUAGAAAUAUAUUUUAGAUAUAAAUGUGUUUGUGCUUUGUGUUUGCAUUUUGUCCUUUCAGCCUGAGAUGUUGUUCAUGCAUUCUAUAUUUAUAUACGCACACACUUGUGUUAUAUUUAUAAAGUUUAUAGAGUGAUUUAUUGCACUGCAUGGGGAAAAUGACAAGGUAAUUAAGUUCACACCAAAAUAGUGGCAUCAACUAUUGUUUCCUUAGCUGCAACUUUGGCCACCAUUUUGCAGUUUGGUUAAAUCUCCAGUAUUUAGUGUAUUAACCUCACAAUAAAUGUUUUCGUGUGGUGGUUAAUCGAGACACAUCACAUGCAAACUGGUGGAUCAGCACACAUCCUGUAAAUAUUCCAGGCUAUAGCUCUAAGUGAUCUACUGGGUAUUUUUUCCCUUAUCAUAGUGAUAGCCUACUUAGUCUGCCGCUGAAUCAAACACUCCAGUUACGGCAGAGACUGGUUGUUUUUAAAGCAGCAGUGUCCCCUGCCCUGGCACCAUCUUCAAGUUCUGCCAUGAGCCACAUCACUGAUGUACUUUAAUGCCUGCAAAAGAUAACCUAUUGAGGUUCCAUUUAUCCCAGGUUUGCUCACAUGCAUGCGCUAACGUGCACCAUACAUGUUGUCACCUGGGUAACAAGUCACAAGUGGAAGUCACUAUUUAGUUCCAACUCCUAACAGAUUAAUCUGUACACCUUCUUGUUACUACGCACCCUGCAGUGGUAUGGAUUAGUCCGUUAAUAUGAAAAGCUUAUAAUGUGUCCGGCCAGCAAGGAUAUCCAAAGCAAAUGUAAAGAAAACCCUUCAAUUUUCAAGCGUGUGCCUUGAUUACAAUUAUUUAUAUAGAGCCAACAUAUUCUGCAGCGCUGUACAAUAGGUAAACAAGACAACCCUUUCUAACAAAAUACGUAUGUCAUACAGGAAAAGUGAAUGAAGAGGGCCCUGUCCAAACAAGCUUACAAUCUAAUGGAUGGACUAUCAGCUUGCCCAGAUAGUUUUUCUCACCUGAUUUCUCUAAAACUUCCUGCUCUAUACAGAUUUCUCUAUACUUCCUGCACCUUGAAGUUAGGACUAAUUCAAAUCCACAAAUGUCAGAGUUGUAAAAUGUCACAAAGAAAUCUAUAGCUGGGUGACGCCAAUGGCAAUGCACUGAUUGAUUAUUUAUUUAUAUUAUAUUUUACCAGGAAAGAUACGUUGAGAUUUCUCUCGUUUUCAAGUAUGUCCUGGGUCCACAAAUCAUUGCAUCCUUUUCAAUCAUAGUAAUACUUUGUAAAUCAAAGAUUUUGGAUUUAUGAAGUUUAGAGGUUUAACAGAACACGUAACCUCUGUCACACUUGCAUUGGCCACCGUAAAUCAAACACCUCUUUCAAUAAAGUUAUCCUGUUGAGUCUUCUUUUAUAGUUUAUUUUUUAAUUAGGUUUUUAUUUUUACUCCACAUUUUUUUCUUUCACUCCUUGUACACACUCACUCAUUCGGUGUCCCGUCCUCCUAUCUCUUCCUUCCGCCCCCACCUUCUCUUGCUCUCUCGAACGUGGGCUCGCUAUUAGUAUUAGUAAUUGUGUCUUGUGAAGUGUAGCAAUCUGCUGUAAUCUAUCAGAGGUUUAUCUGCUUUAUCAGAGAGCUGAGAAUGGUCGGGCCUAGAGAUGGCGCCAUGCUCCAAAGCUGAUAAAGUUACAGAGUUCAGCCAGUGAUGAAUGUUAAGUGACUACACACCAGUUACAUGGAGAUAGACUUGGCAGAGAGAGCAUUUUCGUCUGAAACCAAUCUCCCAGAUAUCAUUGGAGCUGUUUUUUCUCAGGGUUCCUCACUGUCGUCCUACCUCUGUCUCUCUAUCUCCCCUUUCUGUGUCUCACUCCCAUUUAUUAGCAGGUUUUUUUUUUUUCCCUCUAACUUUCGUUAUCUCUACCUUGCCGUAUCUUCCCUCUCCGUCAGCGCGUCUCUCUACUCAUUGUUUCGUACUGUCUCUCUAGUAUUUGCUCGCUGUCUCUUUCGACGCUAUCUCCUCCACUUUAGAAACCUCAUUGAAAGUGGACGUUGAUACUUUUGUAGCUAUAGAACAUUCUAAAUAGAAUGCCAAUUCUGAGAAUAUGCGAAUAAUUAUUAAAUUUUUAUUUUUCCUCCUCAACUUUUUAUGUUCCGCUAUAGAUUAGAUUAAAGUGCUUUCUGUAGAUGUUGGGGGAGGAAAGUUGAUGGAAUACAUACAGAACAAUUUAAUGAUAAGGUGAUUUGGAGGACACAACAUCGUUGGCUAAUCAUACACACAGAAUUGAACAUUUUUCAGAGUUUGAACUGUGCAUGCCACUGUAUUGGAAAGUAAAAUAUUAAAUCGCUCUCAGGUAAGUCGCUAAACUGCCAUUGACUUACUGAACCCUCUGCAAGAACACUGAAGACACUUACCUAGAUACCUGGCCCCACACUAUGAGCCAAGCUGCGUGCUCACCAGGACUGUAGAUCAGUUGGAAUCACAAUGUAAUGAAUCUAAAUCUGCACGGUUAUUCCAUUGAAAUAAGCAUCAAAUUCAGUUGUUCUUAAUCUUAUUUUUGACUGUGACACAAGGUGCGCGCAUGUAUUUGCGUAGAGGCUCGUUUAACAACUUUUAAUUUAGCCCAGUGGACAAUUAAUGAUUUUGAAUUGAAUCUGCAGUGAAAGAUGGUCAAUUUGUAACCAGUGCUGACCCAUGUAAUGUGCCAGGGUCCCUAGUUUUGAGUCAUCACCCAGGAGUUAAGAACCAUUGAUCAAUGCUUUGACGACAAAUUCAUUUACACUAAGUAACUGUAAAUUCAGUUGCAGGUUUGAUUACUUGUUGAUGUUUUGUGAAUGGGGCUGUGCACAGUGUUCAUCUAAAGCUACUGUCUGUGCAUGUGCGCGUCUGAGAGCCGGAGUGGGGGGGGCAAGGCCCUGGAACAGCGCAAGAAAGCUGUGCAUACUAAACCCAAUACGGCAGAUUUAGCUGGAAAUAGAGGAAGUAUAUGAAUUCUUCCCCUGGCUGCACUUUGUAGGACCCCCAGUUUGAGCCAUACAGCUAUGGCACAAUGUAUUCAGCAUAGUUGAAUGAAAUCGCUCUAAUAUAUGAUUCCUUGCUCUUUGUUCCAUACACACAAGUGAUUACAACCCAGCCUGUUACUUUUCUUUAAUACUAACUUACACCCUUUGGCACACUGGUAUUUUAAGCCCUGCAGAUUUAGACUCGUGUGAAAUGUUGGCUACAAGCAUCUCACUGGCCAGGUGAGCCAUCAGUGGCUUACACCCACGUUUCGUGGCGUCUGUUUCCCACAUGUGAAUAACAGCACCUGCCUAUUGCCCGUCAUGGUUUGCAAUCACGUGUCCCUCACAAAGGUACAGAGAAGGUGACGUGCCCCCCUCCUCCUCCACGUGACGCUCAUCCCUCCCUUUUUCCCUUCUCUGCCAUUUACUAUUUUAAUCUCUUAAAAUUAUUAAUGACAAGAGGGCAAUGGUGUCCCCAUGGCAACCGCAGUGAAAGGUCAGUUGGAGUUUAUCUUAUCUGGAUAGAAAAGGGUUACUAAUUAGAGAUAGGUGUGCAGAGUUAGGCAGCUAGGCCCAAUCCUAGUUUAUCAGCGCUCCGCAGCAGAUGCAUAAUGUAAUAUAUCUCAGACAGCUUCCAGCCAUCAUGGUGGGGGGAAGGGGGGGUGAGGGUAGGCUCCUCCAAGGGGUCACAAAAACUGAUAGAACCCAGAGAUUCCCUAAAGAUACAGGACGCCGUGAAACUUUACAAUUAAAAUACUAACAAUUCUAGCGCAUGCUCUUUUAAUAUGUUUUGUUUAUCCAGUCACGUUGGCAAUAAUGCAACAUAGGGUUGCAGUUUAAAUCAUUUAGUCAUUUAUUUUAUUAUUUAGUCCAUGUUGAAUGUUGUGCCUGGGGUUCCCGAGUUUGCCGGGUUUGUGUUUUGUACAAUGUGGCGGCAAUGCAGACUUCAGCCACCCUCUUCAUAUCGUCACUUUGUAACUUGUUUAAAAGGAAAUGUAAUUCUGCUGAAGGGACGGAUUGGAUGUUUUGGGAGCUUACAUUAAGGCUUAUGUAUGUUCUGCUUGGGUGACCGUUUGCAGACAGGCCAUAGAGCUGGAAUAUUUAAUAUCGCUGAAAUGAUGCACUAGACUAUCUACUUAUUGUCAGAAUCCUGUUUUACAAGGCCCUGUCACUAUGGCGUCACAGUCUGUUAUCAAAGUGAGGGACAGCCAGCCAUUCACAAAGACUCUGAAAGCUAUCAAUCCCAUCAUGCUCCACCUUAUCGUUCGUAUCACCUGACCUCACUGGUAAAUUAAACUCUUGUAAUCCAACUCCUGGUUUUGGAAGAAUUCAUGGUCUAGUCACGAGAAGUUUCCCGAGAUUGAUGUGAGUUGUAGUGGGGAUUCAUCAUUGGGUUUUCAAAAGGCUAUUUAUGUUCCAACAGUUCUUUUUUUUUUUUUUUUUUUUUAUUAAAGCAAACAGUGUUUUAAAGGACCACUAUAGGCACCCAGACCACUUCAGCUUAAUGAAGUGGUCUGGGUGCCAGGUCCAGAUAGGAUUAACCCUUUUUUUUUUUUUUUUAAACAUAGCAGUUUCAGAGAAACUGCUAUGUUUACACUGAGGGUUAAUCCAGCCUCUAGUGGCUGUCUCAUUGACAGCCGCUAGAGGCAUUUGCGUGCUUAUCACAGUGAAAAGACGCAAGCGUCCAUAGGAAAGCAUUAUGAAUGCUUUCCUAUGAGACUGGCUGAAUGCGCGCUGCCGCGCAUGCACAUUCAGCCGGAGAGGAGGAGGAGAGCUCCCCGCCCGGCGCUGGAGAAAGAGGUAAGUUUAACCCCUUCCUCUCCCCAGAGCCCGGCGGAAGGGGGUCCCUGAGGGUGGGGGCACCCUCAGGGCACUAUAGUGCAAGGAAAACGAGUAUGUUUUCCUGGCACUAUAGUGGUCCUUUAAGAUAAAUGUGAGUUCAGAUUUCUUCAAGACUACAAUUUUGGCCAAGCAAAUCAGACAUUUCAUGCUGUAGUUGUUCUUUGCCAGAGAGCACGGCUAGUGAAAGGAGUGUUAGGAGUAAUAAAGAGACUUAUUAGAGAUUGAUAAAAGUACCAGAAAUGGGAAUUCAGAAAGGUUUUUAUUUAUCAUUGCUUUGACAAAUGGUGAUACUUCAAGACUAUUUCCUGCUACUUUUUUUAAUUAUUUGUACACAGUAGUUAUAUACAUUAUUUUUCAUUAUUUAUCUUGAAUAUUAAUAAUAUUAGCAAUUUUACCAAGAUAACCUUAUCAGGGGAAUCCAUAUUGUAAUUUGUCUACAACUUGAUAUGAGACACACAAAUAAUAUUGCCACCAGGAAUCCUUAACUUCCAGCUUGGCUGUAUAAGCCCGUGGUAUCUACCCCCCUGGGUUCUUCCUUCGUAAACCCUCUUUAGUAAUAUGUAUGUACAACAAAUAUGGGUUUUUUAGCUGGAUCCUUAGAGAACACAUAAAAAUACAAACAUAGUGUAGCAAUGCAACAAAGUAAUAUCUUGUUUAGAAUUUAAAUGUACUCAUAAGAUAGUUGGAUAUAUGCGCCUGACAGGUGCUUCUGAGGAAGUCUCGUAGAGGCGAAAUGCGUAGGACCUAUAGUUUUAUGAACUUAUUUUGCACCUGAACCGGCUUACAAGUCCUUGGUGUAACCGUUGGGAAGGAAACUGAGUACUGAUAGACCCUGGUUAUAUCGAGGGGAGACACCUGUCAAAUGCAUAUAUCCAACUAUCUUGUGAGGACAUUUCAUGUCAAAUAAGGAUAUUGCUACACUAUGGUUAUUUUUUGUGUUCUCAGCUGAAACCCUAUAUUUGUUGUAUGUACAAGACUUGAUAUGAGGCAGGUUUAUGAUGUAGAAAGAGUUUAUACACUGCUGUAUAAUGAAUGUCCUUAUUAAACAAAAUUUACACCCAUUUUGUACUAACAGCUGUAUAGCUAGCUAUGCUGCCAAGCCCAUUUAUCCUGCUGUUUCUAUUUACUUUCUAACUAAAGCUACAUAUUUUAGAACUGUAACCUAAAGAAUAAUUCAAAUUUAAUGUUCAAUGCUUUGCUUAAUUCCUCCCAAUUUAGACACCAUAAAACCCUGCGGUUACCCCUUUUACAGUAUGAAAUGAGUGGGGUAUUGGGAGAGCAUUAAGGCUGCCAAAGCAUCAUGGAAGUUUUCUGUUUUUUAAAUUUUUUAUUCUGCAAUUCUGUAAAAGAUGUGGCUUUGCCUUUUACUCAGCCCUGUUGUGCAUCAUAUUCGGAGCUGUGGAUUCUGUUAGCCCUGGCUCACCCUGCUACAAAUUCUGUUACCGUGUUCCCUGACACAUGUACAGCUAAUUGUUAUGGAUUGGGAGACAUGGCUGCCGGGUAAAAACAGGAUUAGUGCAGCCAUUUUGCUUGUAAGGCUAUUAAUUCUCCUCCGCGAGGCUGGUUCAGAGAACAUAAAGGAAAGUUAGGAAGGUAAAAAGUCCUGUUUGUUUAAAGCUGUAGUUUUUAGGUGGAAGGGAUCUUUUUAUAGCUUCAGUCAUUUUGUUUUUAUGCUACUGGUGUAGAAAGCCUUGUAACCCUCACCCUUGUGCCAAGCGGGCUCUGUGUCUCAGACAGAUUACAUCCCGGUUGUGGUCUCUUAGAUAACUAAACUGGCUCUCUACUUUAUGAGGCCGUAACCAGAUCUCCUGGCUGAUAACUGAGGCAGCAGAAGGGACACAGGUUUUUAACCGAGUUAGCUGCCCUGGCAGUUUCAGGAUCAUAGAAUAUCUACAUAAAUGUCUGUAUCCCAUGUGCAAAUGGGAAGGGAGUUAACCCUUCUGCUGCCAGGAGAACUGCAGCAUGGAGAGAGAGGCGAGACAGGCAGCCGCCCUGUUCUGUAUGAUUUUUAGCAUCCAAUAAAUGGAUUAGGAAGGGUUUUUAUAAACCAUGGCAUUUUCAUCGUGUUAUGCCACAAACCAUAACAAUAUCAUCAUUCUUUAUGCCACAAUUUCUCAUGUCUGUGGCUGCCAUUCCUGCCUAUUCCUCACCUUAGUGAUUUUGGUGUAGAUUGCUGUAAUAAUAGCAAAUGGUGCAUAAAUUUCACCCUAUGUUUAAUAAAUCUAUGUAUGAUAUAUACAUAGAAGGAACUGUAAUACUAUUCACUGCUGUGGACCUGUUAUGGUUGUAAGGUUCCACUUAAAGGUUGGGAAGUACUGUCUGUGUUUGUAUAAUCUCUCUAAAUGUUUGAUACUUCGAGAUUUGUUCACGUAAUUGGGAUUUCCAUGCGUGGUCAACCACAAAUAUAUAUUCCAACUUUGCUUAUAUUAUUACUUGGCUUAUAUUACAAAACAUGGUUGCCAACCUGCGGCAUAUAUGUUCAUUGAUACACAUCUGCAAAGCAUCCGUUUUUAUGUUCUCUAUUUUUACGAAAUGACACCUGCAUUUAUUCAAAUGCUAAAUGGGUACACUUUUUAAAGACAAAGAAAUUAUUUCCCACAAAAAUAAGUUUUCUUGCCCGAAAGGAAGAGUUGAGACAGCGCAAAUCAUCUGACUAGUGUUUAUACAGUGUAUUAACCAUAGGACACAGCCAGCCAAAAAUCGCUCAGCAGUAGUUAAUUGUGCAGGAAUCGGACCUUAACAGCGAUUCCAGAUCAAUGAACUGUUUAAAUAGAACAAUCCUUAUAUCUAUUGUACUGCACUGCAGAAUAUGUGGACACUUUUAUAAAUAAUAUCAAGCUGAAAUACAUGACCAUGCCAUGCAUUUUAAGGAGGUGGGAACACAAAAGGCAAAUAGUUCAUGAUAGAUUAGCUUUAAUCGCUGCUGGGAGAGUAUUCGUCAAAUUCAAGUACAAAUAGAAGUGCUGGUUGGAGGAGAUUGCAUUCAAUCAUCUUUUAAGGAGAAUCCUAGCAUUUUUAAAGCCUUUCUCAGUUCUUCGAUUGGGAAAAGAGGUUUAAGAAGGGAGAUAAUACCCACUCCCCCAGAUUCUUAAUUGCAAAGUGAUUGAUAAGCAUCAGACCCUUGUUUUACAAGCGGCAAAGUCCUAUUUAAGCUCCCAUGGGUUUGAUGGAAAGCAUCUGUCUGCUGAAUCUGCACUCUCCCUGCUUUAAUUCGAAGAUGAAUUCAGGGUCUUGGCCCACAAAAGAACUGUAGGUCUCUUUAGAGAAAGGGCCUUUAUCUGUUUUCUAUCAAGUGCUGGGGAGGCGGAAAGUUGUCCUCUUUUUUUUUUUUUUUCCUUCCUUUUCUGAAGAGUUCACUCCUCCCGUUUAUUCAGGGUCAGACUGUAAGCGUCAAUGUAGGAAUUUAAGGAUUUUUUUUUUCUCCCUCCUUUUCUUUCUAACUGAUCUAUGAAAAUGUUACAUUUUGCUUUGGGUAGUAAUUUGUGAUUGAGCUUGGUGUAAGGCUUCCCAGUCAUUAUUUUUCAAAAUAUUUUUUUGCAGGAUAUGUAUGAAUUCUGCAUUUUUUUAAGGAAGUUGUGAAAGCAGUGACCGGCAUGUUUGGAAUUGUUCACAGUGUAAAAUAGUCAUGGGAUCAUCACCGUGAUUAGCUAAAUGAUCUUCCAGAAGGAGAUUAAUUACCUAUUCUGCUGAACAGGAUUUCCAAUCCUGACCAACAAAAUGCAGAAUUCAGAAGUGUCCCAAAACUACAGCAAUCUGCCAACCCUACACCAGGACUCCAAGGCUUAGAUAGGCACUUUUUUAUUAUUAUUAUUUAUUUUGGCUGUGCAUAGGUUAACAAGCAGGUUUGCCCUGCCACAACAGCUGGUGCAAACAUAUAUAGGAAAAGUUAAACAUUAGUGUGGCAUCAACUACACUGCAUAUUUUUUAUAAUAGAGGACUAGACCAUAUUAAACCUGCACAUUUUUAUAGUAUAACGUAGCAUGAAAUAGUUCUCCAGGGCUAGAUCUCUAACACUGUCUUUAGACUGCCGUUUUAUAAUUGAGAAAAAGCAAACAAUCACAGUAACAUAAAUGUACCAGCUUAAGGUACAUGUAGGCUCAGGAAUAUUAAUCUUAGGGAGCUGAAUUGAUAGAGGAUUAAUACACCCCCAGGCCCCACACACUACCUAGUUGGAGAGCAUGAACCCUAGUGGGGAGAUAAUGGUCCCUUACUUUCAGAAGUAGUACAACAUAUGAGUCCAAGGAGUUGGCUUAAAACUGGAACAUAAACUUAAAGAAACUGAAACUCAAAUAUCAGCAGGCAGAAUGUAUGCAUCUGGGCGGAGGUGUGUAUGUGCAUGAGUCUCGGUUCCCUUUUCAGCCUUUGCCCCUCUGGGGUAGAUCGGGGCUCUGCUGUGAUGGAGAGGUCAUCAGGCAGAGUAUCCCAUAUGAAAGCCUAGGCGUCUUAUUACUGCGAUAUGGCAGCUUGCAGAUUCCGGGCUGUGUGUGGGCAGGCCCGAGGUAGAAUAUUACUAUGUUCCUAUUUAUAUUCAUAGUAGGCAUGGAUGUCUAAUGGGUUAAAAAGAACAGAUGGUACUUUGCUAUAGUGUACCAUGAGAACUCUGGAACGUGGUAAUUGGGGGUCUUGUCCUUAUAUGGUUAUAUUUAAAAGGUCUGAUGUCAUAAUGGUCAUAGUUUUAUAGAAUAAGGGAAAAAGGACCACAAGGUCUUGCUGUUGCUUGCUGCACAAGAUUGUUCUUCUUGUCCGGCUGUCUAACUAUGUAGACUAACUCUCCCUUUAGGAGUCCAGCAAUUAUUAUGUAUCAGUAACUGUAAGAAUAAACCUGAAGAAACCGUAAGUCAGAUUGCGUAUUAGUAUUUUUGGUUAAUAUAAACGUAUAUUAACAUUGCGAGCCUUUUACCCAAGAAGAAAUAUACAUAAAAGAAUAUUUCAAUCGAUGUGGAAAAACACACAGAAGAAGCAAUUUUAUUACACCCGAUGAAAGAUUGCUCCCGAACACCACCAUGCCGGCCCGAUGUAAGCGUUCCCGCCAUUUUCUGGACAUGCAUUUUUGCUCUUUGUCCCUCUGCUCUGUGUUCAGUGUGAGGCCUUGAGGAGUGUGGGUAAUGGGGACCAAAGGGGCCACCAAUUUGCUGCCUAGUUUCCAGCUUCUCCCAGAGGGAGUGGAAGGUCUGCUUCAGCCUCCCUUGCCGCAGCUCUGGUAAGCUUGUAUCUUGUGGGGAGGGAAAAUCCACGUCCUCCCUGAAGUAGCCUGCCCGGGGGAUGGCCCCCGACAUUUUGUAGGAGACUCAGAGUCCAGCUUUGUACAUUCAGGCAGGAUAGCGAGGUAACGGCUACUCCACUCACCACCCGAGUUGGCCUCAUCCGGGUAAAAGAAGUAUGCCCCUCCAAGGGACUUUAAAACAUUGUGCAAGCCUCGCCUCUGAGCCAGUACUCCCUUGUGUAUAGGACCACAGUUUCAAGUCACUGGGUGGGUACAAGAUUAGCUUUAGUAGGAUGAAAAGUCAAAAUAUUGCUGGAGCUGUUCUCUCAUGCGUCCAUUCAGCAUGGCGGUCAGGCCCCGCCCCCUAGAGAGGCACUUUUAUUAGAACUACAGUAUCUAGCAGCAACGUUUAGACCCUAAGGUCUUUUUCAAGCUCAAAAAAUGGACACUGUAGUUCUUAUAAAAGGGCCUAUUUAAGCUGGAGUGCCAGAUCUCUCAACGUCUCACAUCUUGGCUUGUGGUAGAAGUGAUUGAACCAGGCAGAGCAGUGUGUCCUGUAAAGCCAUAGGCAGAAACUGACUGCAGGCUGUACUGUCCUUGCAGGAGUGAAUAUUGUAAACACAGUCUCUUCUUUUAGUAGCGUACAAUAAUUGGAAGUCAUCAUUACAUGUUUGUUUAAAAAGGAUCUCUUUAUCUUCAUUGAGCUCAUUAAAACUUGUUAUAUACAGACCUAAAUAUAAAAAAAAAGUCAGAGGAUCUGUAUUUAUAGGUCUUGUUAAAGGGACAUAGUCACCAAAAAACUUGAGUUUAAUGUAGCAGUGUUGGUGUAUAGAUCAUGCCCAUGCCUUACUGCUCAAUUAGCUGCCUUUUAGAAGUUAAAUCACUUUUGUUUCUGUCUAUACAGCCCUAGCCACACCUUCUCUGGUUGUGGCUGACACAGCCUGCAUGAAAACAAAAUGGUUUUAUUGUCUAUCAGAAGUAACUUACUUUAAAAUGUCUUAUCUCCUGCUCUGUAAAUUGAACUUGACUCACACACAGGAGGCUUCUGCAGGGUCUAGGAGGCUAUUACCAGAGCAGGAGAUCAGAAAUUCUAAAUUAAACCGUAUUUUUAAUAUUAGAUUACUCUUUACAGGAAGUGUUUAGAAACACUGUGUAUGUCACAUGCAGGCAGGUGUGGCUAAGGUUGCAUAAACAAAGUGAUUUGACUCCUAAAUGGUAGAAAAUUGAUCAGUGAGAUUGCAGGGGCAUGAUCUGUACACCAAAACUGCUUCAUAAAGCUAACGUUGUUUUGGUGACUAUUUUAUCCUUUUAAUUUUUGUUAAACUUUUUUUUUUUUUAUCUGUGUCUACUUUUUUCAUUGAGCAAUGCCUUGGAAUAUGUUAAACUUAGUAAUUAAUUACAUAUUUAUGCAAGAUAACUACUAUUUCACUCAGUUAUAUCAUAUACAGCUGUAAUGUAAAAAAAAAAACCCCCUGUAUUUUAUUAUAAUAUUUAUGCUGUCGCUUAUUAUCUCCAGAAUUGUUAAUGAGCAAAAACACAUUAAAUAGACUCGCGUCUUUAAUGAUCCUGUCUGUUCGGUUAUUUUAAUGUAGACAUCGUAUUGCACUUUGCUACAGAAUGUCAGCUCUUUAGAGAUAAAAGUAGAAACAUAAAAUAUUUCCUUUAUUUGUUUGCGGCCUUCUGGAUGAACUGGUUAUGGGCAUUUUAGUGAUCCGAAUGGACUGUCCUGCCGGCACCCAUAUCGUUUUGCCAUUCCCACUUCUCAACAAGAUUCUGUAGCAGUGAUGGUAAAUCUGUCCACGAUAUAUAUAUAUAUAUACACACACAUAAUUAUUUUUUUUUAUCUUUAGAUUUACAAAGGGCCGUGGGGGAAGCAUUGGGAUUGCCAACACUAUGCUGUAGCUUACUUCCCAAUAGCCCAUUCUCCUCUCCAUCCAUAAUAAUGAGCGGGGAGCUGCCGUUAUAGCGCUGUGGAAUAGGUUGUACCUACAUAAACACACCUCCUCUGAUGGAGCCCCUAGGUAAGAGCUGCUUGAACAGCGGGCUAACUGUAAGACAUAGGGCUUGUUAUAUGGUGGGCGGAAUACUGCUUCCUAUGCCGAAUAUAAUGAAUGCAGUGGCAUGCUCGUCUAGGAUACGCAUACAUUCUAUGAGUGGUUCAGUAAAAACCACAUGCCAUCCUCGGGGGUUAAUAGACUGUAGGGAAAGGUGUAGGGGAGCUGCCUAGAUGGGUUUGAGAAGAUAGAUGUAAGCACAAGGUGGUGGGAGGGGGAUGGUGGAGGGUAUUGCUAUCAGUCCCUCUGUUCCAUCCUCCCAUGAUCUCCAGGCCGGUGGGAAAGUCCGAAUGUGUUACUAUUUUCUAUCUGUUAUCGUUCUUUCUUAUCGCCCUGCUCUUGUCUGCAUGCCUGGGCUCUGAUACUCCAGGGUCUUUCUCUUGGCAGCAUGGAAUUCUUUCUCUUUUUUUUUUUCUUUUUUUUUUUAAACACCAACUUUUUUUUCUUCAAUUUUCUGAGUAAAUGAGAAGCAUUUUCAGAAACGGUUUAUUAUUUCAGUGUUGAAAGAAGUUAAUGUGACUUUUAAUUUGGGUGAAGCUCUGAGACAAUCGCGGCUUGGAAUCCUUUUGUCCUUUGAACCGUGGCUGCCCCUUUUACCAGUAUCUCUUCUUUCCCCUUCCCAAAACUAACUCUGUGCAGACUGGGAGAGAGUCAGGCCCCCUGCUACAGGAGCCAUCAAACCUGCCAUUCUAAUAAGCCAAGCUCUGCCUCUGUGUUGUAGCUGUAAUUGGCUAGAAGUUAAAAGGCCCAGACGCCACCAUAUUGAUACCUGUUUAUCUUUUAUGCGUUUUGUUCCUCCCUUAUUGUGUUCUGUAUCACCAGCUAUUGAGUUUCGUUAGCCUUCUUUAAAGGCCUGUCGAAGUACAUUAAGGAAGCAACAUAUUUGAUAUAGCUCAGUAUCUAGUCACAUGUUUUAAUCUCGGCACAACUCAGCCUCUUGUUCUUGAGAUGUUUAAAGGGACACUGUAGUCAUCAGAACCACAUCAGCUUAAUGUAAUUGGCCUGGUAUCUAUAGACUGUCCCUGCAGAGAAAAGGCAGUGUUUACAUUGUGUCCACUUACGUCCACAUUAUCCAAGUGGCAUUGGAGGAGCCAGCCUUUGAGUUACUCAGAGAGAUGUUUUGCAUUACCCAAUGACGCGGUGCCCUGAUCAUUACAAUGAGCUGCAAUGGUUAUGGUGCUUCAAUUGUUCCUUUGAUUGAAACACCACUGGUUGAUUUUAUAAUGUGUAACAUUUCUAGAACCUAUUUCAGUUCCACAUACUUAAGGAUUACCAUCACCUGUCUAGUAAUGCUUGGUCCUGGGAUGCUGUGAGAGUUAAUGAAUGUCUUUUAGAUCUUUUAAGGAGCCCGAAAGACUGAUUCAGUUCAAAUACCUUGCAGCACUUAGAUACAAAUGCUUGUUUAGGUAUCCGUUAACAAAUUAUUAUUGUUGUUCAUUUUAUUUUUAUUAUUAUAUAAUUAUUAUUAAUUUUAUUCAUGCUUCCACAGGUCACAUAUGUAUUGAUUAAUUUCUGUUCCAGUGGGGAUUCUGAUAAAGCCAAGCCUGGAGAUGAUCCUGGCGUUAGUAAAUAUCCCCUUUAGAACAGAACUGGACUGUCGGCUAUUGUACUGGUUUGAGAUCCACUUCUGCAGAACGUAUGUUAUUCCUUUAAAUGUUUGGACAAAAGAGCUAUCUGCUGUUGAUGCUAAUAAAUCUGUUCAGAGCUUAAGUUCAAAGUUAUCUGAUUUGUACAGUACAAAAGUUAUGUCCUACAUAAUUAGCAGUCUCACAGAGAUCUACAGAUUUACUUCCAGGGACCACACAAAGGCAUCAGACCAUUUACAGAUUAAAGCUCCUAUGCCAUUAAACUUUAUUUCUAAAGGGGUUUCGGGCUGGCCAUAUCUGGUCAGUAGUGACCCAGAUAUUUCCUACACAAUGUGUAUUUAACACAGCACUAACCGUCAGCAACCUCACUCCCAAAAAGAGCGAACCCAGACACUUAAUAUAAGUAAUUCGGCAGUGGUAGUAAACAUCUCUUUGAAGCUAAGUUGGACCUAGCCACCAGAGUCCAUUAAUAGACAUCGUAUACACUGAUAUACCUUGUCAUUGGAUAGUGGUGUAAUUGUUCUUAUUAGUUUACUUAAUAAUCUGUUCAUUCUAUUAUUAAAUUAUUAAGUAUAACAUUAGUUCCAAUUCUGUGCCAUUCUGCAAAACUAACCUUGUUGGACAACACACCUUUUGUCCAUCCUGUGAUGGCUAGAAAGGAAUGCUUGACCAGGCUAAAUGUGCACUUUGACUACUGUCCUGCCACAUGAAUUUGCACCUUUACUUGAAUAAGAAUUCUAUUAGAUAGGCAUCCCAGCAUUUCUACUUGCCUCGGUCAAGACGUUUCCCUGCAUCAAAGGCUCCUAUUCUUGUAUCACCAGUAUACCAUAAUUUGAAUCUCUGUGCAUACCAAGGAUGAGGAGCUGAUUUCUGUCUUAAAGAGCUUACAUUUCUAAGUGUGGAAACUAUAAUUCUUGAAUCCCUUUUCAAUGUAAAAAUAACUAAAAACUGAUGCAGUUCAAGGGGUUAAUUGUUUUUGGUUGCUUUAUAUUUUUUAUCCUUCCUCAUUAAUUUUUUUUGCUGCCGUCAAGAUCUGCAUACUAGGAGGGGGGUGUCUAUUAUAAUAUAAUAAUGAUUUGAGUAUAUCCAGUUUAAUGAUUUGAGCUGUGCUGCAAGGAGAUUUUAACACCCCCCCUCCUCACACACAUUACAGUGACCAGCCAAGUAAUUCAGAUUUUUUUUUUCCCAAGCUUGAAAAAAACAGAGCUGAUGAAAUUCCACUAUCAGCGACAAACCAAUAUGCAAAAUAUCUCCCUGCAAAUCAAAUCGCUAUUAUGUUUUCAUUUCCAUUUCAGCAUAUUUGCUUAAUGAAGAAAAGACAGAUCAGUCUGUCUGUGGAUGCCUGGGAGAGGUGAUAAGUGUGCUGUCUCCCUGCUAUCCCACAAAGUGACUCUCAGACAGCCCCCCCCCCCUCUUGCUAGACCCCCCACCCCCUUCCCCACACCUCCCGGCCUUGGCUUCUCAAUUCACCCCAAACAGCUGCAGCGGCGCUUGUUGUGAGCAUUGCAGCCGUCCGUGGGUGCGGAAUGUUUAGCACUAAUCAGCAUCCUGUAGUGUAAAUGAGUACUGUGUAUCAAUCAUAUUUGUUUUAUUUUUUCCUUAGACCUGUGAUUUGUCUUUUUUGUUGCCUGUAGGAUCCAAGGAUUGUUGCCAACAUCAUAUCUUGGUUUAGAACUGCUGCUUGUGCCAAUAAUGAACCAAAGACCCUCUUGUUUAGCGAAUAAAGAGGUCUUGUCCAUAAGAUAAUAUUUGUCCACUUUUAUCUCCAGUCUCUUCAUACACCCUUUAUGAAAACAUAGCUUUUACCUAAAUGUUUGGCAAAUAUUUGUAGGCUUUAGGAGCUGACUUCAUGGUCUGUAAGAGCCAUGGGUUGGCUCAAUCCAUUGAGUUCUGAAGGCUGUUACACCCCAGAUAUUUCUAGACAAUUCUGAAUGCCAAGCCUGUAGUAUAGUUUGCACAAUGCAGUCUGCAGAUCCGUCAUAGAAAGACAAGAAUAAAGGGUAGACUCCCGAAACCUGUCCUUUUUGUACACAUUACUCAUUGGUCUGUUUGCACGUGCUUGGAGCCUGAAUUUGUGGAAAUCUGGCUUAAUCCAGCCAUCUACUUACUUACCACAUCCAAAGCGCAACAAAACUGUUCACACUGGGGAUUUUUGAACAGAUAUCGACUGAAUCUGGAUGAUAAAUAUUUUAAAGAUUGGUUUUAUUGGAACCUACUGUUACCUAGUAUAGAGCCCUUUGUACCUUUGCAUACACACACAGUAGUAAAUAUGAUCAUUCUAAUAAUGACAUUGUGUCUACCCAUAUUAUAGCCCAGAUUGCCCAGUAGUCACUGUAAGUUUGAUCACAGUACUAUAAAGGCCCAGUAGCUUGAGACCUUAACGACAACAACCCACAAAGCUGUGGCCGGGAGAUGGGAUAAAAUUUGGGUCACAUAUCACCAUUUUUCUUUUAUUCAUCUUUUUUCUUUUUCUUUUUUUUUUUUUUGCCUCUGCCAGAAGACUAAAUUCAUUGCAUUGAUCCGGGGCCCAAACGCUAGCCGUUUGAUCUCAGAUUGUUAUCAAGACUGAAUUUAAAGUUCUCUCAAAAGAUCCUUUGUUCCCAAGUCGGGGCUCCUACAUUAACCUCUUAGGGCGGUUUUUUUCAUGCUGUUUGCUGGUCAGGAAUUUGAAAUGGGUGAGAAAAUAUUGCCUCAUAAAUUUCUACUUAACCCCCUACAACACCAGGUUUCAACCACAAGCUAUGAAGAGUCUAAUGUCCUAAUUACAGCAUUCAUACUUUAAUUUUGAUACAUAGAUCUAGUUAUUUAAACUCAUAUACAGCUAUAGGACAAACCAGAGCAACAAGAUACAUUACUGUGAUCAAGACCUCUGCAUUAUGAUGUUGUGAAUAUGAGAAUUUGUGAGUCUGCAAAAAAAAGUCCAUAGAUUACCAGGAGCCUGGGCUGAGUAAGGGAUUGAGACAUGAUUCUUACAGAAAACCUGACAUCUUUUCCGGGAGUCAUGGCAAUGUCUUGAUAUGGGACUGACCAAAACCAUCUCUUACUAAAGCAGUGUCCCACUGGAGAAAAGCUAGAAAAUUAUUUAGGUCACGGUGUGUGCAUCCGCUUUAAGUACUCCACAAUUACAUAGAGUGUGCAGAUGACAAGCACAGUUUCAGGGUACCAUGGAGAGACCGAUGAUGUAUAUCUGUUCAACCUCCAGGCAUCUUCAGCCAAAGCCAGUCCUCUGGGAAUCCACACAACGAACAUAUACUUUCUAUAUAUAUAUAAAUACACACUCGCUCUUUUUUUAUUCUAAUGCACUGUUUUAGUUUCCGCUAUCAGCCAGUUGUCAGUUAAAAGUGCCAUGACUUCUUUAAGUUGAUAAUGUGCAUUAGGUGCCUUGCGAUUUGCAUAUGGAGACUCCUGGUUUAUGCCGAGAUCUUCACUUCGCUGCCUGUAUAGGUCAGGAUUGAGAAAAGUGCUAUCUAAAUGAUGGUCCUGACUCCUUGCUUGUGCCCACACUAAAUGUGACAGCAUCUUCCCUUAAGGGUGCAAACUGAAGUUGGAAGUGUACAGACGGCCCAAUUAACUGGAUGUCCCAGGGUAAAAAUAGAGGAUUUCUUAAAUUAAGCCCAUGGUAAUUUUGUCAAAGAGGAUACAAAGCCUCCAGGCAGAUGAUUAUUUCCUUGUCUGUCUAUACAAAUCACUACAAUUUUAGUGGCACAGUUUAUAAAUUAUUAAAAGUAUAUAAUUUUUACAAUAUGAAGUUUUUAGAUUUGUACACGUUCCCACGAAUGUUUCCUCUGCACUGUAAUGAGGGACUCUCCUGUUCCGUUGUGGCAGUGGCCAUUGACAGAGGUUGCCCCGAGGUGACCUUGGGUCAUGGAGGCGCGUGGCUUGAACACAUGGAAAGAACAAUGAAUCCAUUGGGGGACUGUCAUCUAAGUAUCUGCUUCUAGGCUCUCCUUAGAUCAAGCUAGUGGAUCACGUGAUCAGGAAGCCAAGGGUUAAUAUUAUCAGACACCCAGGAGCCGUGCAGCCGUGAACGAAAAAAUUAGCUUAACGACAUUGCAUUUACAAGAGGAGAAAAGUGAUUUGUUAGCUGGUGAUUGUUUCUGAACAUUAUCAGCGCGGACUUUAAUUGUGCUGGAACUGAAAUUAGCAGCAUUAGAAAAAUUGCCUGCGCCGGGUCUGGCAGUGCCUUUCUCCACGCUUAUUGUUGUGUGCUAUGUAUAGAUUAAGCUGCCUUUGUUCUAUCUGAGUAAAUAUACAUGCCUGCAGUCACAGAACCUCUGCGGUCUACCAGCCUGCCACAGUGAUUGUUUCUCCCCCAACUAGUUCCAAACACUUUCCUGCAAAACUUUAUUCUUCUCGUGUGGUGACGCGGUAGGUCAUCAGGACUCUUUCCGGUAGAAAAGCUGUGCUAUGUGUAUUUUCCUGGGUCCUGUUCAAUUAUUUAAAAUUUUCCUUAAAGCCACGGAAAGGGGGUUAAACUUGGCUUGUACAGAUGGACUCUGAUUCAAAUAGCAAAUACGGACAUUACCAAAAUGUAGUCAGCCAUCGUCAUUGAUGAGUAAUUAUUAAAUAUUAAUGCACAAGCACGGCCCCAAAUGUCUUCAUUACUAGUGUGUAACUGUUUCACACAGAAAAUAUCCCUCCAACUGUUUGUGCACUACAUCUCCCAUGAUGUUUUGCUAGCCCAUAGUGCUAGAUGUUGGUGAUCUUGUAGUUAAUCUGCAAGUAGUGUAGAUAUUGGUCGACGAAGGUCUGUUUUUUAUUAGCUCAGAAUUCUAUAUUCUCUCCUUAAUCCCUAUGUAUAAUUAGACAAAUGGAGGUCAUUUAGUUGCUCCAAUGGCCAUUGGAGCAACUAAAUGACUUCCAUUUGUCUAAAUAUACAUAGGGAUUAAGGAGAAAGCGCAGGUAACCUUUUCUUUUCUUUGGUUUUUACUAUAUAUUGGGGCUGAUGUGUACUGUAGUCAUUGCUGCCAACCCAGUAGUGAUGGGAGUGAGCGCAGAACUUCUCUUUUUUUGUAUUUACUUUUUAUCACACAGCCUUGUUACAAUGCUGCCACCCAUCCCAUGUGUUCCCUAUUAAGAUUUUGAUUGGUUCAUUCACUUUAACACCAAAAUAGAUUGAAUUGAGAAUCAAAUUCAGGUCAAAAUAGUUUGUUUUGUAAAAGUUAUUCAACCUUACCAUACUAACAACGUCAUUAUUUUAGACAUUUUUCUUUUCCAUUUUGAUUUCAAUUUACUACAGUUUGGUAUGGGGGUGUUUUUUUGUGUGUGUUGUCAAACCACUUCUAAAAUGCCAGUUUUAAAUAAUAAAAUAAAAAUUUUGACGUAAAACAGUUGGUCAGUGCCCAGAGACUUAAGUUCAUAUCUCAGGGGGUGGUCCUUUAAGGAGCCUCCAUACUGCACUGCUUCCCUGCACCAGUGGUCUUUUUCUUCAUGUCAAAAGCAGAAAUGUGCUCAAUGGUGAAUUAAAUAAAAUAUAUUGCUAUAAAUCCUGGCCUCUUUACAUGGUGCUGGGAGCUGUGGUUUUGUUUGGAGCAAGUGUUCAGUAAUCACAUUGUAAAGCUCUGUGCUGUAUCUCACACGGGGAAUGGCCUGUCUAGUGAUGGACUAUUUAUGGCCCCUUUAUAAUGUAACCCAGACUGGGAGUUAAGGACCUUUUUGGAUUAAUGUGUCUAUCAUUGUGGUUUUCAGGUUCCCUUGGUGACGUGGAGGACCCAGACGACAAGUUAGUAGAGAUGACCAACCAUUCAGAAAAUGAUGGGGUUGAUUCUGAUCAGGAAGACUCUGCCGAUUGUGUCUCAUCUAGCCCAUCCUACAGCGAAGGCCAUGAGGGUAAGCCUGUAGCCGUUCUUGAUGCCUGUGUUUAAGGAGCAUUAUGAGAUAGAUCUCCCACUAAUGUUAAUUUAUCAUACUCCCCUGAAUGUCCCUCUUUUCUAACAUAUCCCUGUGCUCUGAUUCUUCUGAACCAGGAACUGGCAGACAUAUUAGCCAGUCCUAACCCUCCCAUAGAUUUGUAUGUCAGAUGUAUAUGUUUGGAAAAUUUACAAAACUAACACGGGAGCAUCCAGAGCUCAAUCUUGAAAAGGUUCGUAAUACUCAAAUACAUUACAUGUUACUGCAGAGCUCUAGACUACUCUAAUAUGUACUGCACAUAACUGCAGAGCUCUGUAGUACACUCGUCUGUACUGCACGUUACUGUGGAGCUCUGUAGUACAUUCGUCUGUACUGCACGUUACUGUGGAGCUCUGCUACACUCGUUUGUACUGCAUGUUACUGUGGAGGAUUGUAGUACACUAGUCUGUACUGCAAGUUACUGUGGAGCUCUGUAGUGCACUCGUCUGUACUGCACAUUACUGCGGAGCUCUGUUGUACACUCAUAUGUACUGCACGUUACUGUGGAGCUCUGUAGUACACUCGUCUGUAUUGCAUGUUACUGUGGAGCUCUGCUACACUCGUCUGUACUGCACGUUACUGUGGAGCUCUGUUGUACAUUCGUCUGUACUGCAUGUUACUGUGGAGCUUUGUAGUACACUAGUAUGUACUGCAUGUUACUGUGGAGCUCUGUAGUAAACUCGUAUGUACUGCACCUUACGGCGGAGCUCUGUAGUACACUCGUAUGUACUGCACAUUACUGCGGAGCUCUGUAGUACACUCGUAUGUACUGCACCUUACGGCGGAGCUCUGUAGUACACUCGUAUGUACUGUACGUUACUUUGCUGACAUACCCAAAUUACCCAUUUAUUUUGUGGUCUUCAUUUAUACCUCUAUGUCAACUAUCCCACCCCAUUUCAAUUCCCACAACCCUUGCUGACUAUCCCUAAUAUGCUCAUUGUCACAUUAAUCUGCCAGUUAACCCUUAAAUCCCCACAUUACUUCUUCACAUCCUUACCUAAUAACAAUCUCAUCUGCAUACAAAGCCACAAUUGACAUCCCUGUCAAUGCCCCCCCAUCAUUGCUACACACAUACUGACACUGAAUCUGUAAAUAUAUGUCCGAGUGCACUCACACUCAGACACUGCACUCAGACUUCAUUUACAGAUUCACUCACACAGACACUGCACUCAGAGAUGUACGUUUACAGAUUCACUCACACAGACACUGCACUCAGAAACUAAAUUUGCAGAUUCACUCGCACACACUGCACUCAGAUAUACAUUUACAGAUCCACUCACAGACACUGCACUCAGACUUCAUUUACAGAUUCACUCAGAUGUACAUUUACAGAUUCACUCACACAGACACUGCACUCAGAGACUACGUUUACAGAUUCACUCACACAGACACUGCACUCAGAGACAUACAUUUAUUACCUGGGUAGACUGGGCCAGAAAAAUACAAUGGAAACUGCAAGUGUCUUGUUUUGUUGUUUUUUUUUUUGUGUGUUUUUUUUUGUCUGAAAAUUAGGCAAUUCUACCUAAAAAUGGUGUGACACUCUAGCAGUGUGCCAUGCUGCCUUAACUGACCCAUGUGUUCAAUGGCACUCCCUUCACAGCUACCAUCAUGAGGCAUGCCAUCAUUUCACUACCAAAUGUAUAGCAUUUUCUUCUGAUUAUAUAAAUGGGAUCUUGGUGUCCACAUCUCUAAACAGUUCUAGCUUGUAAAAGGUAAAAGUUGUAAAAGUUUUGUUGCUGCAUGUUGCUUGAAUCUCUUUAUGAGGCUAGCAAUGUAUUGCUGGCAGCAAAUCACUUAAAUUGACAAAAGUCAUUAAUUUUUUAGCCACAAAUCAUGCGUGGUUGAUAUGUCCUAAUAUAACUGUGUACUUUGCUCUGAACGCUCUCUUAAUGGGAUGAAUUCCUGAUUUUUGUAGCUGUGUUAACAGGCUAUCCAUCUCUCCUACUGUAUGUUACAGCUGAUCUGAAUCCUAUAACUAACUCCAACUGGGAAACAUUCUGAUAGUCACACUUAUGUUUGUUUUCUGUUCUGAUUAUUUGAAGGAGAGAGAAGCAGUCCAGUGACUCAACCAUUAGAGGAAGAAUCGCUAGACGCAGGUUCAAGGCCAGCUGAACUCUUGCAAGCUCCGUCAUCACCCUGUGUUUCAGGUACCAGGAUUAGAUUGCAUGCUCUUUGGGGGAGAAUUGAACUGAUUGCCGUUAUUGCUAAGCAGUUGAACAAUGUUUUUUGUUGCUGAAAUAAGUAUUGAUAAAAAAACUGUCUUUAGAAUAAACCUGUCACCAAAAGAUCUACGUAGGUUUAAGACGGAUUACUUUUCCAUAGGAGGCCCCUGACCUUAUUCACUGAUUACCUGCGGGCUCUCCAUCUGGCCCAUCCCAUGCCAAUUUCUCUUUGCUCCCAUUGCUGACGGAGAGAUUAUGGGAGGGGAGAGCUGAUCGCCUGAUCUAAACGAUAAGGAAACUGCCCUUGAGUUCUCCAAACCCUUUGUCCGAGUUCUAAUAACGAGGCAAUGACUUGGCAGGUGUCUGAUUAAUGAGCUGAAAUAGGGCGGCUCAAAACUCUAACCUAUUUGCCAACAUGUCCUUUAAAUCGGUCUUCAACUCCCAUUCCCUAUAUUUCAUUUUUAUAAACUAAUAAACAACUGUAACAUGUAAUGUUACUUCAAACUCAAUCAUUUGUUUUCUAUGAGUACAGUUUUAUAUGGAAGUCUUAAAUCUUAUUAUGUUCAAUUACUAUAUGAGUGCCACAGCAAUCCCACCCAAUUUCUAAUAAGAUAUAUUGAAAGAGGGCUUACAUGGCUGCUAAAUGAUGAGUUCUACUUAGAGUAGCAGUUGUUUCUGAAAUUAAAGCACAGUUUUAGACUAUAUUGUUUUACAAUGUUAAAUGUUCAACAGGUUAAUUAAUUGGCCUCCCCAGCAGCCAAAGGGUUAACAGAGGGAGGGUGAUUUCAUUCUUUUGGGGUGGGGAGAGCGAAUUAUUAAAAAUAAUUGCUAAUUUAGCAACUAUAGCUUGCUAGCGGAACGUGCCUCCUUCCUUGAAAAUCUUUAUAAAAAUGUAGAUGUGAAUGGUUACAGAUUUAAAUAGAAUCACUAGUAGAUUGACGUACAAAGACACAAUGUUACCUUGUUCGAGUACCUAUAUAAUACUUAUUUUUGCACUUGUGGGGGUUUAACUCUCUGAAUACCAGAAAUGACUGGCCUCCUAGUUUAUGUUGGCCACAAAACAAAGCAUUUGCGGUGAGGAGUUAAACUCUCAUCGAUCCGAUGUUAAUCGCUCUCUGCUGGCUGCUAUUAAUAAUUCUGACGUAGACCUUUAUGGGUUCUAUCGAUCGGGGCUGUUUUGGUUAUCGUUGCAGGAUGGUAUGCAAACAUGCCCUUUGUGCACUAAUCAGCAGCUCUGUCAUAUGCAGAUAACUUAAUCGCUCCAUCUUUAACCGCAGUUAAUGGGGAAAAUUAUUAUCAGCCAGUUGCUAGGAAUAGGCAGAGUAGACAACUGUGUCCUGACACCUUGUUAACCUCUGUGCUGCUGUCGGAAGGGCCUGGUCCCACACACAGGGCCCACUUGAUUCAUAGCCCGUGACGUGGAUCAUUUGAUUUACCGUAUCUCAGUCUGUAUAUGUCUGCUCAUACGGAGAGUGUCAGGGACGGCAUGUAACAAAGGGAUUCGAAAAGCCCCGCAGUCUGGGUGAUCACACUGGCAAACACAGCACCAUCAAGCAUAAUGUUACUUUGUUUAAAGGACGGGCUUCAGGCAGGGGACUUGCAAAAAGGGUGCAAAUGCAUUGACUUGAUUUAAUAAAUGUCUAACUCUAUCACUUUAAAACCUUUGAUAGAGCAGAUUGAUGUGGCUGCAGGAUGGAGUCGCUGUUUAAUAAAGCUUAGUAUUUCUUGUCGGUGGCUGUAUGGUGCACAUUGAUCUCCCUUGGCACAGGCAAAUUACUCUUUUCCAUUCAGUGGUUACUGGUUACAUUUUUUUUUAAACAUUUCUGUUGGCUGGCAAAGAACUGUGGGAGCUGAAUUUCCAUCUGGAAGGCCAAGUUGGACAGUCCAGCCUUAUGUGCAAAUGCUUUAUAUUCUGCUGUGGACCAGUGCAAUAUAGCUUCGUAGAUGCCUUGAAUUAGCAAAUAAUGAUCAGACGCAAGCUAUUGGGAAGCACCUACUCCCAUGAUCCUUUGCCUGCUACCUUUUUAGCAGGUCUUGUCUUCACAGUUUGAUAUUAACAGGAUAGUUCUAUUCCUAAGAUAUUCCAGUUUCUGCAAAACACAGGGCUUCACUCAUUAAACAUUGAUCUGAUAAGACCUUUUCAUCAAAUUGAGGCCAAAGCAGGCAAGUGGAAGAAUUAUUCCAGCAUCAUUGCAUUUUGUAUGGCUUGUUUCUUGGAAUCCCUACCAUUUUAUAAUGACAUAAAAUAGAGUAAUGUUAAAGCAAGCCCUGCUAUAUGCAUUUGUUAGGUUCUGUAAUGAAUACACACACUGUUUUAGGUCUCUGUAUACAGACCAAUUUUCAAUGGUCCUGCAGUGUGUCGACCUAUCACAUAAAAUUGGAUGAGAUAUUGCCUUAGAUGAGAAUUGUGCUGCACAAUAAUCUUGUAUUUUUUGUAUUAUCUGGUUUUGUAUGACAGAUGAAGCAAUUCUAUUAAUAAGCAUUGUGUAUAAAACCUGUCCAUUUAUCUCUCUCUCCAUGUUCAGAGGUUGAAUCUCAAGAAGCCAGAGAGGAUAUUAAGAUGGCUGGGAGUCCGUUCAGUAGCCAGGACCCCGAGGAGACACAGAGUUGGAAUGGGCCAGGUACGUUCACUUUAUUUACCUUGAAUGCGUUGGAAAGUCUGGCUGUGCACCUUCAAACACUAUGGGAGCUACAGCAUGCUUCUCUCUGACAAUAUGGAACUGCCCAAAAGAAACUUACACAGGUUUUCUAUUUCCUGCAGACUUACUGGGUUAAACAUGUGACAGAGAAUUUAUAAUAAAUAAUAUACAUCUUGUGGGGUUAUGUUGUAUGAACCACGCUUGGUCCUCUCCCCAUGAAGAAGCUGAAUUCUGGGAAAUCUUGAUAAAGUGGGUCCUGUAAUGUAAAAUGAUUCCACACCUCUAAAGUGCAGGUUUUAAAAAAAAAUUGGAACUUUUAUAAAUUUAAAGGUUGACCCUGUUACACCCGCCCACUGGCUGCCAAUCAGACAACCUGUUACAUCCUUAUCUCAGUGGAGCUAAAUGCAAGAGCUGUAUUGCGAAGUCUGUGAUUGGACAAGCACAGGAAGUCUGGGGGCGGUUUUAGAGAGGAGGGGUUCUGCAAAAACGAUCUGCAGCUUUUGCCAGCUGUGUGUGUAUAUAUAUAUAUAUAUAUAUAUAUAUAUAUUUUUUUUUUGCAAGCCCCCCCCCUUUCUAACCCUGCCCCCAGACUAUGUGUAGCUGUCCAAUCUCAGACUUCCCAAUAAAUAUAUAUAAAUAUAGAUAUCUCCAAAUAAAAUGCAUAAUUAAAUACAUGCAUGAUUUAAUUAGGGAUUUAUUCAUAUAUUAGUUUUGGGGCACUGGAGAGUCCCUUUAGGUAAGAUGUUUACUGAACAAAGCAAUUAGAAAACUGCUUAUAUGUAUUGUGCCUACAGAACAUGUAAUAAAAAAUGGUGGUAGCAGGUAAUAUAUUUGGUUAUAUCUGGGUCAUGUGCUGCAAAACAACUGUUUGUGCAGAGUUAGCUAAACCUUUGCCUUUAAUAGGUUCAUGACAUCCGUUUCCCAGAUUGCUCAGCUACCUGUCACUGCAUUAUAUCAUGCUUGGUUCCCUUCCACAGGCUAUGCAAGUUGUAUUUAUUAUUUAAAUAUUAGCCCACUGCUUGUUGAAGAUGUGUUUUACUUCUAUAGACCCUUAUUCAUGCUGUCUGCUUCAAUGCUAGGAUGACACUCACUACCCAUACCCCCCACACUCUGGAAUAUAAAUGGUUAAUCAUUCAAGUAGCAAUCCAUGUUGUUUCUGGUUUAAAUGGCACCUAGAGAGUUAACCUAGAUUGUAACAUCAAGAAACAUAUUUUACUGGCGAUUGAAUUGAGUAGUAGGGUUUGGGGGGGGGUUUUCUAUUUUUUUUAGACUGACCAUACAUAUUUCCUAAUGCCUCAAAAUAAACGUUUAUUCUAACACAGGCCUCCGUAUGUAAUUGUGUGUAUGGGUCUGUAUUUUCUUUAUAAAAAAAAAAAAACAACACACAACAAAAAAAGUUGUGUAUUAAAAUCGUGCUCCCUGAUGCUAGGAAAUGACCCCGUAGUGAUUUUUGUCUGCUGGCAGUGAAUGUAGAGGGGAUAGCGUUACUAAAUCGCACUGGAAUGUUCGGGAAUUCAGCAAGAUAACAUAAACAGGAAGUAAACUGUCAGAUAGGAAAUAGGUGGCACGUAUUCAACCAGAUGAAUUGCUGCACUGAUUGUAGGUGCACACCGAUCUUAACGAUGCUAUGUUUUAAUUACUCGGAAGGAAAGUAGUUAAAAUGAUAUAAAGAAGUCCAAAAAUGAAUGUUAAGAGUGGCACAUAAAUCCAUAGAAAGCUUCUGUGUGAUGCAAAGGUAAUCCAGAGGAUUCAAAAUGGGGACAAUAGCAGCAGUUACUUUGUAAAGUUGGGUCAAUGUUUCUGUGCUGAAGUCCCUUCUACUUUAGUUCUUCACAAACUAUGUAAAUGAUAGUCACCGUUACAGGCAUCAGGAUAGGGGAUAUAGUACCCUGAUAUGGAAACUGUGAUAACGCCAAUGCUGUUUUUGGUUUUAUUAGUAAUUAUAUUGCCCAUUUACUGCAAGUACGUGGCAGGAGCAGUAAUCUGUGUGCCACACUUUUAUGUCUACAACUUUCAUUCUCCUUAUACAGAGUGUUCUUCUCUGUAGUAAACAUCAACAUUGAAACUGAGCGUCAUGCUAAUACUACCAGCCUCUUAUUUUAUUAUUUACAGAAAAAGUGGAUUUUUGCAAUCAGGAGCUCAAACUCCUUGCCAUUCUUGCAUAAUUCUAGCAAAUGCAGGCGGUAUUUCAAUGAAGAAGUUAUAUUUUUAGCAAGAAAAGUUAUUAAAAAUAAGAAAGUUGCACGUUGACCCUUAAAGGGGCUUUAUUUAGUCUAUGAUACAAUUUGACAAUCAGUUUGUUUAGUUUGGGGAAUGCAGCCGCUAGCGCAGUUACUUGAAGUGGCAAUGUUUUAUGGGAUACAGUAAUACCAAUGGACCUGCAUAUGAUACAAUUUCUCUUGGAUAAUAAUGCCAGUUCACAGCUGACCACUAUUGGGCAAUGGUUACAGGCAGGGACCAAAACACCAAUAAACAUUACAAUAUAUGUGUAACGUUUUCUUGAUUUGUCCAUGCUGAUGAGAGGUAGGCCACAGUGGUUGGGGUGACGGUGACAGAGGUUACCUAUCCUAAUUUGCUUUUUAAUAUCUGUUUUGUCAUGGUUUUUUUUUUGUUUUGUUUUUUAUUUAUUUUCAUUUUAAUAGAAGGAUGUGCUUUUUUGUAUAUUGGGAUGUGACCCUUGCCUUAAUAGAUCUCAUCUUUGCGCCCCCGUGAACUCUGCUGAUGAAACCGACACUGCCUCAAUGAGAUUAUCUAAUCUCUGCUGAUGGGAUGUGCAGCUUGACUGCUUUCCCUCUCCAUAUAAAGGGUUAACUCAAGGGGUGUGUUAUUGUAGCAGAAAGAACCUUCAUUCCAGCUAACCAAUGCCCUGUAUAUGGAUUGGUAUAGGAUUCUGAACAUGUGCUUUGCUGGCAGAAUCAGUACACGUGUGGAUGCAUAUAUUCCACUCUUUUAACUCUUAUUCUGACUGGCAGCUCUGUCAGCUACAUGACAUAAACACAGGGGUCCUUUCUGCUUCUCUGUCACCCAAUCUUUGGAUCACGCUACUCCUACCCUUAAUCCUGUUUACUAACAGCUGGACUCAGCAUUGCAAUUGGCAAUUGACAAUUAGAAAUGUACUCCCGUGUAGUGUGUUGUAGACCUUCAGGACCUCCACUGGCAUGUAACUAUUAUUUGUACCUGAUUAGCAGUGAACCCUGCUAACAGCAUGAAUUCAGUUAGCCUUUAGAAGACAAGCUUCAAACAAGUUUGUCCCGCACAGGCACCCUGACAGUUAAUGCUGCUUUUAUCUACAUUCAGGGCUUAGUGUGAUUCGUUUUAUUUUACAUUGAUUUAUAGCUGUAAAAUGUGCCAUGUCCUCCCUCUCCCAAUACCUGUAACAAUGUAACCGGUUGCUUAGUUUGUAGGUACCUGUUUGAAAACCAGGAAUGCUUAGGCCUUAGGGCAAUUUUUCCACACAUCGGCCAAUUAUGUGUAAGACUUUUUUUCAAGGGCACACCAUAAAGUGCAGCGUGUAGAGAUAAAUAGGGGAGGUCUAUGGUUUAGAUAUACAUUCACAUACCAGUGGAUCGUAUUAUGCUUUCAGACAAAGUGGUAAAUAAAUCUGUGGCCGAUAGGAAUGGAAUAUUUGAAUGAUUUCUUCAUGAAUGAUUAAAUUAAAACCUCAGCAAUAAGCAGGAUGAAGGGCUAUGUUGUCUUGUGUUUGAGAACAGAAAUUUGUUUUGGGUACGAAAACUGUUAUUGGUUAAUUAGCCCUUUCAGUUUUGCCUUCCUACCUUUACUAUCAAGGGUGCUGACUGGCAUGGUAUUCUGGGAAAUGUGGUACUUCAAAGGAUGGAGGACAGAUGCUGGACGCCAACCAUUUGCAUGAUUUUAAAUAGCAACGGUCACUUUCCUGAUUCUGGCACAAUCGAAAUUUAGGUAUUGCUAGUGCAAAAAAAUAAAAUGAAUAAAUUCUUUCUUUGAAUGAAUGUGAAUUGCCAGCAGGAAGUAACGUUCGCAAUACCGCGCACAGGAUACACGUACAGCCCUGCUGGAAAAUGCCGAUUGUUUUGCAGAUUCCGUACUCUGUGUGCAGAUAAUGGAUUAACAUUGGGGAAAUAAAGUGCUAAACUUUAAGUACUUUCUAUCAGCAUUUCCCGGGCUUUGUCCCUCUCUUUUCAUGUUCAUUGUUUGCUGGGGAUCUAUUACAAAUAACCAUGGAUUUGCUCUGGCAUAACCCCCAGCGUCUUAAAACGUGGCAUCGGAUAGUGGGUUUGUGUGUCUAUAUCUGCAAACUUAUAGAGCAGGGCUACAAAUUUGUUUGGAAUCUAGGAGCCAGAUUUAAAAAAAAAUAAAAAAAAAAUCCAUUUUUUUUUUUUUAAAGGGACACUAUAGUCACCAGAACCACUACAGCUUAAUGUAUUGGUUUUAGUGCCUAUAGCCUGUCCCUGUAGCAUUUUCAGAGAAAAGGCAGUGUUUACAUUGCUGUCUACUAAGACUUCUAGUGGCUGUCACUCGAUUGGCCACUAGAGAGUCCUGUGUCAGUGCUCUGCAUGGAGUCGCUGAAUGUUACCCAUAGAGAACAUGCGCAAUAUCCUUCCAAUGCAUUCCUAUGGGAAAGCAUUGGCUUAGCUGAGAUCAUAAAGAUUAAUGAACUCUGCAACAGAGGUGGGACAAGCCAUGGCAAAACAUGCACGGUGUGGGGAAAAAGGGUGAGUAAAAACACCAAUGAUGUGAUCGGAGGGGGGCAGGUACCUAAACACACACACACUGACAGAGGCAUAUAUAUAUACAUACACUUUCGCGAACACUCACAAAUUUAAAUUUUUUAUUUUAAUCUACCCAGCCUCCCUACAUUUGGGAGAGCUGAGUGGACUUUCCCUGGAGUCCAGUGGAGCUGCUCUCUCUUCCUGUGUGAGAGGGAGCAGUGAUCUACUAUGCAGCUACUUUCUGCUCCCUGUGAUGCCGGGGCCGGAAUGACAUCAUAUUCCAGCUCCUGGCAUCAUUAAAGUGGGCAAGGGAGCAGAGAGGAGCCGCUGGAAGAUAACUGCUCCCUCACACGCUGCCCCAGCCGACCGCCUUGAUGCUCCACUGUGCCAGCCACCUCCAUAAAGCCCAGGAUGGCCGGCUACAAGGCUCACUCAGCCGGCCGCUUACAUGCUUCCGCGGGUGGACGGCCGGCUCCAUUAUAUGCCCAGCUGGCCAUUUUAGAUUAAACAAAGCUGACAAAUCCCAAGCGCCAGGGCAAAAUAUUUAGUUGCCAUGGCGACCUGGCGCCUGGGAUUUCAUGUCAUAGAGCAUAGUGGUCUUAUUUCUAAAAAGUGGCAUUUAUUGGUUAGUUAUUGGAUCUGAUUCUAGCUGUCCAGCCCUCUCUCUAUUAAUGUAUUUUAUUGUCCUCUCUUAUAGUCUGUUUCAGAAAGUCCUAUCUCUGCCUCUAGAAUUUUCUUGUGUUUUUUUUUUGGUUGGUUUUCUCUCUCUCUCCCCCUGCUGCUUCCACAUCCUCUCUGUAAGAGAUAUUUCCCUAUCGCCUGUAUCCAGCCUGGCUCUAUUCUGGUAAUUGGAGUGAUAUUAAUUUCUAUGUGGCUGGGAAUAGAUGGCAGCGCUUGUGAUAGAGCGCCGAUAGGAUGCUCGGCUCACACGUAACCUCCUGAUAGGCCUUCUAUCAGUUCCUCUGCAGACUUCACACUUAUCAGGGACAGCCCUGGUGAAAAGGGGAGAGUUUAAAAAAAAUGGAGAGAAAAUAACGAGACAAAGUCUUAUUCAGUAUUUUUAUUAAUCGAGGUGUCUCCAGCAUACUGCAGUGUGUUAAACGGGAGCUUGCGUUUAUUGGAUGAAUUUCUCGACAGUUUACUCCUGCUCAUGAUAGUUUGACAUUAUCACUGCGGCUAAAUUGGUCGGCCAUUAGUAAAGGGAAUCAUCCUGUUUUUCUUUGUUACGCAAAUCUAUUCCAACAAAAAUAUAACCCUCUUACACCUGGCUUUACUGGCCCAUUUCUUUAACCCUUUAAUGACCAAGUGUUAAACUUUGCAGUCAUUAUAAUCCUCUGCUUUUAGGUUUGGCAGUUCCAGCACUGGUAUCAUUAAAGAUACUGCAAGCACCAUAACCACAGCAUUUGAUGGCUUAUUGUUGGGAUUAUUGUCUACUUUCUCUCCCCGGUUUUUGUCAGUCUUUUCAAGUGGUUUAAAUGAAAAGAACUAGGGGAUUCCUGAUACCGUAACCCCUCCCUUUCUGCUGGCAAGGUCACAAUAAGUCCAUCUAGCUGAUUGACUGUCCAGGGAAAGGAGGCGACCAUACAUGCUCCCAAAAAAAAGUACUCCUGCAGACUAUUUUUGUCGUAAGCACUUUAGUAAGAUAAAGUGGUUAUGGUGCUUUGUGUGACCCUUUAACACAACCUGGUUCACUAAACAGUGACCUAUGGUAUAUCUGUUAUAAGUUUAUAAAGCAGUUCCCACUUCUAACAUAGGAGAUAAACUGUGCAGGGGGUUAUGGGAAUCUUCCUGAGCACUUACCAAAACAGUACUGGGCAAGACGUUACACCUUACAUUUCGGGGAGCGUUUGCUUUUUUUAAAGUUUAUUUUUAAUGCUAUAAAAAUAAUGUCCAUUUACAGCAUAUGUCCAUCUUUAAUCAUGAAAAGUGCUGACCUGCAGUAUGAAGAAAUCACAUGCUGACCUGCAGUAUGAAGAAAUCACAUGCUAUAGGAGGGAUCAUUGCCGAGUUAUUGAUGUAUUCUUCACAAUGCAGGGCAGCAUUUUCCACACACUGCCCCCCAGGCAUUUGAAUGUGAUAUGUCCCGGAAAGCAUGUCAGGGCCUCGAUUUUAUAUUUGUGGAUAAGCUUUUCAGAUAAUUUAAUAAUUUUAGAAUAAUUCUUAAAAUUAUUUUUUUACAUUUUAUUUAUUUAUUACUUGAAAAGCUUUUCCAAAAUAUUAAAUCAAAGUCUAAAUUGGGCGAUCCUAACUAGAACGUGUGUAUAAUAACUCUGAAAUAGUUCCUUUACCGUUAAACUUACAUGUGAAUACAAUGUUUCAAUGUAAAAACAGACUAUAUCGCCACAGUCACUGUAGUUGUGCCUUGCGUUGAUGGAUGGGGUUUUGCGUCACUGGUAGACUUUAAUUAUUCUGGGGAGAAAGAGAAAAAUCGAAAUGUUUCCAGUUAGGGUCAUAGUAAAACAUGCAGUUCUGUUAUUAAUGUUAUAUUGUGAUACCUGUAUCCCAUGUGCAAUGGGCUAAAACGUUUCAUUAUUGCCGUAGCACAGUAUGUUGCAGUGUGUUAAUAUGAAUGUAUUUAUAUCACACUACCAGGUGUUAAUAACGGCUGGGGUUCCCAGAUUAGUCAGACUGCUGUAGGCAGAGAUUUACAGUACAGUUUAAAAAAUGUUUUAUCUAAAAAUCUAUCCAAGGACAUGAUUUGGACGAUAGAGCUUAAAUUUCCUUUUGGUCCCCUGGUGCUGUUCCUAGUAGCACCUUGCGCUGACAGAUCAUUCAGGAGUUCUAGUGGAUGUUGUUUGCCGGAUCCCUCUGCAUUAGUCCAGUUGUCAGCCGGUGAUAUAAAGCAGUGUAUAGGAUUCUGCCAACGCAACAAUAUAGCUCUAUAUAAGUAGCCAUUUCUUUACAAAGUGAUGCAUAUAUUUAGUUUUGUCGUUUUUUCUUAAGUUUGUGCAUUUCUAUUCAGUAGGUUAAGGAUAUGAAUAGAUGUGGUGCCUAUUUCUUUAUUGAAUCCAGGGGGGAGAAAUGGCUGUUUUCUCUGCCGUUCGGUGCUGGGAGUAUUGUUACCACAUGGUGGAUUGCGUUUCCCAAGCCCCUGUACACAAAUGUUAACAAGUUGCCCCUUCCUUUGUAUUCCCUGCACUCCUGCCUUGCAUCUAGUCUGUGCUGAAUAAUUUAGGCUCUGAUUGCUAUCAGGGUCCCAUCGUGUUCUCUGGCAAAGGCACUGGAUCCCCUCUGUUUGCACUGCACAGCUUGUAAAACAAGCCUGGGGACUGGCAGAACAGCCACUUGGGUGACAUUUGUGGGUAAUGGGGUAUUAUGUAGCAGCUUCCACUCCCAGAGAGGUGUUUUAACCCUUUCUGCAAUUCUUCGCCCUUUGUGGUUGUCGCAUUCAUCCUAAACUUCACCUAAACAGAUAAUACAGAUUUUCAGAUAUUAUAUUUUAUCUCUAUGCAGACACAUUGCUAGCCUCAACUUCCAAAACAAAAUGUGUCCACAUACUCCAAUGUGCUUAACAUUCCAUUAAAGGUAACUGCAUCAGUUGAUUUUGUAUAUAAAAUGUCAAGAGCUCCCUUGAUACCUCUAGACACGCUAACCCGGUGCCAUUGUUAGGUAAUUGCAGAUUCCUCUAAGUAUACACAGACUUAAUCUGUAACAUGACGUACUCCGCUUCUCAAGGGCCAGCGUUACAUAGGGUAUUAUAGAGGUUCUGUUUAACGAGCAACUGGGGCAAUGUAUUAAAAGUGGAGCAGUCACCAUGGAAACCAGUGGACUGUUUUGCUCACAGUUUUUUUUUUUGUUAAAUAGCCUUUUAUUGAAGGUUUUCUCAUAUCAAAGAAACAAUAAAAUGCAGCUUUACGUUCAGAGUGUAUAGAAACAGUGUAACAACAACAAAAAAAACUUUCGAGAUUCGCAGAUCUCUCAAAGUAAGUGAUACUGAUGAGACACGCAGGUCUCCAAGCAUUUAUAUAUGAAGAAUAUGUUUCAAAUUUUAGUCUAUCCGUCCCACCACCGGUGUGUGGCCUUCCAGAAGGAGCCCAUCCCAAUGUCACCCGAAUACGUGAACCCUCCCUAGUCCGCUCCCGUGCUUUCCUCCUGGGGGGAACUCGUCUAGCUUAGGUGGCCAGAGUAUGUUUUGCUCACAGUUAAUGCAUGAGCAACCAUUGUAUUUAAGGAUUAUUCUUGUCCCUCCAGCAUUUCUCAGUAUUGUAGCCAAAAAGUGACAAAGUAUUCUUGGACGCUAUUGGUUAGGCUACGCUAUCGAUUGAUGACGUAAAAAGACCUUUGCCGGUGCACUGUUACAAAAACUAACAGAUAUGUGCAGAUUCGAGUAUUAAGUUACUGGAAUAAUUUCCUAAAUCUAAGUGAGCCCUAAAGUAAUGAUGGCUUACAUACCUGUACACUGUGUAUCUAAUCUAAAUAUAUAUUCAUUGUCACCUCUUCGGUGAUACUGGGUGCUGCAUUGUGUGGCAAAGCUUUGUGGGAGCUGCCUCUAUCUAGUCAUGCAAGUUAGUACAUAGUUUACCCAUUGUUUGUUUAUAUUAUAAGCUUUGCUACAGAAUAUUUAAAUUGCAAACAAAACUUUAAAGUGUAAAAAUUACUUUUAAUAUUUGUAAAAUGCACCUAGGAUCAAUCUAAUUUUAACAAAACAGUGUGUGUAUAUACAGUUGCAAGAAAAAGUAUGUGAACCCUUUGGAAUGAUAUGGAUUUCUGCACAAAUUGGUCAUAAAAUGUGAUCUGAUCAUCAUGUAAGUCACAACAAUAGACAAUCACAGUCUGCUUAAACUAAUAACACACAAAGAAUGAAAUGUUGCCAUGUUUUUAUUGAACACACCAUGUAAACAUUCACAGUGCAGGUGGAAAAAGUAUGUGAACACUUGGAUUUAAUAACUGGUUGAACCUCCUUUGGCAGCAAUAACUUCAACCAAACGUUUCCUGUAGUUGCAGAUCAGUCGUGCACAACGGUCAGGAGUAAUUCUUGACCAUUCCUCUUUACAGAACUGUUUCAGUUCAGCAAUAUUCUUAGGAUAUCUGGUGAUGUCAUACAUUUUAUGGAGUUUUGUUACUUUUUAGAGUGAGGGACCCUUUGUGACAUGACUUGUAGGUACAUGGAAUGACCAACUAACAGAGAUGAAUAAUAUAGUAGAAUUGUUCUAGAUAUGUAUUGCGGUUAUGAACAAGAAACACAAUUAAUAAAAGUUUUGUUUGUAUUUUUUCUCUUGAAACAAAUUGUUGCUUCCCCCAAAACAACUUAUAAAUAAAAUCCAGAAAUAACGAGGCCCUAUGUCUUCUCCAUUAAUCGAAGCCUGCAGCAGUAUGUUGUUAAACACCAGCUCCAAGCACAGUGAAUGUACUGCACAUUGUAGUUAAAGUCUAGCACAGUCAGAACACCAGUGGCCCAGGUUCAUUGAGUGACUUUUAGUGUAUACAUAACGCCUGCUUAGCCCCAGGAGAGAGUGUCUGCUCGGCACAGACAGCUAUUUUUCCUGCAGCUAGACCCCUUCACUCUGUUUUUAUCAGAGAUCCUGCCUACAUGAGUAAUUCUGCAUGAGAACAGGCUGGCAGUGCCAAUGUCUCGCCCAGCUCCAUGAUGUGAAGAAUGGAGUCUGUUGUUCUCUAGUGUGUGUUCUUAAAAAACUCUGGAGGGGAAUAGGAGGGGAUGAGAAGGCUCUGCCAGUACAAACCACCAGGGUCAAUGGGGCUAGACUUUCUCCAGUUACAAGCAGCAGAAUAAGAGACAGCCCAGCGUUACUCAUACAAGUUUGUGCAUAGUGUUCGUUUCACUGACAGAACUGGCCGCUGGGUGGGCACAGUCAGGGUCUUUUGGUUAGUUGCUUUUUAAAAGCUAAUAACAGCACAAUAAAAGUCUCAAUGGCAUUCAUGGCGUAUAGGUCAUAGCAGGACUGGCUGUGUCUGUCAUGAUGUAUGCAUGAGUAUUUAGUGAUCUCUUCAACCUCCUUCGAGAGCCAAGAACCUCCCAACUCCCAUAAUCCUUUACUGCACAAACUUGUCCCAUAAGUGGCUAUGGAAAUCUUCCAACAAGUUGAGGGACCUUGGAUCCAGUUGGAUGGCUUUCCAUUAAUGGGGCUUUAAAGUGCAUAGAACAAUUGAUAAUCUUUGCUUUCUUUGUUCCUUAACAUUCACUUAACCUGCAAAGGACCAAUGACUGCUCUUAGUGGUCUUCAAAGAGCCUAUCCCAAAACGAAAAACCCGUUGACAUGCAUGACUAUGUAGCUGUUUGGAGCUGCAUUGCAUAGACCUAGGUUAUGAUGAACGGCGGCAUCACAUACUAUUAAUCUCUAAGGGGUUAAGUGAUCGUAUUGCAGAGUCUACUUGAUUCAGAUGAAAAUUUGCAUUACAUUUUUCUCCACGCACAAAUCUCAGUAGUUGGCAUGUAUGCAAUUUUAUAUCUUGGGGUAGUCAGUCACCCCAAUAACUGAAUUGAGCAUUGAUGAUGGGUAGCGUUACCUAUUAGAUCCCACUAGGUCUCCAUAAUGCAAGAUAACUGGGUUACCGGGUUAUAAACUGACCUGAGAUCCCCCAUUUAACAUGAGUGUGGGGGAGGGAUGGCUUAUGAGGUCACAUUCUAUCAUGUCUUUGUUAAUGUUAUAUUCAGAGAGACAAGUUGAGUCUGCGAGUGAAAGCAAGAAUGAAACCAUACAUUUUUAUCUUUUCAAAUGACCUUGUUCGCUCAAGGGGGAGGAGGGGGGGGUUACUGCUUAAUAUUCUGAUAUGCAAAUAGCUGAUAACUGUAAUCUAUAAUCCCCAACUUGGGAGCACGUACAGAUGGAGCACUUUGAAUUGAUUAGCAAACUGUUCCCCAAAUCUCCCCCUGACCAUACCCAUCUGUCUAUAUUGCUCCACUCAGUCCUGCAUGAAAUAUCAACUGCUUUUAUUCACUUUCCAGCCUUUAAAUGGUCUGAUAGGAAAUCAUUGUAGCAAAAAAACUGUUUUUAGAUUAAAGACAAAUCCAAUAUAGUCACAGCCUGUAAAAUAAAAUGUAUAUCGUUGUACAGCACUUUCUAGACAGUAAAAUUAAAUUUUUAUCUAGGUUGUGGAAUAUAGAAUGUUAGACUACAGCUCAUAUAAUUCUGGGAGAAUGGUCAGUUUUCCAAAUUGGGACAAAGUUUGACGCCUUGUUCUAACUUAACUGUACGUAAUAUUUAAAUAAAACUAUAUCUCGUUAUUGGUGCCGUAGAUAUGUAAACUGCUGCUAUACCAGUCUUUAUAUAAAUGCAGAAUUAAAAAUACAAAGAUCCACCAGAAUCCCUGUGACUUGCAGCUUCCAUAGUAAACCUCCUCAGACAUGUAGGUAGAAAGUUCUCAGAUAAUUCUGUCCCUGCAGUUGAAAUGCUGAGCGUAUCCUAUAGAUGAGAUUUGUGGCUUCAUUCUUUCAUGAGUGGAACUAGGACUGGUUGUGAGCAUGUACCAGUUCCCUUGUAAAAACAUAUGAGGGAGACUUUCAUGUCUCUACCUUAUGGGCAUAUGCCAUGCAAGAUCUUCUACUAACAGAGAGAAGCGUUGGGGAAGAUUAAUUCUAGUUUUCUCUUCUGAAAAGUGCUGGGGCGAAUAAAAAGGGUGGUGUCACCGGUUGAAUGUGGAAGCUGGUUUCUAUGGUGAUUGAUCAACAUUCAGGACGAAUUUGUUCAAUCUUCCCCACAACUAUUCUGCAUCUCUCAUUGCUGUUAUCGGCAACUGGGUACAGGCUACGAGGGGCUCCUUGUACUACAUGACCAUAUGUCGCAGGUGACUCUCAUCGUCAUUCUAAGUUUGAUUUAAGGCCUUACAUAAUCCUCUUAGUCCAGAGACAUGAGUUCCAUGAUUCAUGAUGGAACCGGUCUGAUGAUCAAGAGUGCAGGGUGUCAAGCUCAGGAUGUUUGAAUGCCUGGGAAAAGUCACAGGGAUAUAUUAACUUAGCUGGCAGUUGUGGGCAAUUGCAAAGUUUACCCUAAAAUAACCAAGCGGGAAAAGGAUCUUCUGGAAGUUUUCCCAAUAUGGUUAUUGUAGCUGAAAAUGUAGGAUUCCCAAUUUAGUAAACAAACGCCUUCCCCGCCUGUUACAUGGCUUUAAUGCUGUGCCUUGUCCGUUUUUAUGGACAUUUUGUUAUUUUGGGAGAAUAAAAAUUGAGACGGUCAUUAUUUGCGAGCGGGGCAGAGAUGCUGUCUGAAUGGGCUUCCAUCGGCAGCCAGGGGAUGAAUGGCUAUAGAUAAGCUAGCCGCCCUCUGCCCUCUCUAUGUACGUUACACUGCCAGGUUUACAGGUUUACCGACGUUUCCAUGAAAUUUAUUGGACAGCAUGCCCAUUAUUCACAGCCUUUAUACAUAAUGCAUUCCGUGUGUCAAGGCUUCCGCUCUGCUAGAGCAGCUUUAAAACCGCGAGUGCUACCGUUUUGGGUUUUUAACCCCUUCCCUGGCAGCUUGCGGAGCAGUUCGCAAUGUAGAGAGCGCUUUCUGUGUUGGAAGCCGUCCUGCAUGUUGAUACUAAUUUGGCUUUUACAGCCCGGUUGCCUAACGUGACCUGUAAUACCUACUAUAUUGCCUGGUUUUAAUCUGAAAUCUGAUGCUGAUGUUAUGAAGAUAAUGGCAGUCCAUUGGCUGGCGUCCUGCUGCAAAUUGUAUGCAAUUCACAGGAUGUGUAUAAAGUAUCUCUAUACUUAACACACUGGAAGUUUGUUAGAUGGAAUGUGUUCGAUAAAAGCUUGCUGUGCAGAGAGGUUGCAAUGCAGAUCUACCCUCUCCGUUUGGCAACGACAUCGCACUCCCGGGAGCCAGAAUGAAACACAUGGGCAGAUCUGAACCGCUAAUUUUGGACAAAAUAUAAUGCUAUAUAAAAAAAUAAAAAAAAUUGUACAACAUAAAAAAUAUAGUAUUAAUGUAAUAGUGAAUUCUGCAAGGUAAUUAAAUAUGCAGAGAUGCAGCAAGCCUCCGUCACGUGUAUUCACAGCGCGGUGCAUGUAGUAAAUACUGAAGAUUUGUUUUUAGCAAGACAUGCAAAUUUUCCUCCGAUGGCCUUCCAGCUAUUGCACAGUACUUAAAACAAGGGACAGUUGGUUAAUAACACGCAUUUCAUGUUUUAAAAUACUGCGGUCUAUUCCACCAAACAUGGCUCUGGGUAGGCAAACCUGUUUAAUAUAUUCUUGCUGCAUGCAAUAUCGCCAGCAGGUUUAAACAUUAAGCAUUAUUCUUAUCUGAAGGUCACAUAAAAGAACACUGUAAGCACUGUAAUUGCAUCAACUCAUUGAAGUGGUUAUAGUGUCUGGAGUCCUCUAGAGCCAUCCAUCCAAUAAGUCUUAGACUGUUUUUAAUGUCAUACGAAAGUCCCCAGCAGCUCAACUCCACCACCCCUCCCACUCCUCAUGUGCUGCUCUAGCUAAUGAGGAUGUAUUAGCCUGAGGAACGAUGGGGGGCUGUGAUUGGCUGAGAGAAGCAAUUUUAGCCUAUCAUAGUGUCCAUUCAGGUACAAAUCGGUAUAGCUAGAAGGAAGUGUGUAAUCUCUGCCUUAGCUAAACCUCCAGUGGGGGUGGAGCUAUGGGAAGCCGGGUGCCCUCAUUCAGUGUUACAAUUAGUUUAACACUGAAUGUAGGAACAGUGUCAGGGGACUCCAGGUACUAUAACCAAUUCAAUGAGAUGAAAUUGUUUUGCCUACAAUGUCCCUUUAAAGAUAAGAUGGUAUAGCAUUGAUGCUAAAGUUAUGGAAUGUCACACCCAUCAUAUGUGGGCAGGUGAACAUGUGCAGACUGGGACCUAAAAAUGGCAUGCACAGACUGUGUCCCAGUUGAGCAUUGUGCUAUGUCCUUGACAGCAUCUUGGACCUUGCACACAAGAACAGGUGUUCAAACUUCAUUAGGCUAACGUGUCACCCUGUGUACAGACUUCCAUCUUUUAAAGCGGACUCUUUUUGGAGACAAUGGGGAAGAUUCGUCAAAAUGUUGUGAAAAGGGUUUUAUUUUUGGUUUCAAAUCAAUUCAUAAAAAAUGGUCCAAAAAUGUGUCUCUGCUUAAAUUCCACCAAUUUAUCGAAGAAAUUUAUAUUUUACAUAAGACUGCCUAAUUCUGAGUAGUGGAAAAGAGAGAUGUAAAACAGAACCGUUUUCUGGCAUAAAAAGUGAUGGAAAGAUAACUAAGUCCAUUGCGUCACCGAAACAAUUGUGUAAAUUCAGAAUUAAUAGGACAUAACUAAAAAAAAAACCUAAUAGUGCACACAGAAAAAAGAGCAAAACAGUCUGUCACUUUGAGAAAUCUCCCCCAUUCUUUUAGAUACCUGGCAUCACUAUUAGCCGGACCCACUUAGAUCUGUCUCCAAUUCGUCUCCUGUCUGGUUAGACAAGGUCCUUUUGCAGUUGAACUGUCCCGUUUUUAGUUUAAUUUAAACGGAUCUCAUUAAACAUGAUGAAAACCCGCUUCAGUUAUUUUUAUCUCCCUCUCGACUCCUGCCUCCUUAAUCUCCAAAUGCCUGGAGUUUUGGUGAAAACCUCAAGGCUUCAUUAUCAGGGGAGCAGUAGUGUGUACCACAGCACAGCAUGUUCCGAUGGACAGGGGAGGGAGAGAUUGCCUUGAUAAAGAGCCCUUUUUUUGGUAUGUGUGGGUGGGUAAAAUAAUUUAAGCUAUUUUCCCUUUUAUCAAACAGAACUUGACUGCUGAUAGAACUAUUUGUUUUAGAUUAACACUCCCAUCUCCAAAAUAAGAGGGAGAAUUUUAGUAUCUUUAAAAAAAGGUUGAGGACAAGAUCUAACGUGUUCUACUGAGUGGAUUAUUUCAUCCGUAGUGAAUUUGGACUGUGCACAAUGAUCACACCAUGCUGAACAUGCAAUCUGUUCACAAAUUGUAUCUCAUUUCUCCACUUAAGAAAAAUCACAAAAGUGUAGUAAAGUUUCUCAUAGAAUACACCCAAGCACCUGCCACGUUCUUUUCCAGCAUCUCUGAGCAGCCAGCUCGGCACUACAUACUGAUAGUUAAUGUGUUCCCCUUAUUGUGAUAAAGUGUAUGCAUACUUUGAAAAUGACAAAUUUAGGAUCUAUUUAUUUACUCGAGUCCAAUGAAAUACGUAGACAUCACAAACCAGCCUGCUAUUUUCCUGUCACUUGAUCAAGGUUAUUUAAAAUUGGGCACCUUUUGCUUCUCAUUGCCAUGUUUCAGAGGCAGAGAUCCUACACUCUCCUCACCCCCCACCCCACCGCCUCCCAUCUCCUACGGGUAGCUGCUGACAAUCUGAGGCUCCAUUUUUCACAGCUGUCCUCUGGCUAUCAGUAACUGGGGUGACAUCAGAGAUGUGGUUCCCCCUUUUUCCGGCACAGGAUAUCAGGACAGCUCAUCGUAUCUUGCAGGGAGCUAAUCGCCCUGCACUCUGCUUCCUUCUCCUGCCCCUGGCUUCCUGGGAAUAGAAGCUUUGCUAUCCUUGGACGGCCAACCCACGGCCGAGUCCUCUGCUUCCUGAGCAGACCAAACGCUUUCUCCUCCUUACUAAUGCUUUGUAGGGCUGCAGAGAGCCACAGAAUGAUGGAUCAGGCCAGCACCUGGCCAUGGUCUUUGCGUGUUUCCUCCCCUCUGACCCUCAGCACAUCCACAGCUUUGAAGAGAAAGGUCUGUUUCCUUGCCACUGGCAAUGAACAGGUUAAAAGGAAGCAUCCAUCACUGUGGUAUAAACAUGUGGAUAUUUGUUAUGUUUACACUGUCUGGCUGAAAACAUGCAGAAUAAAUAAUACAAAUUGCCCAUGCUCUAACCCAGGUUAAAACGUGCACCCUCUUCUGGCGGUGAUGCAGCCUCUUAUAGCUUUAUUUACACCAGUGUUCAAGCAGAGAGAUCCUGGAAGUUAUAUGAUUACAUAUUAUGUGUACACGAGUUCCUCCCUUACAUCCUUUAGAAUACAGAGCGGACAUAUGAUCUUGUCAUUAUAAGAAAUUAACCAUAUAUUCCCUGAGUUGGAUUUUCAUUUACUAUUUUUUUUUUUUAUUUGUUGUAUGUGAGCAUUCUGUGGAUCGGCUUAAUGCAGCGUUGUACAUACUAUGUUAUGUCUUCUUUAUUUACUUAUUGUUUGCAAUUUGUAAAAUUUAUGAAGCAGUGUGGCUGAAACAUAGAAUGUGACGGCACAUAAGAACCAUUCGGCCCAUCUCGUCUGCCCAAUUUUCUAAAUACUUUCAUUAGUCCCUGGCCUUAUCUUAUAGUUAGGAUAGCCUUAUGCCUAUCCCACGCAUGCUUAAACUCCUUUACUGUGUUAACCUCUACCACUUCAGCUGGAAGGGUAUUCCAUGCAUCCACUACCCUCUCAGUUAGGCUGUUCCUGGAUUGAAAGUACUGCAUACCGACGUCUAGGCUAGAGGAUCAAGUACCGAUGUAAAAUGGAGAGUCCCUUCGUGACAGACUUAUUCACUAAAGUGGGGAUUUGGGGGAAUUCAAUGUGAAUUUUAAGCCACAUUUGAUAAAAUCAUAGCAAAAUUGGAGAAUAUUUUUCAGUGUGACUGUUGCGGCCUGAAAUUUUGAAUUCCUAAAAAUUUAUUUUAUUAGAUAACCCUUCUUGAGAAUCGACCCAAUUCUGAGACACCAAAAGAAUGAUCAGAGCUCCAGGCAUUUGUUUGUUUUUUGGUUAAACAAUGGGAGGAAUGGGGUAUAUCCCUGUACGUCUGAUUAACCCUUGUAUCCGAGGCAGCCCGUCUCUCCCCUCCUCGCUGCGUCUCCUGCAUAAUCCAGUGUUAAUAUCUGUGCAUUUGAUUCCUUGGGAGGUAUGAUCAGCAAGCUAUUAGUGUGGGUCACAGUUCGUUGUUGAUAAAGGUUUGAGUUUGUGCUGUGUCAAAAAAAUCAAUAAAUGUGAAGUGAGAUUGUGCCGCAUUAUGAUCAGUCGGGGUAUACUCAUCCAACCCGCAGGCCCCAUUAGGCCGUCUCUUAUCGGUGCACACCACCUCAGUCACGUCUCCUUUUUAAGAAUAAAAAAAUGGCGCCCUCUGGCUUCGAGGAUUAACUCCUUGUGUGCCAGAGGAUCCCAUAAUGUGUUGAUAUACAUAGUGCUAUCAAACAAGGCUGUAGAUAGCACAUUAAUACUGGCCUUUUAUAUAGGUGCAGAGCAUUCCAAAGCUGGCAUUCAGUUUCCGGAAAUUAUCCACAGGAGUAGUAGAUGCAUGAAUCAUUAGCCUCACAGUUUCUUUAAAACAAAAAAAACCUUUUCAUUUAGGCCAAAUAUGAAAUAUAUUUAAAUACAUCGCAGGUUCAAAUCCCGGCAGGGUUGACUCAGCCCUUCAUCCUUCCGAGGUAGAUAAAAUGAGGACCAUUAAAUUGGGUAAUAGUAUCAACCCCUGGAUGUUGGGCUGAGGUAAAAUCCCCAGUUCGUACUUGAAUAAUCUGAAUGUACCUUUCCUGGCUACUUAUUAUUAUCCUUUGUAUGUAUUAUAACAUGUUAACCCUUUAACUGCCACAGAGGCCAGGAGAGCAUUGCAAAGUGUGUUUGGGCGCCUCCGGCGGCUGUGUCUGCCUUAUCACCGUGGCCUAUUCCUAGCUGGGUGCCACUGCAACAUUGACUUUAUUCAUACUCCAUCUGUUGCUGACGAUGUGUAAUUGGUCUAUGAGGCCUCUUGCAGCCUCCAUUGUUUCCCUCCCUUUCACUGGUUAAUUAUAUGAUAGGGAAUACCUGGUCCUUUUAAAAAGAAGAACACACAACUGCUCCCAGAAUGCCAGCAGCAGACAGGCAGCUUCCGAAAACAAGACGCCUGGGAAUCUUUUGCGUAUUAAACACUCCCUUCCAUUUGCAUGCAUGAGGAGAGGAUCCAUGUCCUUGUUUCUAGCAAUAUAAUAAUGCACAGAAAAUAAGUUGAGCCUAGAAAAUGUAUUGAAAUAUUGAGACUUUAGUGCAAGUGAGUCAGAUGAGGAGUUCCAAGCAAAUGUAAGCCAACACACCUCGCAUGGCGGUUAUAUAAGUGGAAUUAUUCUCUAAACCAUGUACUGUAACAUGCUAACAGCCAUCUUGGCUCAUAUACUAGAACUGGGAUUUUUGCCGCUUAGUUCUGAAAUGUUUGCAGAUUGUAUCUAAGUUCCUAUAAGUCGCAGCUUAAUGAAUACAUUGUAUUCUGGAGUAAUAUAGAUUAUGCAGCCAGGUUUGUAUCGCCACCAUCUAAUGCCUAGAUUCAGUACAAGCAUUGUGAACACAGAACUGACCCGAUCAGUGACAUGACUGCUCUUUACUGAAUGCCCCAUACUGGAACAUGCUUUAUGCUUUUCUACUGCCUCUAUUAUGUUCAAUACAGUGUUUAAGCAUUUUGGCAGAUUUCUUUCAUUUAAAUAAAAAAAUAAAUUCUAUUUGAUUUUCUAAGUUUAAAUUUAUUUUUGUGUAAAUGCAGGGACAUCAUCAGGCUCAUUGUCAAUGUUAAUUAGUUUCAGUGUUUAAGCCCCCCCUCCUUUUUACUUUCUACUCUUACUACGUGCAGAUUGGUUAUUGGCUAAUGUCCGCUGUCAGUCAUGCAGGUUGAGCCCAUUAACUGCAACCAGGCAGAGGUGAGAAGGGAUUAAAUACCCCAUUCAUUUACACAACAGUACCUUCCCUAAUGGCAGGACAUGCUGGCAAGCUUAGACUAUUAAUAUGCAGUCAGUGUCUUCUUAUAAGGCUACCUGUGCCCUCGUGGUUUAGAAAUCAUGUACCUCCGCCCCUCCCGUCAGAUCCCUCUAAUAGUUUAAAGCUGUUAUUUAUUAUUUUAUUUCUGAGUGCUUUUUAUCAGGAGCAAACAGCCCCAUUUACCUGCAACGUUUACCUAAUGAUUCCAGUGAUAGGAAUUAUUCUGAUAAUUCGCAGACCAGCUGGCUGGCGUCAGCCAAUCAGAUGCUGGCCUGCGAUGUGAGAUUAGAUAACGGGGAAACUCUAUUAGCUUCAGUGUGGUGACACGGAGAACCAAACACUAUUGAUACAGAGAUAGGACUCAGAGUGGACUUUGCCUCCUAUGAUAAAUCAGGGGGAAAAGAUUAGUUUUAACUAUUAGCUCACUGAGUGCGCUUAAUAUUAAUGAUGGCAAGGUCAGCCCUUAUCAUUGUUUGCUCAUGAUCAGGUGUGAGAAUAACAGGCUGGCAUGGGGGUGCAGGGAGCGGCCGAGAACGCCAUCUCAGCACGCUAGUGAUGGGGAAGGAGUGAGUGUGAGCCUCUCUGUUUAUUUUACAAAUGUUUCCCCACCAUGAGGAAUUACUGGAGUUUACAGAAAUUAAUGAGUGUAGUCAGUACUAUGCCAAAUCCUGCGACCAAUACAGAGUAGUAUUGGAAGAUUUAUUUUCUUCUCUUUGUAGAAUUAUUACAUCACUAGUUACGGUUUUGGAUCUUGUCCGUACGUAAAUACCCUCAGUAGUAGAUCUGGCACGGCAGACUCGUUUGCGCAGAAACUGAUCACCCUUGAGUCAUUAAUCUGCAGAUAACUAAAGACAUUUCCGUUGUCAUCUUUGCACCCGGGAUCCACAUGGCCUGCUCUUUGAAACAGGCUGCCCUGGGAAAUAUAACUGCUGGAGUUAUUGCUACUGUGCUCUGUUUGUUAGCAUUUCCUUCCAGCCUGCUAUGGUUGUUUAUCAGUGGUUCUGUGUAUUCUCACUGGUGGGGUUUGAUACAGUGAAGAUAGAUGGAUGUUUUGACAUGAAACGUGUCAGCCCCAAAGAGCCUUUAUCAGUUAGGCAUUGGUGCCCUGACCUUGGAUGUCAGCCCUUUCUCCAGAAAGGCACUUGAGUUAUUAUUUGAAAGGCUUACAAUGUACUAAACAGUGGUGUCACCCUUAAUCACGGAGGGACAGCUGAGUUUAAUUAGCAGCCUUUUCCUAUCACAGAAAGAGACAUUUUACGUUCUUAAAGAUUUUCUGUUCAAGUGGGUCAUGAGUAACCAGUUGGUGCCCUCAUCACAAUGUCAUCCACAUGAAUCUAACUGAUAGCAGGGUAAUUUAAAAGUUAAAUGACAGAGUAACCUUUUUAUUUUAAACAGCCAGGGCACCUGCACUUUACAAGGAGUGUGUUCAUUUCUAGUUUGUGUAUAGCCUUUUGAAUAGCGAUGGGAAUUAAAUUAGAAGAAAAAUCAUUUACAUCCUGACCUCUUUAUCCUGCAAUUUCAUUAUUUUGGGGUGUAAUAAUAAUAAUAAUACAUGGCUCUCAGUACUUGCUGAAUGCGUGGCCUAUUAUCCCCAUGUGUGCCAGCAGUGAUGUUUCCAGGAGUAUAUAGUGGAUUGGACUACUUUAAUGUAUUCUCUUCUCUUGUAGAUGAACUGGUUUUGGAGAUACCCUCCCCAGAUGGUAUUGUACAGGUCCGUGCCCAGAGUCACCUGCCUGAAGGCUUUUCUUGGGGUCCUUAUAAAGGAAGCUUCAAUGGCACGUCAUCAUCUCCCAACCAUACAGAACCAGUAAGUGGCUUACAGAAUCCUAAUGCAUGGGGUGGUAUGGAUUUCAGGGAUUUUGACAAUCUGUUUUUAUUGAGGUAUAUUUUUUUUAAACAUUAGUGUGAUAUCAGUGGCAUUCUAGAGAGGCACAAGACAUGUGUCAAGAUCUGGCAGAACCAAUUUCUUGACACAUUUGUGUUAAUCAAGUCAACAAUUAUUUUUAGUCACACGUGUAAAAAUAAAGCCUUGUUUUAAAUUAAAAAACAAAAACAGUCCCAAAAGUAAACUGGUCAAGUUGGUGAGAGUACCCACCUAUGCCCUGUUCGAGGGAAAUAACAGUGCUGAUCCAUUAUAGUAAGUGAUUACAAGUAAAUAUAUAACAGCAGGUAAUAAUGUAUUGAGGAACAAACCAUGGUGUUAUGAAAAGGCAUAUUGUUGGCUGGAGUGCUGUGAACGAAACCUCACUACACCGAUUGGCUAAUUACACAGCCUAGUUCACCUAAUUCCCGGGGUUAACUGAGAGUCCCAGAAGUAUGCAGAGUCUUGGUCCUCCAGUACCGGUCACUUCACUGGCCCCAGCCCCCAGUGAGAGCCCAUGUGCAGUGCCCACUGACCCGGACACUUUCGGUACCAUGAUCAAAGUCCCACAUAAUGAGUGUAUUCAUCCUCUAGGGGUGUGAGUUGUGCAUUGUGGUCCGUCCCCUCCAGGUCUUAGCCCAUGAUAACGGUCAUGGGUAGUAAAAGACCCGCUAAGCAGCCCUGUGUCUGGGGAUUGUGGCGUCUUCUUCCGCUUCUUUUGGGCAACUGCGUGUGGUGGCGGGUCGUCUAGCAGCUACAGAACUGAUUAGUAGGUUGGCCGCAGGUAAAUAAUACGGUAUGCUUCUGCCGCGUCUUGUCCCCACGAUAGGAUGAAUCGCAUGGCUUAACUCGAGGCAGAACCCGCCAAAGAUUUGGUUGAGCCGCGCCAAGCUGGUCUCGAUUUCAGUUAUUUUAUGGCUUUGUGCCAGGAACUGGUAAUGCACUCAGGAAAACCUCUUAUUAAGGGGGUCUUUCAAGCACCAUGACCACUUCAGUGAUUGGAAGUGGUCAUGGUCCUUGUAUGUAUGCAGUUUAACCUACGACAGAGUCAUUAGGCCAACAUUAGCCAGUCUGGAAUAUAAGUUCUGGGCUAGCUAAUGUCAGUUCUGUGCAUUUUUCUGUACACAGAAUGGUAUUCAUUGGCUGAGAGCGGUCAUGCUCUGCAGAAGCCAGAUGUCACAGUGGAAAUCAAUGCCCAGUGGGGACACAUGUGAGAGGACAAACCCUUGCUAUGUAAUUUGCCCAAUACCAGGAAAUGGGGCGAGGGUACCCCACUACAUGAUGCUUGGAGUAACACUUUAUUUGCAGCUAUUGGUAUUUAACAGUGCACAAGCGUCCAGGCAUAAUAAGCCCAAUUCAGGUUAGUCUGUUAAGUCUGAAUGAUAUGGGUAGCAGAACCAGACAGUGCGCUCAGCACGUCGCACAGAAUAUCUCUGAACUACCCCAUACCUUCAAGUUACAGGCUAGAUGAUGGAGUUGUGUAGUUCAACAAGUGGGUUUCUAGUCAUAUUCCCAAACUUAUAGAUGGAAAUCCAAAGCCCAGGUCACCCACGGUGGAAAAUGUGAUGUAAACGUUCUCAUACCUGCAUCUAGCACAGACCUUGAAAGUAGCAGGACAACAUUAAAAACCGGCCAUUAGUGUUAGUUUAUUCCAGUAUGAUAUCAGCUAGUAAAACAUUUCAGCAGUGUUCCCUGGAGAAAAUAAAUGGUUAAUUCUCAGGUUGGGGAGGGGUGGGGGGAAUUAUGGCACAAAAUCUGAGCUUCUGAAUCUUGUACAGGGGGGGGACUGGGGUCGUUAUCUUGUCUGCUUUAAGGUUAAAGCUCAAAAUAUUAGAAGAGAGCAAGCUGGGUUUGUGAUACUGAUAGAGCCUGUUAUCUCUGCAGAAUGAAAUCCUUGAUUAACCCCUUAUCUUCCCCGUUUGGGGUGUUAUGAUAUUGUGGCGCCAAUAGGCCAGACGUAGGACAGCUCAAUGAUUGAUUCCACACAAGAUAGCAGCCUGCCUUCCCAAUACUUCAUUUAUUGUCUAAAUAUUUUCGCUACAUUACAGCUCUCUCGCCCUGGUCCUUAUCGGGUGUCUUGAUGCUUUGCAGCCGCCUCAGCUCUGCCUCCCUCUCCCCCUUGCUAUCAGUGAAGCCCUAGGAGGGGCAGGAUGCAGCGGGCUCAUCCUUUAACACUUUAAACAUCCUUUUAAUUCCUCUCCCCUCUAUCUGGCUCUUAGCCGAAAUAUCUCCUGCUCCUUUUCCGCCCUCCCUUUGCCCCCCUUUCCCUAAGUGUCGCACAUCCUCCCCCUUCAAAUAGUUUAGUUUAGUAAAAGAAAGUCAACAGUUUUUUAAAGGAUGAUGCAUUCUCAAUUAACCUCUGAUUUUAUCAGAUGCAUAUUUAUUGCAACACACCAAAGCAGGGGAGUUUAUGAAAUAGCGGGGUCUUGGGGCAACCGUAUAUAACAGGCAUUGGCAACCUUCGACACUCCAGAUGUUUUGGACUACACCUCCCAUGAUGCUUUGCCAGCAUUAUGGGUUUAGGAGUAUUAUGGGGGGUGUAGUCCACAACAUCUGGAGUGCCGAAGUUUGCCUACCCCUGGUGUAUAAAUAUUCAUUAUAUGUAAAUUCUAAAGCCAUAUAAUGUAUAUUUGUUUGGGUCCUUGUGUACACACAUGCAGCUGUAACGUUUACGGCUGAAGCCUUUCCUUCUGCUCUCAAUAAUCCACCUUUAACACAUUGUAGUCAUCUCUCUAAAAAAAUAAUUUUGUCCGACAGACGACUAUUAUAAUAAUUUUAAGCCCCAUUGUACAAUGCCACAUUAUAUGUUGGUGCUACACUUCAUCUAAACCACUAAUAAUAAUAACUAACUGCAUUUAUAAAUUAUUUAUGGCUAUUGGGAGCAGGGAAGAGUUGAAGUCUGAACUUGAUGGAUGCAAGUCUCUUUUCAGCUAUGUAACUAUGUAAGUCAGGACAGACCCAGUGAAAGGUAGAACUACACUUUUCAGGGCAUUGGCCUCUCUUGGUUUUAAUAUUUGCCAUACAGCAUCAGGACUCAUAGAUGACAAGGUACAUACUGUAAUCUUUAAACUUUGCUAAUCCAUCAUAUCUCAGGCCUGCCAUUGUCUGCUCAUUUUGUGCGGCAGGAUUCUAACAUCACAAAGCAGCAGAGGCAAAAUCUGUUCUCUCUGUACAUUAUAGCAUUGUGUACAUGGGAAAUAGUAUGAGGUUAGAGAAUUGGCUGGGUGUUUUUUGAUUCUAAAAAUCACAUUUUUAUACAGUAGCCAAGUGUUUGAGUGCAGUUUUCCAUUUUUGCCCUCUGCUGAUCAGCCAGCGUUUGGAGAAAUCCCUCCCAGGAUAAGGCAGCAGCGGAUGCAGUCUAGAUAGAGUUUCUGAUGGUUAUCAGGCAAGGUUCAGAACAGAGACACUGACCCCUUUGUUGAAGGAGAAAACAACAUAUCUUCUCAUAGACACAAAGAGGACUGUGUAACUCCUGCAUUGCCGCUGGGAUGUGCAAUCUAUGUUACUGCGCAUCCCAGGUGUGGCUACCUCUAUAUCAAAUUCAUAUGGAAAAAAAAUAAUAGUCAUCUCAGCUUGAGUCUGAUUUAAUUCCAAAAUAUUUUUUGGCCUAAUAUUUUAAUGUCGUUUAUCCACCAGCACAGCCCCCAGGUUAGUGAAUAAAUCUUCAUUCAAACAUGACUCUUGCGCAGCAAUAAAUAUAGUUGUGGAAGCUCUGCUGUAAUACAUUCAGUUGUCCACUCCUUCAUACUCAAACACAACCUGGUUCACUAAAGCAUUUCUCCAUGCCGCUGCUGGUGGUGGGACUCAAAAUGUUGCCUGCCUGCAGUCAGUUAUAGGUGAACAAAAAAGUUCUCCAUCUCAGACUUUGUGGCCUUAAACUUGCUAUUUCCAUGUUUUAUUGCAUUCAUUUUUACUACUCUGCUUUUAUAAUGCAGUCUGAAAAAUUCACAAUAGUGACACAGUAAAAAGGGCCUGGCUUAGGAUACACAAUUGUUAAUGAGCACUGGGCUCACUUUGUCCUUCACUACAGAUGUAAAAUUAAAUUGAGUGUCAAACAAUCUGCAUCACAGAGAAUUAAAUUCCUGAAAACCACUAUUUCAUACAUAACUUGUUUGGGGUGCAUUCAGUGAACCCCAAAUUAAAGCUGAUUGAAAUUGGUCAAUAACCCGGUUUGUUUUUCUGUGAUUUCUGGUGUGGUCACACAGUGCCACUGCUGGUGUAAAUAAAUGGUGGUCUCUCUCAUACGGAGAGUGAGAAAGCUUGCCAGCUUGUCUGACAAUGAGAAGCGUUUCUGCAUCAUCAGCAAAUACGGUCUCUUUAUCGUACAGCGAACAUACGGCCUAUCGCAGUGAUAAGCCAGAGCUGACUAGCGCCAUCACCCUCACUUCGAGGGUCUUAGAAAUAUUGGAAGGAAUAAUUAGAUUUCAUAUCGUCACCAAUGCAGCCAUCAGAGGAUCAAGCAGAUUAAUUUCUCUUUUCUCUGCACUCAUUAAUAUUCAUUAGAGACAGGGAAAGACAGAAAGCGUCCUGGUUCCAGGGCUGCCUUUAUAUUGCAGGAACUUGCAAUUCACAGACACAUGUGGAAUCUCGGCUGAGAGGGAAUUACUAUCUGCAGUGCCUUGCGUUUUCCAAUUUCUACACAUGUGCAUUUUUUAGUAUGUUAUUAAACAUGGAAUAGGGGCUCACAGAGACUAUGCUAGAAUAUAGUAUCUUCGUUUAAGGGCUGCAUCUUCCUUUACUGAAAGGGACAGUGAUUGCUACAUGUAGUUAUGGGUACAGUGGUGCCUGCUACAUUUUGAGGGCUGUUGGUUGGGUUACAUAUGACAUGACUGAGGCACACGGAAUGGUUAUAGCCAUAAAUUUAGUCUUCACCCAGUGAACCGUUGGGUACCAAUCAUGUCCUGCUUUGUAUAAGGAGUAACACUUGUAGUUUAUAGUGAUUCUGAGGCCAGCUAUGGACUCCAAUUAUAUACCCUCCAUGAUUAGCGGUUGUUAUUAUAUCAUGGAUCUCGAUGCCUGUGAUUUCUAGAGUUUAUCAGGAGGCCAUUGGCCCAUCCAUCUCAAGCUCACAAAGUAUGUGUCUCAUUCAUGGUAAAUCCACAAAGACACAACGGAAGUUGUCCCAGAGAAUGACAUUUUAACGACCAGACUCUUGGUGUAGAUAGUUUACACAUUGUGUAAUUACACCGGGUGAGAGCUCCGUGUCCGCUCUGUGCCGUCUAUAGAGAAACACAGAACAGCCAGACAUUGGUUAAUGAUCCAGUCUGGCUGCUCAGGGUGGGCUCUCAAUCGACAUCCAGAGCAACCUAUAACCCUUAGAACCAGGCACUGUCACGGUUUAUAUUAACCCUAUAUGUGCCACUUGUGUUUCCCAGAAUGAUGAUAUCCCUUUAUUCUGUUAGGUGCGCUACUUCCUAGGGUCUCCUCUACUGUUAAUUGUCAGAAUAGGAGUACUAAAGUACUAUACCCAGCACAUGCAUAGCAUCAUCUCUCUGUUGCCUUGAAAUCUUCUCCCAGAUUGCUAGGGCAGAGUUUAGAAACAAAAGUAGCAAGCAGUGACAUUUUACAGAAUAACACCCGAUCUCUGCGAUAAGUUACAGUGUGGAAUGACACUUCUCAAGCCAUGCAGUUUGGAGCUGGUGGACCAAUCCUGCCACCCUGUGGCCAGUUGGAUAAAUAUCAGGGUUUUGUUUCCCCCAUUACAGUCUCACAAAAUACACAAGGGUCUAGUCACUAAAUGCCAGUUCAGUAGAUUUAAUUCAGCUCAUUUCUCCUGCGUUCAGUUGUUAACAUUCAAAUAAAAUGCAAACCGGAUUGAGCAGAAUUGGAUGCCUUCUAUUUUCAAACCGAUCUCACUGUUACCGUGGGAUUCAUUUCAAAAUAGUUUAUCUAAAUUGUAACUGGCUUUCCCUGCAGGUAAUGUCACUGUAGGUUGCAGGAAUUUAGGGUUUGAUAGAGGUAGAGUGUUGGGUGCAGUUCACCUGAUUUGUAUCACUUAAUGAUGGCAAAUCAGUUGCUGCUGGUGAAUAGCUGAAUUAUUUACAUGGAGAUUUGGUUGGUUGCAACUGACCAGCCAUCAGCAACCAAGUGGAAGGACAAAUUUGUAGAUCUAUAAGUGCGGCACACAUCUAUAGAGAGAGAGACAGUGGCAUGGUUAGCAAUACAGAUUUGUAUUGUUCCUUUAAUGUUAAAUACUGAGUAUAAUAAAAUGCAGAUUGUAUUGAUUUCUUUUUGUGAUGUAUUUUUGUCAUGAGAGAUAAAGCUGUUACCCUAUAAUGUCCUUCACCUCUGUCCCCACCGCAUACUUGUCUCUUUUACCUGUUACAGCUGAAUGUUGUGCUUUAACAUGACUAAUAUUCUACAUAUUUACAUAAUGUGCAGGUGACCGUUAAAGCUCAAAAUUAGCAUACACUGGUUUCUUUCUCUACAUAAUGUAAAACACGCAAUCUUCUGUUUCUGCAGAGCAUCUCUCCAUCGUUGGAUGUGGAAGAUGAUUGCUGGCUAAAGCACGUAAAGCUGGUUUCAUGUGAAGCGGAAGCCAACUCUGUUUUAUACAGGAAAGGUGAGUCACUGACCCUGUGAAGUAAGUUAACAUUAGCUCUUUAAGUGUCUUGCCAAUUUUUAAACCUUUCCUCUCUUCCUUUAUGGUCUGGGAUAAAUCCCUAACUCCUGAUCAGAACGGAAUGACUUUCUUGGAGAAUUGUUGUUUGUUUAAAGGAAAGUACAUUCUUUCCCCUCAGGUGACCGGAUUUGGUGCCGUACAUCACAGGCUAUAGAGCCAGGUGAGGUGAUCCUGGCCUUCCUAAUGGCUGAACCACAAGCCAUCCCCAAUUACCCAGUGAAAGAAGAACCAGGAGAAACCUCUCAGAGCUCAUCCAGCCUUCCAGAGUUCCAGCUGCUCCCCCAGCAGGCCGGCAUGGCAGCCAUAUUAGCCACAGCAGUUGUCAACAGUAAGUAGAAAUGCCACUAUAUAGCAAUGUUAGAGUGGAUUACUCACUGCAUUCGUUUAUUGGAUGUUACACCUCUAACUAUAGCCCCAAGCAAUAUAUUAACUGCAAACAGAUAAUAAAGGCGCAAGGGUUCAUUCAAUAACCAAGGAAAUGAGGAGGAAUUAUCAAGGAAUAAUUUUUAGCCAUAAUAGGCUGAUUUCGCUUUUCUGAUCUCUGUAUUAAAGGGACACUCCCAAAUGAAAAGUUGCAUGCAUUUAACUAUGCAUUUUUUUCUUUUGGAGUUAUUUCUAAAAACAGCUUGAAAAACCUGCAGAUCUCAUCUGCUGCCUUUGCAAGCCCUCCCCUUCUAACCCUGCCCAGACUUUCUGUGGCUGUCCAAUCACAGAAUUCCCAAUGCAGCCUGAUGAGAAUUCUUUGCAAGGCAGGUGCUCUAAGCAAUUGUUGCCUCUUGAGUUAAUUGCAAAUAAGCUAACCCAACCAGGAAGUAACAGGACCUGUUUUCUGAUUGAAAGGCCAGGGGGUGUAAGCAGUAUAAUUUAUAAAAGUGUACAUUUCUUUUGAAAAUCUGCAUUAUUUCCAAAAUUAAAGGACACACUCAUCACACAAAGUUUUUCAGCAAGCUAAACUACUUUUGGGGUCUGGAGUGUUUCCUAAUGAAUCAUUUGUUCUCUCAAUACAGAAGAUGUUUUUCCAUGCAAGGACUGUGGUAUCUGGUAUCGAAGUGAACGCAACCUUCAGGCACAUCUUAUGUAUUACUGCGCCAGUCGACAAAGCUCCACCUCCCCUUCCAUGGAGGAGAAACCCAAGGAUACCUACCCCAAUGAGCGAAUUUGCCCUUUUCCACAAUGCAAGAAGAGUUGCCCCAGCGCCAGCUCCCUAGAGAUCCACAUGAGGAGUCAUAGCGGUGAGUGCAGGAACAUUAUUUACUCACAUUUAUAUCCGUACUUUGUGAGAUAUUAGCCAGGAAUAUGCAAAGUGAGAUGUUGUUUAUUAUAGAUACAUUUGUUUCCAUAACAGUGAGAAUAAUGGUAUAACAUGAAUAUGUAUGUAAAUAUCUUAAAAAAAAAAAAAAAAUCAUGUAUAACAGGGGGAGAAAAACAAAUAAGUGGGGGAUACAAUUUACACAUAUCAUCCAAAACAAUGUGUAAUAAUUAAUGUUUUUUCAAUAAAGUAUAUACGGUAUAAAAUAAAUAAAUAAUUUUUAGGAGCAGGUCUUGGAAUGAAAUGGAGUUAUCCGCUUUGUUAAAAUAUGCUUCCCAUCAGCUGGACUGACCUACAUAUAGCGUUCAAGUUUUUACUGAACCUAAACCAUGAAAACUGGUCAUUAUUAAAUAAUCUGUAGCAUAAGAACCUAGUCUACCCUUCAAACACAGGGUUAUUUGCUAAAUAGUGGCCUACAAUUUGCAAUUCCCUGGUGAACCUACAUAAACCAAGAGAGGCCAUGUAGUUUUAAUAUUAAAUCUGACUUGUUAUCUCAAGUAAACAUCUGCUUUCUUGAGAAAACAAGUUAAAGCAUUAAAUAUUAAAAAUAAAUGAUCGGUCUCUCUGGGCUUCCAUAAUUACCAAGUUAAGUUACAGACAUAUUUUUAGGAUAGCCUUAAGCACGUCCUUUACUGUAAUGGCUUUUACUAGUCCGCUUGAUGGACGUUCACACUAUCCACGUGCAUGUUAAUAUCACUUUCCCAGCCAAAAUGGUCCUGUCCUAAUCCAUAACCUCUAACCCAAACAUCCAGGAUUCAGGUUACACCUGCUUUGUAAUCUCAGCUGCUGUGCCUAAAUGGGUCACGCAGUGUUACGUUAUCCCUUUUGUAGGUACAAUAACGUGACCUGUGGUCAGUCAGUCAGUCCAGUCACUGCCUGUGACGUGUGGUUAAUCUAGUGAAACUACAGAGGCUGCACUAAUACUCAGCGCCAAGUGCGUUAAAUGGAAUUAUUUUAUCAAACUCUUCAGAACACUCAGUGUGUGCCAUUUCUAAGAUGUUUUUUUUUAAUCUAACAGUCUUUUUUUUUUUUUUACUGAAUACUGCAAUCCAUUCCUUCAAAGUGUCCCCUUCAAAUUAAUAGCAUUACAUAGCAUUAUCUUUCAAUCUUAAUCACAAUGUGCUACACUCCUCUCCAUUAGUAAGAUGUGGCUAGUAUUGCUUUGGUGAUAAGAGGGGUGCCCUGGGUGUUACUGUUGAGAUCGUCUGGGAGGAACAAAAUAACAUAGAGCCUUUAUCUUUUCCAGGCGAAAGACCGUUUGUGUGCCUGAUCUGUCUGUCUGCCUUUACAACUAAAGCCAACUGUGAACGUCAUCUUAAAGUCCACACAGAUACUCUGAAUGGUGAGACUAUUAUUCCUAUUUGUCGAGUACACCUCCCUCUCUAGUGUGGUUAUUGCAAGACCCUUCUCUGUUGUAUGUGAAUAAUGUGUCUUGGGCUCUACUAUGUCAUAGGAAUGAUUUUUUUUCAAAUUCUGGGUAUGUCAUUUUCUUUAUACAGACCUCUAAUGAGAACCAGCAGCUGGAAAAGUAUUAAUAAAUUGACAAUAGAUAUAAAUAAUUACUUUAAAAAAAAAAAAUAUUCCUGGGGCACAUUGCAGAGGAUACCAAGUGGGACAUUAGACUCAGAUAAUAUAUCCACCUGUUCACUGAUACACUUUGUAAUCAAUUGAAUACGUUAAACUGCACUGUCAUAUCAUGUAUAAUGGAGUCCUUCUAAAAGCUACCCUGUUAGACACCAUCUUAAAUAAGAGCAGCCACCUUACUAGCACUUUCUAAUCGGUUUUAGUGGGUUGGUUUCAUGAAACACCUGUUAUUAUAAUGCAACCUGCAAUUUAAACAAAUUACUAAUCUCACAUGAUGACAGCACCCAGUACCCACGCAUACACAAAGUCGUUUAUGUAUUUUAGAGUUAGUAAAGUUACAUCAACAACAAAAAAUUACAUAUUCUGCUUAAAGUAAUGCCUUCUUGUGCCAGGCUGUUUGGCCCUCGUCCUCUUAAUACAUUUAAAAUAAUUGAAUUAAAAUGUAAUGGAAAAUAAAACUACUGUAUAUUCAUUUUAAUUUCACACAAGUAAACAGGAUUUGUACUUAUGUCAGUGAGCAAGUGUGGCUCAGCCAAUCCUGGUACUCCCAUACCAUCCUGUGUCAGCCAAUCCUGAUACUCCCAUACCAUCCUGUGUCAGCCAAUCCUAGUACUCCCAUACCAUCCUGUGUCAGCCAAGCCUAGUACUCCCAUACCAUCCUGUGUCAGCCAAUCCUAGUACUCCCCUACCAUCCUGUGUCAGCCAAUCCUAGUACUCCCACACCAUCCUGUGUCAGCCAAUCCUAGUACUCCUACACCAUCCUGUGUCAGCCAAUCCUAGUACUCCCACACCAUCCUGUGUCAGCCAAUCCUAGUACUCCCACACCAUCCUGUGUCAGCCAAUCCUAGUACUCCCACACCAUCCUGUGUCAGCCAAUCCUAGUACUCCCACACCAUCCUGUGUCAGCCAAUCCUAGUACUCCCACACCAUCCUGUGUCAGCCAAUCCUAGUACUCCCACACCAUCCUGUGUCAGCCAAUCCUAGUACUCCCACACCAUCCUGUGUCAGCCAAUCAUAGUACUCCCAUACCAUCCUGUGUCAGCCAUUCCUAGUACUCCCAUACCAUCCUGUGUCAGCCAUUCCUAGUACUCCCAUACCAUCCUGUGUCAGCCAAUCCUAGUACUCCCACACCAUCCUGUCAGCCAAGCCUAGUACUCCCAUACCAUCCUGUGUCAGACAAUCCUAGUACUCCCAUACCUUUUGUACAGAACACUGGUGAGACCUCACUUGGAGUAUUGUACGCAGUAUUGGAGACCGUAUCUUCAGAAGGAUAUUGAUAUCUUAGAGAGGGUUCAGAGAAGGGCUAAUAAACUGGUUCAUGGAUUGCAGGAUACAACUUACAAUGAAAGGUUAAAGGAUCUUAACAUGUAUAGCUUGGAGAAAAGAUGAGACGGGGGGCUAUGAUAGAAACAUUUAAAUACAUAAAGGGAAUCAACACAGUAACGGAGGAGACUAUAUUUAAAAGUAGAAAAACUACCACAACAAGAGGACAUAGUCUUAAAUUAGAGGGACAAAGGUUUAAAAAUAAUAUCAGGAAGUAUUACUUUACUGAGAGGGUAGUGGAUGCAUGGAAUAGCCUUCCAGCUGAAGUGGUAGAGGUUAACACAGUAAAGGAGUUUAAGCAUGCGUGGGAUAGGCAUAAGGCUAUCCUAACUAUAAGAUAAGGCUAGAGACUAAUGAAAGUAUUUAGAAAAUUGGGCAGACUAGAUGGGCCAAAUGGUUCUUAUCUGCCGCCACAUUCUAUGUUUCUGUGUCUGCUUUGUGCCCACCCUAUAAACCCAUACAUGGUGCUAGAAGCCAGGGUACUGCAUUACGUGUCUUACAUGUGGUUUAAUUCAUGAUUUUAACAUGAAAAAGGAUAUCACAGCUACUAAUGUGUCCCCAGUGGAUUCGCAGGCUCUUUCAUAGAAAGCAAUGAGCACAUUCUAAUGAAGUCUUAAAGCAUGAUACAGCCAUCCACAGUGGCAUUGUGUGUUGUAAGAGCAGAAACAGAACCACUCCAGAUAUUUUCAUUUAUUGCGGGGACAGGGUAGAAAAGGUUUUGUUUAGUUCCACUCCUGACUAUGUUAUUGAAUGAGAAACAUUAAGGAUAUUUAUCAUCUUUGCUGCAGGUGUUUGUCAUGGCUGUGGAUUCAUUUCUACCACCAGAGACAUCUUGUACAGCCAUCUGGUCACCAAUCACAUGGUGUGCCAACCAGGAUCCAAGGUCGACAUGUAUCCUGCUAUAAAGCCACUCCCUGCAGCCAAACCCGCAAAUCCAGGUGUGAUUUCAUUAUAUCAUAACAACAUAGUCCUAAUUAAUCCUACACUGACAUGGAUGUAAUAUCAAAUUGAUAAAUAGUGCCCAAAUGCACACAAUUACAGGAGCACUCACUAAAGUCACAAACAAAUGACACACAGAGACAGUAUACCAAUAAAUAGCGCACUUAAAUAGAAUCUUCAAAUGUUGUUCUGUAAAUUAUAAAAUAAAUGCACAUAGUGCAGACCAUCUGGUUAAGCUUAUAUAUACACAAUAUAAAGUGCAGAGAGUGUCUGGGAUUAAACGCACAUUUACCAGAGCCUAAUCACCCCUGGCUCUGGGUUUGAAAAAUGAAGUUUGCGAGAGAUACUUCCCACAAUAGGAUAGAUAUUCUCAACUAUCAGGUGUGUUCAGACAAGCAGGUUGUUUUAUAUAUAGGCCUCUCUGCUUCUCUCCUACUUAUAUAAUAGAACCCGUCUGGCUAAACACACCUGAGAGUUGAGAAUAUCGAUCCUGUUGUGGGAAGUAUCCCUCUCAAACUUAAUUUUUCAAGCCCAGAGCCAGGUGAUAACUCUCUGGUAAAUGUGAAUUUAAUCGUAGACAUUCCCUGUACUUUAUAUUGUAAAUAAGCUUAACCAGAUGUAAUAAAAGACUAAAAAACAAAGAUCUGCCUUUAAGAUUUUCACGGAUUCCUGUGCAGUAAUUAAUCAAAGUUUCUACAUUGCAUUUGAUAAAUCACAUUCCUCAUCUUCUACACUACUAGCCAGGCCUUAAAAGUUAGUUGCCACUGCAAGCCCAUAAGGUCCAUAUAGCACACUCAGCAAGGGAGAAUUUUCUCUCGCCAUUGGCCCUGGCAUGAUGAUGGUUUGAAUGGAUUUUGAACUUGAGAAAAAGUCAAUGAACAAAUGCAAGUGUUAUUUCUAAGUAGAAUCAAAAAUUUGUAGGAAGUGUUUUAAUGACAAAUAAUGUAGAUUCAGAUCUAAGGUUUUAAAACAGGUGACCAAAUGCUAUGCCUCAGUUGUUUAUCUAAUACCUACUAGUGUUCUGCCUUGUGGCCAUCCUUUAGUUAGAACAUCUUUGUAUUCAGGUUAGCCCAAGUUCUUUAUUGUGAUAAAUAGCUACAUUGACCUCAUGACUAAUAUUCUUUUUCUCUCUCUCUCGCCUUCUUUUUCUCUCUCUCGUGCUUAAUUUUAGGUCUGAGCCAGAUUACAGCUGCCAACAUUCUGAAGUGUGGCUUGUGUGGGUUCUUGGCGGAGAGCCUUCCCAGUCUUCAGCAGCAUGCACUUCUACAUGCAUCACCUUCAGUAGCAUUGACCCCUGUACCUGCAAAGUCCCCCUCUGACUCUCAUAAUGAGCAGAAGACAGAGCGUUUGGAAAAUGGUGAUGCCAAGACUCAGAUACCAUCAUCAUCAUCAUCUUCUCCUUUAUCUGGUAGCGAAGAGCCACCUCUAAAACUUAAAAUUAAAGAGGAGCCAGAAGGGCAACAAAGUAUCUGUGAGUCAAGAGUUUCUAGUUCCGAGGCAGGAGAUGGAGCUGCACUAGUACCAUCUCCAACAGUUAAGGUGAAGACUGAAACAUCAAGUCCUACACCAGGUUCCAGUCCUGUCCCAUCUGAAGCAGGUGCAGCACCAGGUGGAGGAACAGUGGUCAUCCCACCAUAUGCCUUUGGGCAUGAGGCUACUACAGCAAUAGUCCCUCAGGCUUCUGAGAUCCUUGCAAAGAUGUCUGAGUUGGUACAUAACCGUCUAAAGCAGGGUCAAGCUGUUACUCCGGCUGGAUUUCCAGGAACACCUUCACCAAAAGGUGCUACGUGCUUUGAGUGUGAAAUUACCUUUAAUAAUAUCAAUAACUAUUAUGUACACAAACGACUCUACUGCUCGGGGAGACAUGUGAAUGAAGAAAGUCCAACAAGUGGACGCAAACUUAAACUAGUGCCAGCAAGAGUAGCUAGUACCUCUGGAGUUUCUGUUCCACCUCCAGUUGAGGAUCAGCAGAUAUCCCCACCCCAAGAUGAUGCAGAAGCAGAGAGUAGUACACCCACAGUAGCAGUCAAGCUGGAAGAGGGUGCUUCUGUUGAAGGUGAAGGUGUGGGCAGUGGACAUGUGAGUGAGGGCAGUCAAAGCCCAAGUUCUUUGGAAGAUCCAGAGGAAGAUCCAACCCGCACAAUAUGUGAAGCUUGUAACAUACGUUUUAGUCGCCAUGAUACCUAUGUGGUGCACAAACGAUACUACUGUGCUUCUAGGCAUGACCCUCCCUUACGCCGUAGUGGAAUCAGCAAACCUGGCCCACCAUACACUCCUCAGCCAACACCAAGAACUCGCAAACGGCGAAAGUUGUACGAGAUUCACGGUGUUACACCAGCAGAGGUAACCCCACCAGCUCUACACCCUUUGGCCAGGAUUGAAGCUCUUCCCCUCAUGCCAGGCUUGAUACCAGCCCCAGGUGUGCCAUCACCCAGCUCUAGUCCUGAUGCUGCUGAUGGUCCCAUCGAUCUAAGUAAGAAACCACGUCUAGCAGUUGAAACAACAAUACCACCUCAAGCAGCUGCAGUUGUGCCCUUGGCAGAUUACCAUGAAUGUACUGCUUGUCGAAUUAGCUUCAACAACUUGGAAACAUAUCUGGCUCAUAAGCAAUAUUCCUGUCCAGCUGCCCCCCUACAGCAGAAAGCACUGCAGCAACUUCAGAAGAUAAAGUCUCCUUUAACUAAUGUUGGGAAACUUGGAGAAGACAGUGUGAGAGUAAAAGUAGAGCGAAGAACAAGUCUAAGCCCAGUGUCGAUGACUGAUACCAUCCAGCCUCAAGCUCUACCAUUUUCUGCUACUCAAGAGUCAAAGCCAAUUCAACAGUACACCUCAGCUGCAGAAGUGUCCCCUUCUGCCACCUCUUCUUGUCCCUAUUGUCCUCUCAAUGUUGUUAUCAGAGGAGACCUGCUUGAGCAUUUUAGGAGUGUCCAUGGUCUACUCUUGGCCAAACCUACACCAGGUCAUCGACUUCAAGCCGCAUACAUGGAGGUUUUGAUGCCAGCACGGGUGCAACCCAGCAGUGCAUCAGAGAGCAGCUUACCAAGCCCCCCGGUGUCUGCCUCACCAUUGCAACUACCCGGCCUUAGAAGGGACAGUCUCAACUGUAAAGAUCCCACCUCAUCAUCUUCAUCUUCAUCAGCCAAUGGCAGUCCAGUGUUAAUUAGCACACCCAGACCUCGCAUGCCAAGCUCACCAGCCCUUCCUCUGAAUCCCUUGCCUUUGGCUGAACCCAGGAGGGAAGAUGGGCUUAAAGUUACCACCCAUGCGUUGCUUCCUGAGGACAAAGCUAUGCAGCCCCCUAAAGCAGGUCUGACCUCAACACUCCCUAACGGGAACCAUAGGUACUGCCGCCUCUGCAAUAUAAAGUUCAGCAGCCUGUCGACAUUUAUUGCCCACAAAAAAUAUUACUGUUCAUCUCAUGCUGCUGAGCAUGUAAAAUAACACACAGCAACUGCCAAGUAAGCGACCAUAACUGUUGGAGACCAAGUUGACUGAGGACAUGGUGGAUAAAUUCCAUAGAAGGUAUCUUAUAUACCUUCAAAUGCAACCUCUAUAAGUGAGAAUAGCCCCCCCACGCAAGAUGCAUUCACUGUCCAAUUCUUCAAACAGAAUGGCUUGGUUGGAGAACUAGUGGUGCUACCGUAACCUACGACCACAUUAGACAAAAGGCAACUGGACUAAAUUGCUAUUUGGUGGUGCAUCAAGUCUCAGAUCCGCAUGGAGUGGAAACUGUUCUAUGAACUGGUUGGUGAUAGUAAAUCCCAACUCACUGAACUCCCUUUCUAAUCUACAACAAGGAAAUGUUACGUUCCAGAUGUUUCAAACUUUGCGCUGGUUAUUGCAAAAAAAAAAAAAAAAAGAGAAGAAUAACACAGGAAAUUUAAAACAAACUCUUAAUUUGUCAUUUUCUCAUUGCCUCCCAAUUAAGCACAAGAAAAAAAAAAACUGUUACAACGGAAGGCAUAUGAAGGCGUUUUGUCUGUGUUACAGGGCGUGGGAAGGGAAUUACAUUUUUUCUAAUAAGUUAUUUUUCAGAUGUAUUUAAAAACAAAAUUUGAAGAAAAAAAAAAUCUAAUGUUUUUAUAGGGUAAGAUCUUCACAGAUAUGAAGAGUUAAAUAAAACACACACCUUCUGAAGCGGAGAGACUAUAGUUGCUUCCAUAUCCAUUUACCCAUUCUUGAUUCCUUUAUACAGUGCUAACAAAAAUAUACCGACAUGCUAACCUGCACACCAUUCGAUCACUGACAUUCAUACAUCCAAGGGCUAAAGAUCAUAACCUAGUUUACAAAUGAAGGGUUAAGUUCCCUUGGCAAACACAAGACAGAUUCUCAUAUAAAAUAAUCCUUUACCGGAGUGGGACUCUGUAAUAAUGAACAGUUACCCUAUUGACUGGUCCCCUAUUCACUGCAGCGGGCAGUGAUCCGUUUAUACAUUUGCUUGCUAUUUUCUUAGUGUUGUCGGUUGCCAGUUACAGUGAAGGGUACAAGCAUUAAUCCGUUCCAUGUCGUGGGGUGUGAGCAGAUUCUAGCAAUGCCAGCUCUCACCCACUACAUUUUACAAAACUGCAACUGAGUCAGUUUUCCUUUACACCCAAGCAUAAUUUGCAUAUGAGGCUUUGCAGGAGACAUACACUUAGUUUAAAUUGCACUAGAGCCAAAAAUAAAAUAUCCUAAUUUAAUUAGGAAGAGUAACAGUUUAUCUAAAAUGAAUACCUGAGCUCAUCGCUAUGGACUGUGAUUCAUGGUUGGUCAGGUGCGGUCAGUGGAUCGGGCGUAUAGUAUGGGGGUGUAUUCCGCAACCAAUAGCAAUUCUAUAUUUUGUAACAUUCCAUCCAUUUAGCUGAGAAGGGGUCAUCGGCCUUAGAUAUUGGCAGGCCCCUUUCCCAGCCAUAACAGAUCACUUGGGCUCCUCGAAAGCAAGAACUAGGUAUUGGAGAUAGGGAGGGACUCAGAGCGUCUUUAAAGCACUAUUCAGAUCAACCUUUUGCAAGCUUAUUUUUACCUACUGAUCCCUUGAAGGAUUUUUUUUUUUUAAGGUUGUAUUUUUACAUGAUAUUAAAUAUAACCGAAACUGGGGGGGAGGGGGACAAAAGGUUGUGUUAAAAUAGUCCAUAAAGUAUAUUUAUAUAUUAAUAUAGAUACCAAGAGCACUGAUUCACAAAUCAAAACACACAUUUCUGGCAAAUAACUGUGUGUAUAAUUGUGUACAUAAAUAAAGCCUGUGUAUAUUAAACAGUCUCUGAGUAUAUAUUUAUAUUUUUAUUUGAUUUACAUAAAUUUAUAAGCGGAAUCAUCAGUCACCCCAGUAGGUGCUAUUGAAGUUGUUACGGGAGCAAAUAAUCCUGCAGAGGCAAGUAAAAACCACUUGCCCCUGGGGCAUUUUGUGUCCGGGGGAGAUACUGAUGGCCAUGAUACACGGCUUCCUGCAAACACAAG